GACGGUGUUGUCGGCGCGCCCGCUCUCUCUCUCUCUCUCUGUGCUCCAUGCGUAGCCCUGCGCCCUGCGUGCUGUGCAGCCGGGCAGGCAUCGCCUGCAGAUCGCCGAUCGAUCGUCUUCCUCAUGGGUGAGGAAUGUAAUGUAGUUAGCGAGUGAGGGGGGAUAUUUGUGGGGAGGGGCGAAUGGGGGCUCUUGUGCUUCAGUUAAUGGGGGGGGGGGAGAGAGGCCUGAUGGAGAGGAGGCCAUUCCCCUACCCAGUAAGGCCUUCUUUGGAUUCCCCCCACGCUCCGUAGUUAUAGUUUUAACAGCUGCAGAGCAGGUUGAAAUUCAACAGGUCUAGCCUUGCCUGUGGUGAGGGGGGUGGGCUUUGACGCCUCCAGUAAUGCGACACUCUUUGGAUACUCCUCCCCCUCUGGCAGGCCUAAGUUAGCAGCUGUGAGGCAGGCAGGAACCCAACAGGUCAAGCCUUUAAUCUUACCUGGUGAGGCAUGCUUUGGGUUGCAUGGUGGUCCUCUGCUCAGCCCACCCACCCUCAUUUGGCGUGGCCUUUAUUUAUUUUUUAUUUUCAAAAUAUUUUUUAUUAAUUUUCCAUUUAAACAUAUAUAAUCACAUCGUUAUUAUCCACUUUACUUCUUUGGCUCUUUAGAGCCUGUCGACUUCCUUCCCUCCCACCUCUUGGCUUUCAAAACUAACCUUUAUAUCACAGCAUUCUAUAUAUUUUCCAAUUCUAAUAUAACUCAUUGCUAAAUACCUCAAAAUUUAAAUAAAUAUAGAAAGGUAAAAAACACUUCUCAUUACAAGUCUUCAGAUAACCCUCCUAGUGUUGUUAAUUGCUUACAAUGAUCUUUCAAAUGUUGUAUAAAUUUACUCCAGUCUUUUUGGAAUACUUGAUCGUGCUGGUUUCGGAUUUUUCCUGUCAGUUCCGCAAAGUCCAUCAUUUUCACCUGCUGCUCUUCUUCCGUUGGUACUUUGGCGUGGCCUUCAACAGCUGGAAUGCAGGGAGAAAUUCAACAGGUGCAAUUUCCUAUAGAAAGGUUGCAGUAUUAUAGGGCGGAAGGGGGCUUGACGCAGGGAAUUCAACAGGUGUUGCCUUGCCUGCAGGGACAAGAGCUAUUUUAUUUGGUAAGGGGCGUUCUUUGGAUUCCUGCUGGCAGAGCUGAGUCUCUUGCAGCUGUGGAGCAGGAAUCCAACAGGUAGAGCUGGCAUCUUUACUGUAUAUGGCACAGCGCUCUUUCGACUGCAUGGUGCCCCCUUCCUGCCCGCCCAGUGAUGCAGAAUGUGAAUACCAGGGCAGGGAAUGGAAUGGAAUGGAAUAGAAAAGGAAAGAAAAGCAGCUAAGCAACUCAUAACAUAAGCAAAAACACAUAACACAACACACCAUCAAACAAACAGGACAGCUAAAAACAACAGAGCGGGUUGAACAAUGAUCAGCUUACAAAACUUAAAAUGCCUGCGCAGAUAAAUAUGUCUUAGCCUGGCAUUGGAAAGCUAACAAUGGUGGCGCCAGACAUACCUGAAAUGGGAGGGGUGUUCAACAGAUGGGACACCACAGUGGCUUUAACAAGAGGUUAAAAACCCAACAGGAAUUACUUCCCUUCUAGAUAUUCUGGGUGAGGGCUUUCCAGCAUAAAAUGAGGAGGAUUCCUCCAUCUAAGUAAAAUAACAUUAAUACAAUGAUAAAGAAGCUUAAACCCAAUAGUGAACUGGUGGUAACCUUCUGCACAUUGAUGCUUGUGACUCUCAUGCUUUCACAGUGUCAGACAAAAGCCUUUUCAUUUUCCCAGGCUUUUAAAAUGUUAGAUCAUUUGUUGCAUUGACCAUGUUUAUUAUUUUUCUAUUAUUUGUUUUAUUGCUGUCGUGUGUGUGUGUGUGUGUGUGUGUGUAAAAACUAAGCUUAUAUGGUGGGUGGGGAAUAAUUUUCUUAAAUAACCAAAUAAAGAUACACCCUUUGAAGGUGAAGCUGUGUUUCUAACAGGAGUGAGCAAGGCAGGAAUCCGAAAGGUGUGGUCUUUCCGUGUGAAUACAGGGUAUGAGGCAGGAUUUGUUGCUGAACCUGUCCCUCCUCCCUAGCAUUUUCCCCUUGCCUUACCAACCGAAUGCUGGCAAAAAAUCCAACAGGUGUCAUCUUCUUCAUUGACAUACAGUGAAUUUCUGCCUGUCCCUUGAUGCCAGUUAAGAAACAGGAGCACUUGCAGAAAGUGAAUCUGGCAAUCAGAAAUGAUAGAGAUGAUACUGAAUGGUUCAAUAGCUAAUAGAUAACUUUCCUUCUUUUAGACAUUGCAUGUUUUUUCAAGUGUGUGUGAGAGAAGGGAGGUUGCCUCUUCAAGGACUAGGACCUGCCAACUACAGUUUCUGUAAGUAUCUGGGCUUAAAAUAAUGAACCUUUUUGCAAUUUUUGAAAUAUCUGCUCGUCCACAAGAACACAAGAGCCUGUUGACACUGGCGGAGGAAGAGGUGUGCGGGGGGAGUGCAUUGCCCCCGGGAUGCACGCCAGCCCUGCCCCUGCCUGCUCUCCGCCCCUCCCCCCCAGUGCCAGAGCAUGAAGCUCCGCCAAUGCCUGCUGAAUGAGGCCAGGGGCCCAUAUAGUUCACCAUCCUGUUCUCACAGUGGCCAAGUAGAUCCUUCUGAGAAAUUCUCAACUGGACCCAGGCACAAGAGCCUCUCCCCCCUGUAGUUUCCAGCAAUAGGUAUUCAGAACAAUUACAGUAGUACCUCAGGUUACAUACGCUUCAGGUUACAUACACGUCAGGUUACAGACUCUGCUAACCCAGAAAUAGUACCUCGGGUUAAGAACUUUGCUUCAGGAUGAGAACAGAAAUCGCGGCGCAGCAGCAGUGGGAGGCCCCAUUAGCUAAACUGGUGCUUCAGGUUAAGAACAGUUUCAGGUUAAGAACGGACCUCCAGAACGAAUUAAGUACUUAACCCGAGGUACCACUGUACUGCCUCCAACCGUGGAGGCAGAGCAUAGCCAAUGUUAGGCUUGUCCCUCAUGAAUUUGUCUAUUCUUCUGUUAAAGUCAUUAAAUUGGUGGUCUUGUUUUAGGCCAUUAAGAGAUGGAUUGAUUCAAAAUAUUUAUAGAUUGCUAUUUCAUAAACUAUGAGAAAGUAGUGUACAGCAAAAAUACGUAAGACCAUACAAUAAAAACCACAUAAGAAAGUUAAAAACAGGCAUCACUUAACCAUUCUGGGAAGAUGUAUUAUUAAUUUCUUGCGUAGGCCUGGCAGGACGGAAAUUUUUUCAGCAGGUGUAGAAAGAGAAGGUGCCGUACCAGUCUUCAUCAAUAUGAUCAAGGAGCAAUAAAAAUAUAUUUAAAUUAUGUCAAAUUCCAUCUAUAGCAGCCACUUAAAUUAUAACCUUAAGCUCGGUAUUAAUAACCAACGAAUACCGUAUUUUUUGCACCAUAACACGCACUUUUUUCCUCCUAGAAAGUAAGGGGAAAUGUCUGUGCGUGUUAUGGAGGAAAUGCCUACGGGUGGCAUGCCUACAGAUUUUCCUCCUCUAAAAACUACGUGCGUGUUAUGGUUGGGUGCGUGUUAUAGAGUGAAAAAUACGGUAAGUGCAUGAGCAAAUAAGUCUUGCUUGGGCACAAGUGAGGGGCCACCACUAAAAAGGCCUGUCUUUGUGUCGCAACCAUAUGCAGCUGCAUCAGAGGGGGACACACAGAGAAGGGGUUCAGAUGAAUGCAAGUUCUGUGUACUGUCUGAUGUGCUACAUGCACUUCCCUGCCUGGUCAUGUAAAGAUGAUUUCUUACUUGCUCCAGGCGAGUGGUUGUUUUCAAGCUUACAAGUAGGGAUGCAAUAAUAUUCCUGUAGUUAUAUCUGUUCAUCAAUUCUUGUAGUAGGCUUAGGGGGGAAAAAAUGCAAAUUGCCCAUGACCUGGAGCAUUUCCUUUUUAGGUCAAUCAGUUUGCUGAUUUUUUGCCUCAUUUACCUGAGCUUAUAAUAUUGCUUGGCGCACCUCAUUUUAGGCAGCGAGCCAAGAUAAUAAGCGCAUCCAAAUGUGUAAUUUUACACAAAGCAGCCUCUGGUGCCUUUGGGUCCUUUGCAAAUAAGCAGGAACAAUUUUUAAGGGAUGUUUGGACAUGCUGGAGACCAGCAAGGUAACUUAAAUCAGGAGCAGUACAUCAGAAGUACAUCAGAAUAGGUGUGCACACAUGUGAUCAGUAGUGGCUGGGGCCCAUUUGGACAGGCAGGGAACCCAGACAGUAGGUGGAGCCAGAGGCAAUGGCAGGCAGAGCCAACGAAUUCUACUUUCAUGGCCACCCCAAAGACCUUUUUGCAAGUAAGAAGGCAGGCAGGUGGGGCAUUCACCUUAAUGGACCCAGCCUCCACUGGGUGCAAUGAAGAGUUUCGUUUCAGGCAGCAUUCUUGUCCCAGUUCGGAAUUAUCAUCUUAAGAGCACUCCAAACCCCUGUGCAGAAGGUCAGGGGAAGAAGGAAAAAAACCCCUCCUCUUUUGCUAUGCCAGCUUUCAGGUUGAAACACCCUUUUCAGGGAUUUCUGCUAUCGCCAUUGACAAUGCAGCUGGCUUCCGGGCAGGUGCAUUGAUCAACUCCCUCACUGGUUGAGGCAGCACAGUGCAGAGGGACUCCUCCACCUCAACUAAACAUCCCCCAGCCUGUCCUAGGCUACGAUCCUAAACGCAUGUGCUAGGAAGAUCCUCUGAACUCUGUAUUUCUAUGCAAGCAUGCAUGGGACGCGACUGCUAAUGUCACUUACUUCGCAGUAGGAGAGUUUGGGCAAUUGUAUCUUGACUGGUUUGUUCACUUGCACUGCGAAGGGAGGAACAAAGAGUUUACUUGGGCAGGCAAAAGGCUCAUUCGUAUUUCUGCUUAUUAAGCCGAGAUAAGGAUCACUCGGAUGUAGUUAACAGGUUACACUGAUGCAGGCAUUUUGUGCUAAGGGAAAAAAAACAGAGUUUUGGAGGGUAGUAGUGUAAGCAGGUACAGGGGUUUUUUUUUGGGGGGGGGGUUAGCAGAGCCCAGUCGUAUGUCCAUUUUAGUUGGAGGUAAGUCCCACUGGGUUCAAUGAGGCCUCAUCCUCCGUAAUAUGUACCACUGCACUUGCACUGUGCAAAUAUCCUAUGCGUGUUUUUAAAUGUUUUGCUCAAUACAGUUUACUCCCUAGUCAAUGUACUUGGGUUUUAGUUUAAAUAUCUUUUGAUCAAUAGGGUCAAAAGCCUAUGAAAUGCUGAUGGAUAUGCAAACCAAUUUUAUUCCUGAUUAAAACAGCUGCUUUGGACUAUUACAAAUGCAAUUUUUGGAUACGUCUUGAACUGGCAUCAUUAGGGCUCCAGAGGGCAACAUGCUCUGCUAGCAGCUGGUGCUUGGGAUCUUUGUACCAUGAGAUCAUAUCAAAACACCUCCCAGAUAUUUAAUCUCAGUGACCUGUAAAUGCCCAAACAAGUGACCCACACCUUAUAAUUUUGUGCAAUUUGAAUUUGAUGGUCUCUCUCUCUCUUAUGACUCUUGAAUGCUAACGACCAACCCGGUGGUUCAAGACCUUGCUGAAAAGUUAAAGAGCAGUAUUACCAUCCAGGCAAGAAAAGCCCUUCUAAAUUCCAUUGAUCUCAAUGGGAGGAUUAAAUAUGGGCUUAGAUUGCUCCGUUUGAGAUUGGUGGGACUUGAAAGGCUUGGUUCUCAGUAUGUGUUUUCAUGGUGAAAUGGUCAAAUCACCGCUUAGAGAGUAUUGUAGUUUAGGAGGAGAUGAAAACUAGAGUAUCGCUGCUGUAGUAAGCAAUUAAUUUAUUGGUGAUUUAGAGAACAACCUUCAGAUUAUGUUUUUGAACCUAAGAAGAGCCUGCUGGAUCAGACCAAUGGUCCAUGUAGUCCAGUGGUCAGCAACCUAAGGCCCAUGGGCCGGAAGCGGCCCAUGAGGGUUUCUUAACCGGCCCAUGAGCCGCCCCUGAACCUAGCCGCCCGCUUGGCGAGUCCCCAUGCGCUGUGCUAAACUGGCGCAGCGCGGCAUGGGGAAUCUCUUCUGCGGCUCCAGAAAUUGCUUCUGCGCAUGCCCAGAUGCCAGAAAUCUCGUCUGCGCAUGUCUGCGGCGCUGGAAAUCACUUCUGUGCAUGCUCAGACACCGGAAAUCACUUCUGCACAGGCGUGAUUUUCGAUGUCUGGGCAUGCACACAAGUGAUUUCCGGCUCCGCAGACAUGACCAGAUGCGAUUUCUGGCAUCACACUGUGCCGGUCCGGCCCACAGAGGAUCUCCAUGGGAGUGAUCUGACCCAUGCACGGUAAGCCUUGCUGACCCCGAUGUAGUCUAAGAUCCUGUUCCCAGAUGCCCGUGGGAAGCCUGCAAGCCGGACAUGCAUGUAGCAGCACUCUGCCCACCUGUGAUUCCCGGGAACUGACAUUCAGAGGCAUGCUGCCUCUGACAGUCCAGGUGGGACAUUGCUUCCCAUUGACAGGAGACCACCUGCUGCUGGUUUGAGCUGCUGAGAACUAUAGGCCAGAACAUCUGAAAGGCACCAGAUUGUGGGAUCUAACUCUGAGUAGACUUGUCUAGGAUAGUGCUGUAAACACUGCAGCCUGCCUUUGUGAUUUGGUGCCCAAAAAUUUGUAGGCUGGCCAUAUCUCAUAAACCUUACCAAUUACUUAUGAGCUUUGGAUAAUCUCUCUCUCUUUUUUGUAUCUUUUAAUAUUUGGGGUUAAGCAAUGAAAACAGUAGUUGAAUGGGGUACUGAUCAUACAGAAAGACUCUGUUUAUUAUCUAGGAACAUACCGUACUUUUCCAUGUAUAAGACUAUGUUUUUUCCUUUAAAAAUCAUGCCAAAAAGUGGGGCUCUCCUUGAUUGCUUGCUGCCACGGCUGUCAGCGGCUAUUGUGCGUGUUAUUGGUUGCUGCGUCAAUGGGUGGUGUUGACUGGCUGAUGCUCUGGCAGUUGGGCGGGCGAUUGGCAGCUUCUGCUGGCGAUGGGGACAGAUGGGAGGCGGAUUUUGCGACGGGGGCAGGCGAGCGAUUUUCGACAAUCCCCCCUGAAAAAAGCUCAACAACUCUGUGCCAUCUCCCCCCAUUUUCUUAAAUUUGAGUCCCCCCAAAAUAGGGGGUGUCCUAUACAUGGAGGCGUCUUAUAGAUGGAAAAGUAUGGUAUAUACUGAGUCAGAUUGCUGGUUCGUCUUGCUCAGUAUUGCCUAUCUAAAUUAACUAGGAUUUUCGGCAGGGGUUGCUUCCAGUCUUACCUGAAGAUGCCGGGGACUGAACCUGGGAUCUUUUGCAUUCAAGGCAGAGGCUCUCCCAUUGAACUAUGGCCCCUUCCCUACAAAGUCUAUAAAGUUAUUGUACUCCACACACUCGUGCUUAGCAUAUGAGGGCAUUUGUCUGAACACAGCUUAUUUCUUUAUUUAAAUGUUACAGCAUUAUUCAGUCACUGUAAUAUUUUCUUCAUAACCUUAAAUCAUUGUCCCUCACAUGUUGUUAAGGUUCCUAGCCAGACAUUUUCCUGUUCUUUCUGUAUAAACUAUGAAUUGCAGACACUAUUGUAUUGCGUAUUCUCGUGUCUUUUUAUAGAAUUUCUUUUUUGUCCCUCAGGGUGAAGAUUUUCCAUAAGCUUAUCCAUAAAAAACACACAUAGAUCUGUUUCACUGGCAGCCUAAAAACUGUGAACCAGUCAGCUGUAACGAGUUGGCUUUUGUCAAGAAAAAACAACUAAUUCUCAGGAUUCCAUUUUCCAAGAUAGAUGAAUGUGCUCUGCCCCUUUUGGAGGAGGAGUAAGUUCUGAGCGGUGAAAAAGUCAACAUUCAAACUUUCCCCCUUUCUCUCUUUUUUGCUUAUAUAUAUAAAAAAGUCACCAUCAAGUGGAAAUUUGCAUAAAUGUCCAAUCUAACCCAAGUGUUUUUUGGGGUUUUUUUGGUGUGUGUCUGUGUGUGUAUAGGAUCUGAAAAGGAAGGAAUAUUACUUUGAUCCAACACACCCAGAUGGAUGGAUUUACUGCUUCUUUAAUAUUAAAAUGUCGACAUAUGAAAAAAGUGAGGUUGGCAGGAUGAGUCGAGGGUUUCGAAUUAACACAGGCUCAACAUCCAUUGUUUAAACUCCUGAGCCGUUUCAAAAUUAUGAGCCUCUCUGGAGCAGUUAAAGUGAUCCCCCUAAAAAUGAGAAUAAAAUGAACCUAUGAAAACACUUUUUAGUUCUCGAUCUUCCUGAGACUUGAGGGCAAAUUUCUCUCCCAGGAUCUUUGUUUAAACAUGGACAAAAGUGGGUUCUGUGGGCUUUGGUUUGGCCGUACACAGUGGCUGCAUUUUGAUGGGUCUUACGCUGGCUCUGUUAGUAUUGAUGUUGCGGAGGUAGUUGGGGAAUGUUCCUCAGGGGCAGAAGGGUUGGUGCACCCAUAGCUCCCCCAUAGGUGUUAGAGGGAAGCACCCAGCUCAGUGGGAGAGCACAGAUAGUGGGCUCAGAGGCAAAAGUGGAUGGAGCAACAUGUGCAAUUCUUAGCUGCUGUAUUUCAGAUACAAAAAAAUUGCCAGAUGUUUAUAUGACAUUGUCUCCCCCAUCUCUCCAUUCUCAUCCAGACAAGCAAGAGAUGCCAUCACAGUUCAAGGACACGCUCAAGCCUGGCAAAAGCACUUAAGGCAAGCUUCCUCAACCUCAGCCCUCCAGAUGUUUUUGGCCUACAACUCCCAUGAUCCCUAGCUAGCAGGACCAGUGGUCAGGGAUGAUGGGAAUUGUAGUCUCAAAACAUCUGGAGGGACGAGGUUGAGGAAUCCUGACUACUGGUGGACCUAGGACUACUGGUGGACCAGGGACUGGGCAUAAAGAUCUCUGGAUGAAUCACAUGAUGAUGUUUGAAUGGGUGGUGUUUAUGGGCUGUCAGUCAUUCCCUGUCUCCUCCAGAAGGGUGAAUUACCCAGCCUCUGCUGGCACCUUUCCAGACAUCUGGCCCCACCAAAGUCAGGCAGCCCCGACCUGACUGCCUUCUUUCUUAGAACUAGUCUAGAAGGUGGCAUUUGGCUAUCAACUUACUGCUGCUUAGUCUCAGUGUUAAAUAACUCAGCAGGGAGGAAGAUGGCUACAGAACUAGAAUUGACUCUGCCUGUCAUUUGUUAUGGCUGCCCCUGUUGUUGGCCUUAUACCCAACCAGUCCCAAUGAACGCCAACAACCACGAGUCUCAGGUUUACUGUCCCAGGCCAAAUGUUUUCUGCGAGGAUUGAGCACCCUCCCUGUUGCAUCUUGUUCGGUACUUCAAGAGAAAGAUACUGCCUUUAAAAAUUAGGCAAGACUUUCCAAACCCACACAGCUGCAGCAGUUUCCCCAGGGAAGCAGUCUGUUCUGCAAGGCUGAUAGUAGAAAGAGUAACCAGAGUAUUAAGUGGAAGGCCAAACUUUGGCUCUGUGUUGAUUAGAAAGAAAAUCCUGGUUGUAAAAAUAAAUGAGUUUGAUGCAUUAUUUUCCUAAAUAUUCUUUUCCCCAACCUGGGCCAUAAAUCUAUUUUAUGGUUCGCAUGAGAGAGGGUGGAGAAACUCCUUUUUUAAUGUAAUCUUCCCAGAAACUGAAAGGCACAUGAGUUGGAAUGCUCAUCCAAAAAUGCACAGCCAGAUUAGGCUUUUCAUUAUUUUCCUUAGCCCAACAAUAUUUCACUUCAUUUAGCCACUGGCUGACAAAGCUUGAGCUUGCUCCAUGUUUUUCUGUAUCACAGUUGGGGGACCCAUAAGCCUUCCAGAUGUUGUUCGCCCCCAUCUCCCAUCAGCUGUGGGCCUCCAUAUGCAGUUGGACUUCAUCUGUUCCGGUCAUCAUGGUUGGGGAUGUGGGGAGUUUCAGUCCUGCAACAUCUGGAGAACCACAGGUUCCCCAUCCUUGGUCUUCCAUUGAUUCUCAGCUAGUGGGUCACAAGCUACACUGGGGUCGCAUGCUGGUUUAAGGUGACUGACCAGUGGAACUCGCUCCCACAGGAAACAGUAAUGCCCACCAGCCUAGGUGGCUUUAAAUGAGGAUUAGACUAAUUCAUGGAGGAAAAGGCUUUCAAUGGCUACUAGCCAUGAUGGAGACAACAUCUUUUCUGAAUACCAAUGCAGACAGGGAGGGUGCUCUUGUGCCCAGGUCCUGCUUGUGGGUUUUUCCUAGGUAUCUGGUUGGCCUCUGUGAAAACAGGAUGCUGGACUAGAUGGGCCAUUGGUCUGACCAAGCAGGGUCUUCUUACAUUAUGUAACCUUAGAUAUUUUCUUUCUUUAAUAAUUUUUGGUGAGGAGGAGGAGACAGUGAGAGAUGGGAUGUCUGCACAAAAAUGCUUAAAAGGGGGCCCCAUGAUGAAGAUGGACCCCUGGUCUUAGAAAGUCAAAAGCUAUUCAUCCGAACUUGUUGCUUUCAGAGUCUGAAGUAGCCGCUGGAUGGAAACAGGAGGCUUUUCCUAAUCGAUCUUUGAAUGUGGGCAUUCAUUAAUACAGUGGUACCUCAGGUUACAUAUGCUUCAGGUUACAUACGCUUCAGGUUACAGACUCCACUAACCCAGAAAUAGUACCUCGGGUUAAGAACUUUGCUUCAGGAUUAGAACAGAAAUUGUGCAGUGGCGGCACAGCGGCAGCAGGAGGCCCCACUAGUUAAAGUGGUGCUUCAAGUUAAGAACAGUUUCAGGUUAAGAACAGACCUCCAGAACGAAUUAAGUUCUUAACCCAAGGUACCACUGUACAAGUGUUUCCUUGUCCUAAUGAAUCAUCCUGACGCUGUGUGUUGUGAUGGAUUGUCUUGGGAUAAUUCGCCUACUUCUUAAAAUUAUAGGUGUUUCGUUAUACUUUGGGCCCAAGUGACUGCCAGUUUUCACACCUGGGCAAGGGUGUUGCCGGCUGAGCGGUUCAUCCUUGUCAUGCCGUUAAUUAUCUUUGGAGAAUCUCAGGAGCAGGGGUCAGCAAAUUUUUUCAGCAGGGGGUCUGUCCACUGUCCCUCAGACCUUGUGGGGGGCCGGACUAUAUUUUUUUUGGGGGGGGGGGAAUGAACGAAUUCCUAUGCCCCACAAAUAACCCAGAGAUGCAUUUUAAAUGAAAGGACACAUUUUACUCAUGUAAAAACACGCUGAUUCCCGGACCAUCCGUGGGCCAGAUUUAGAAGGCGAUUGGGCUGGAUCCGGCCCCCGGGCCUUAGUUUGCCUACCCAUGCUCAGGAGUGUGUUUCUCCCCUUACCCUUUUCACUUCGGGAACUUUUUUGGGGACAACCUUUGAGAAGCCAGGCUCAUAGCUCUUUCUCAGGUGUCUCUGUUUGCUUUAUCAGACGUUCAGAAAUCAGAAACCCAACCAUAGAAUUGACACUGCCAGCAUAAGUUGACUGAGCAUAGAGGUGACGAGGCCUAAAAAGACUUCUGAUAUGACCGGUGUUUGGAACAACUUUUGUAACUACAGUGGUACCUCGGGUUAAGUACUUAAUUCGUUCCGGAGGUCUGUACUUAACCUGAAACUGUUCUUAACCUGAAGCACCACUUUAGCUAAUGGGGCCUGCUGCUGCUGCUGCUGUGCCGCCGGAGCCCGAUUUCUGUUCUCAUCCUGAAGCAAAGUUCUUAACCCAAGGUACUAUUUCUGGGUUAGCAGAGUCUGUAACUUGAAGCAUCUGUAACCUGAAGCGUGUGUAACCCGAGGUACCACUGUACUCUGAAGUAACUGAGUAGUUUCAGCUACAUAUGUCACCUUCAGCACAUUGGUGGCAGGCUGGCUUAAACAAAUGAAUAAAGCACAUGUUACGAGGCAAACACAGGGUUACUUAUGUAAGGGCCUGGGAAGGCUGAGCCAAGAGAUUUUGCUGUCUGAGGCAGAAGAACAAAUGUCACAACUCCCCACAAAAGUACAUAGUAAGUUCCCAGGUUUUGGCACCUGAGGCCACCUACCCCUACCCUUAGAAGUAAAAAUAUAGUGGUAAUAAAUUUGCCCUUUCAUAAUGCCAAAAACCAGUUGCCCAAGGCGGCCUCCUGACUCUGUCUAAUAGUUGGGCCGGCUCAGGCCAAGGCAUUUGAAAGAGAUAAUUGGUAGGGAGGAAGAGGAUAUUUAGUCUUCUCCCCCCACCCCUAGCCACCAGGUCUCCCCUACAGAUUUGCUCUCCCACCCCUGCCCAUUUUAGCCCAUUCUUCCUGUGGCGGCUUGGCGAUCAGAAGUAAGCCCAGCUGAGGGGAAAGUGUGUUUGAGGCUGGAGCAUAUGUGCAGAUGAGGUUGAUGUGGUGGUGCGGGGGAGGGUUAAGCUCCGCCCACCCGCCAGUUCUCACUGACAAAUGCCCCGCCCCCACGUGGGCGCUCCCUUGGCAAGUGCAGGUUUGGGAAUGCAAGCCGUUCCGCCUGAAGAGCUUAAGCCAAAGGCUUAUUACAUGCAUAUUUCCUGAGAUCAUCCUUUCAGAUACUUGAAGCAAUUUAUUUUUAUGAGUCAAGAGAUGUGAUGAUGAGGGAUCCGGUCUCUGCAUAGGACAAACCUUCCAACAUCUUGAAUGCCUUCCGAACAACUUCAGAUGGAUGCAUUUCAGAAUCUGUUUUGUUUAUUUAAAAAAUGUAUAUGAUACCCAUCAAGUAGUACAGUUAAUGGAAAUCGAAAGCAAUGGACCAAAACAGGGUUGUAAGGUGGUGAUAUGUUUGCCAUCUCCAAAUAUCUGAAGGUCCGUCACAUGGAAGAUGGGGAAAACUUGGGUAUUUUUGUUGCUUCAGAGCAGGCGUCAGCAAAAAUUUUCAGCAGGGGGCCAGUCCACUGUCCCUCAGACCUUGUGGGGGGCUGGACUAUAUUUUGGAGCGGGGGGGGGGGGGAGAACGAAUUGCCCCACAAAUAACCCAGAGAUGCAUUUUAAAUAAAAGCACACAUUCUACUCAUGUAAAAGCACCAGGCAGGCCCCACAAAUAACCCAGAGAUGCAUUUUAAAUAAAAGGACACAUUCUACUCAUGUAAAAACACACUGAUUCCCGCACCAUCCACGGGCCGGAUUUAGAAGGCGAUUGGGCUGGAUCCGGCCCCCAGGCCUUAGUUUGUGCCUACCCAUGCUUCAGAGGAUAGGAACUAUAACAAUGGAUUCUUAUUACAGUGGUACCUCAGGUUAAGUACUUAAUUCGUUCCGGAGGUCCGUACUUAACCUGAAACUGUUCUUAACCUGAAGCACCACUUUAGCUAAUGGGGCCUCCUGCUGCUGCCGCGCCGCCGGAGCACGAUUUCUGUUCUCAUCCUGAAGCAAGGUUCUUACCCUGAAGCACUAUUUCUGGGUUAGCAGAGUCAGUCUGUAACCUGAAGCAUAUGUAACCUGAAGCGUAUGUAACCUGAGGUACCACUGUACAAGAAAGAAGAUUCCGACUUAACAUUAGGAAGACAAUACUGACAGUGAGAGCUGUUUGACAGUGGAAUGGUUUACCUUGGAAGGUGGUGGGCUCACCUUAAUGGAGGUUUUUAAACAGAGGUUGGGAGGCCAUCUGCCAGGGAUUCUUAAGCUGUGAUUCCUGCAUAGCAGAUGGUUAGACUAGACUCCCAACCCUUCAGUUAUACGAGUCUUUAAAUAUAGUUAUUAUAUAUACUGCUAGAAAACAGAGGUUAGAUGUCAGGGUGGAGAAACAUCUCCUGCCAGCAAGGUAAAGCAUGUAACGGAUCGAUAAAUCAUCAAUCGACACCCAAGCACCCAUCCUGCCUGCGGAACUGAAUGAAGCGAGGAAGAAUGGAAAACUUGGGCAGAAUGCAAAUGUGGACAUACACGAGCAUUUGAAAUCUUCUUUCUCCCAACUAGUUUUUGGUGCUGUUCCAUAGCGGGUGGAGGCAGAAUUAAUUGUUCUUUAAUUGCAGUGGGGUGAUAGGGCUUGGCUUCUUAUGCACACCCUGCCAUGCUUAUCCCGCGGCUAACCUCUCUGAAGAUUGAAGAUAAGCUUCCGAGUUUGUUCCUAAGAAUGGGUGAGACUGUCACAUAUGCAAGGCCUGUGCCACAAAGCAGUCAAUCUGGACUAGUUGGAUUUGGCCCUGCUCUUCUGCCUCCGAUGGAGCUAAGUCCAGGGCCUAAUGUGUCCUAGUUUUGCAUUCAAAUCCAUCUUUGUUUCAUCCUGGCACUCAACAGGAAUAUAGUGCACUACCAUUUCCCAGGUCAGAUGGGCCAUCUUGCCCAGGAGAGUUGACCCUGGAUGGCAGGGUUUCUGGCAAAAGCCUUUCCCAUUUCCUGCUACUGGGUCCUCCUUUUUAUUUUUUUAAACUGUAGAAGACUGUGAUGAACCUGGGACUUUCUUCCUUCUUCUCGUCGCAUAGAGCCAAGAUCUGUUGGCUCCUAGCAAUCUUCUCCUUUUUUCAUUUAAGAAGUGUUGGAUAGGAUGAAAGCAUUCUCUGCAAAUCCAAGCGAAUCCCUUAGACACAUUUUAUUUUCUCAUGGCCGUAUAACAAGCUUCCCAGGAUAACAAAUCAUUUUGUUUUAAGUGAGCAAAAUAAUCCUUUUUUGAAAGAGAGAGGGAAUCCAGGAAUUGGCAUGUAUAUGGAACAUCCAGGUUGACUGCUCAUCCAAGAUUAAAAGGAAACGGCUGGAGUUGUUAUCUCAGAAGGCUUUCAUUCAUCCUUCUAAUUGUCUUCCUCCUUGGCAUAUGACACCUCCUUCGCUCUUGCGCUUGGCAGUGAGUUCAUGGAUUUGGACUCUAAAACCUCAAAAUGUCUGGGGCAUUGUGGAAAAAGUGGCCUACCUCGGACCAAUUUGUGUUUUUCUUUUGUACGCGUUCUCUGUUUUCGUUUUUUAUAAAGUUGACAUUGGAGAAGCCUCUUUUCUCAAUUUAACAAUUAAAGGACUCAGUUGUUUCCUCUUCCAUUCAUGGAAGAAAAGCUUUUUAUAGCAAGUUUUUCCAUUUGCGAUUGCACUUCCUUGCGAGACCUCCAUCCUCCCCAAACAAAACGAUCGGAAACUUUCUCUCGCAUUCCUAAAUGUUGGGUCUGCUCAUAAAAAUGACUCCCUUUCCAGCUUGGAGACUUAUUUUCUGGUGUGUUACUUGUUGCUUAUUUCCCUGUAUCUGAUUUAUUUUUCAAUGAAGAGUUUAAUGAGUUUACAGAUUGGAAUGGGUAGACUUGUACAAACCCAUGCUCAGUUGAUCUUCUGAAUAUCCAAGAUUUAUUAGCGGGGUGGGUGGGGGUGAAAAUUAAUUGGUUUGCCUUUCCAAAAAAAAAUGUAUUUGUCUUACAUAACCCCAUUAAAUUUACUGUAAUUAGUAAUUAUUAAAAUUAGUUGAUAGGUUAAUUAGGAUUCUCCCUGUAGGGAUGAACAGCUAGGCACAUUGCCUUGACACCCAUGAGCGAGUUCAGUUAAAAGGCAGCACUUAAAUCACAUAAUUUGUAGGCUCUUCUCCCAUCUGUGAACCAGGGAAGUGCCAGCUGCCACAAGGCAGGCAUAGGCAAACUCAGCCCUCCAGAUGUUGUGGGACUCCAGCUCCCAUCAGCCUCAGCCAACAUUACCAACGGUCAGGGAUGAUGGGUGCUGUAGUCCAGGAACAUUUGAACAGGGUCUCCAGCUGGUUUUUGGCCUGCAGCGCCCAUCAUCCUGAGCUAGCAGGACCAGUGGUCAGGGAUGAUGGGAAUUGUAGUCCAAAAACAGCUGGAGAUCCAAGUUUGGGAAACCCUGAUCUAGAGGGCCACAGGUUCCCAUCUGUGCCAUAAGGGUGUGAGAGAGAAGUCAGGGCCUGGCUCUAUGCAUGUAGCAGAAUGAGGAGUGGCAUGCAUUGCACCAUGGCAAAUGAGAGACCUUGAGGACUUCCUGAUCCCUGAUGUCCCUGCCCGAUCCCUGAUAAAUAAGAGCAAAGCAUUUUUCCACUUGCAUAAUGGAGAUGUUUUCUGCUGAGGCUCCAUAAAACUGCUGUUGGGAAGGUUAUUUAGGUAGCGUCCUUAAUUGCAAGUAGCAAAACAGCGGUGGAAACUUUGAAUCUAUCAUUAAGAGUUUAAUCACGCUUCCUCAUGCUCCAGAUCCAGGAGAUCAAAUGUUUACAUCUUCAUCUGUCAGCCAGCUGCAUGGCGAGUUAUUGCAGCAUGUUUCUUAAGUGUCACUUUCUAUUAAGUAACGUUUCAGUUUGGUUCGCCAGUUGUUUGUAGCUCUGGCGUAGUUAUGUGGUGGAUGUGGAACCUUUAACGCAGCCUAGGCUGAAAUUCUGUGUUUUUGCAUAGAGGGGUGUUGGCAGGAUUUCUGGCAGAGGGAGCUAGCUGUCUAAUCUGUGCUGCAGUGCCCCCUGCCAGGGUGGCCAGAAGUGGUACUGCGGCUCAUCUCUCUUGGCUCGCCUCCCCUUGUUUUUGCCUGAUCACCAGCUGCUAGCCUGCCUUUGCGCUAGGGUGGCCACUAAAUGCAUCACCCCCAAAAGAGGGGAAAAGGAGGCAGAUUUGCAUACAGUGGUGCCUCGCAAGACGAAAUUAAUCUGUUCCGCGAGUCUCUUCGUCUUGCGGUUUUUUCGUCUUGCGAAGUUAGCGGCUUAGAGGCUAUUAACGGCUUAGCGGCUUAGCGGCUAUUAACGGCUUAGCGAAAAGGAAACAAACUGCAAGAACGGCUAGCGGCUAUUAACGGCUUAGCGGCUUUAAGAAAAGGAAACAAACUCGCAAGAACUGCAAGACGCUCUUGCGAAGCAAGCCCAUAGGAAAUUCGUCUUGCGGAACGACUCAAAAAACGCAAAACCCUUUCGUCUAGCGAGUUUUUCGUCUUGCGAGGCAUUUGUCUUGCAGGGCACCACUGUAUGCUAAUUUUUAUAUGCAGGUGCAAACUAAGAAGCUUCAAAAGAGAACUGAGAAGUUAAAGAAAUCUCACCAUAAUGGGAAAAGACCGUGACUGGGUGAGCCACAUGCUUGCUUAGUCUGUUGCUCACUGUUGAUGAAAAACUUUAUUUAUUAAAUUUAAAUACAACACAUAAAAAGUGCUUUUGAAAGAAAGUGAAGAAAGAAGGGGUGGUUUGAUAAAGACCCCUGCUCUCACUUCGUAGAGUUCUUCAUCUUUAAGCCGGAGGAGACAACUCUUCAUUUCUUGCCUGGCUUCUCAACACGGACAUUGCUGCAAGUAACCGAGAAGGGCAGGCUGGGCGAGAGUGCCUGAUUGGCUUUGCCACUGCACUAGUGCCAUUCUAGCCUCACCACUGCUUAGCCCCCCUCUCUCGGUUACCAGCCACAACCUCCAUAUUGGGAAACCAGCUAAACAACACCCCCCCUUCCCUGCUGGUCUCUACUAAUGACCGAAAUUCUGCUUCGACCAUGUUACUGUCUCCGAUCCUGCUAUGUCCUCUGUGUUGGGUCUGCACCAGUGCCGGAUUUACGUAUAAGGUAGACAAGCUAUAGCUUAGGGCCCCACUCUCUUGGGGCCCCCCAAAAAAAUUUGAAGGAAAAAAACAAACUGGAUGUACAAUUCCAAAAUAUAAGAUAAAAAACAAAUAAAAUAAAACCUACAUACAGCAACAGCGUUUUGUGUUGUGUAGGCUCCUGUGAUGUAAGUAAUGGGCCCCGCCUGCUAGCCUGCUUCCUAAAAUAUCACUGGUUUGCUCAUUUCUAUAUAUAGGGUGCCUACAUUCUGCAUGUGCAAAUGGCUUUAGAUACCUAAAGGUAAAGGUAAAGGGACCCCUGACAAUUAAGUCCAGUCGCAAACGACUCUGGGGUUGCGGUGCUCAUCUCGCUUUAAAGGCCGAGGGAGCCAGCGUUUAUCUGCUUCACAGACAGUUUUUCUGGGUCAUGUGGCCAGCGUGACUAAGCCGCUUCUGGUGAAACCAGAGCAGCACACGGAAACUCCGUUUACCUUCCCGCUGCAGCGGUACCUAUUUAUCUACUUGCACUGCGUGCUUUCGAACUGCUAGGUGGGCAGGAGCUGGGACCGAACAACGGGAACUCACCCCGUUGCAGGGAUUUGAACCGCCGACCUUUCUAUCGGCAAGCCCUAGGCUCAGUGGUUUAACCCAAAGCGCCACCCACGCCCCUUUAGAUACCUGUUAGGUCCAUAAAUUACCUUAUAGCAUAUAUUCAACACAAAAAAACAGCGACCAUUUGUUGUUGACAAAGGUCAGCUGGACAUAUAAAGGGCCCCAUUACCCUUAGUAGCUUAAGGCCUCAUCAGACCUAAAUCUGGCCCUAGUCUGCACGGCCAUUCCUUUUCCCCCUCCCAGAGUAACAGCAAAACAACUGAUUGCUAGACUUUUCUUUAUGGAUUGACUAAUCAAGGCGCGAACAAGGCACAUUUUGUGGCUUCCGUAUUUGGACCUUUUUUCAGAGCUCUGUACAGCUGCAUUCUGCCACAUUGCCCCUCUACACCUUAAAGUCUUGAUCUAGGCCUGGGGUCAGCAAACAUUUUCAGCAGGGGCCGAUCCACUGUCCCUCAGACCUUGUGGGGGGGGCCAGACUAUAUUUUGGGGGAGGGAAAUGAACAAAUUCCUAUGCCCCACAAAUAACCCAGAGAUGCAUUUAAAAUAAAAGCACACAUUCUACUCAUGUAAAAACACCAGGCGGGCUGGAUUUAGAAGGUGAUUGGGCCAGAUCCGUCCCUGGGCCUUAGUUUGCCUACCCAUGAUUUAGGCCAAUCACGAAUAUUUCAGAGAAAAUCUUGCUUGCUGACGAUCAUUACUUUUUAAUGAAGUUUAAUAGGGCAUUUAGAAGGGCCUUCUCAGCAGUGGCGCCCUCCCUGUGGAACGCCCUCCCAUCAGAUAGCAAGGAGAUAAAAGAACUACAAACUUUUAGAAGACAUCUGAAGGCAGCCCUGUAUUGGGAGGUUUUUUAAUGUUUGACGUUUUAUUAUGUUUUUAUAUGUGCUGGAAGCUGCUCAGAGUGGUUGGGGAAACCCAGCCACAUGGGCGGGGGUAUUAUAAUAAUAAUAAUAAUAAUAAUAAUUAUUAUUAUUAUUAUUAUCAUGUUGCUCGGCCCAUCGCCUCUUGUAGCAGUUUCAGGAGCUGGGGUUCUCACAGACAGAGGGUGGCAUGAUUGUUGCUUCUUUGUAUGCAAAGGAGGUUGCAAUUAAUGAGCUUGAAGUUGGUUUGCCUGUCGCUGAAACGUUUUUGGUACCACCGCAGCUUAAUGAAUUACGGGGAAUGUUUCAUUUUUCUUUUAUUGUGCCAAAAAAGCAUAACAAAUCCAAAAGCCCCAAAUGCAUCUAGGAGCACUAGCUGCAAACUUUGGGGUGUUUGAGUAGGUGUAAUAGGAUCACACAGACACAUUCCAUACCAAGGCCCUCCAGGGAAUUGCAAAUGUAGCAGAACUAGCAAAAUACCUAAAAAGUUCAGCCCCCAUAAACCAGCCAAGUUCCAUAAAGAUUAUAUAAGUGUGUGUGUGUGUGUGUGUGUGUGUGUGUGUAAUGGUGGCUUCUACAAAGGCAAUUAAGUGCAUAGUUUAUAGCUAAUGCCCAAAAUAUCCAAUUUACUUUUAAAAAGGAGUUGUGUUGCCAAAUCAUAAAUGCAGACCAAUAAGCAAACAGAGCCAAAGUUUGCUGUAUCUCUAAUCAUCCCCCCAAACCCUAUAAGACAGAGAGGUCUAUAGAGGAAACCUAUAGGGCAGGAGUGAGGGAACCUGUGGCCUUCCAGAUGUUCUGCGGGAGAAUAUUCAGACUGAUGAUUGUGAGCGCCAACAUGCCCUACAGCAGCCUUCCUCAACAUUGUGCCCUCUAGAGGUUGUUGAAUGAUAAAUCCCUUCAUCCCUGAUCAUUGGCCAUGCUGUCUGGGACUGAUAGGAGUUUGGUACCCUGUCCACAGGGUACCAAAAUGGGGAAAGACUGAUGUAGAAGAGCACUUUGGACUAGGCCAUAGCAGGCUUGGGUUCUGCACUCAAGCAUGAAAUGCAACGAAAGUUGCCUUAGGCCAAUCACACACACACACACACACACACACACACACAGAGCCUAACCUGCCUCACAGGGCUGUUGUGAGACUAAAAUAGGGUGGUAUAUAUACCGGCGUUUGUCCACAGACAGCUUUUCCUGGUCGUGUGGUCAGCAGGACUAAACCGCUUCUGGGGCAAUGGAACACCGUGACGAAAACCAGAGCGCACGGAAACGCCGUUUACCUUCCUGCAGCAGCGGUACCUAUUUAUCUACUUGCACUUUGUGCUUUCAAACUGCUAGGUUGGCAGGAGCUGGGACAGAGCUCACCCCGUCGUGGGGAUUUGAACUGCCGACCUUCUGAUCAGCAAGCCCAAGAGGCUCAGUGGUUUAGACCACAGCGCCACCCGCGUCCAUAAAUUACCUAUAAAUAAAUAUAGCCCGCAAUGUCAGGUUUUCCGUUUCAUUCAUUAGUCUGGUCAGGUUAAAAGCAAAUAUAUCUAAUUAUUCGUUUUAGGGGAUUAUCUGCGUAUAUGUCUCUUUACCUGUGCAUUUUGCUGGUAUAAUUAUUGAGCAUUAUUUUCUGGGUGGGGGCGGAAUCUCUAUCAUUGUUAAAUGAAUUUUUGUUUCAGAAUUAUUAUUAUUCAUCCUCCAUCCUAAGAUCACAGGGCAGGUUACAACCUAAGAACACAAUAUAAAAUUAUGUCUCAUGUAAUUUAAUGGGAACAUAUAGUUUUGGAGCAAGACCAGGUAAAUGAGCAUAGGGUUGCAGCCUCAGAUCUCAUUAAAAAACCAGUGAGGCUUGGUUUUUUUGCACUGAUUUGAAAUGGCAAGAAAGCAUAAGUAACUUAGACUGAGUUCAGUCCAUUCAUGAGGUGGGGGGGGGGAGCAGUUUGCAAGCAUAAACUCCAUACAUUGAUGUGGGGGGGAAACUUCCCUAACCUCACUCAGAAAGAAUGUAUUACAAAGUACAACCAUAAACCCUUUACAUGAGGAAUUUACAUGUCCAUAAAAUUUUGCAAUAGAUCUCCAGUUAUUCAGUAUAUAAUUAUUUGUCUCAAGACUUUUUUAAUAUUUGAGGGCACUAAACAAUAAGCAUUUUUUAAAAGGGCCUCUCCUGCAAAGCACGUGAAUAAUGUAAUCACACAUAGUUCCAGUUCUACAGAAGCAGGAGUCCAUUUAUGCACUGUUUUACCUACGAAGAAAUAGCCAUUAUAUAGAAAAAUACACAGGUCAUAAUGUAAGAAGGGUGGUCUUGUUCUGUGAACGAGCUUUGAGCUCAUCCCCUCUGCCCUCCACUCUCUUCCUCUGUUGCAAUUUCGCGGAGGAGAUUGGAGGCUUUUGCUUCUGUUUUAAACCAACGCGGGUCAGUCUUUGUUAAGAUUUAGUGUAACAAACCAACUUCAGACUCGAGUUAGUUAGGCUGGCUUGUUUCAGUAAAACGAUACAGUCGUACCUUGGUUUUCAAACAGCUUAGUUCUCGAACGUUUUGGCUACCGAACGCCGGUUUGCAAACUAUUUUUGGAAGCCGAACGUCUGACGGGGCUUCCGACUGGCUGCAGGAGCUUCCUGCAACCAAUCAGAAGCUGCGCUUUGGUUUCCAAACGUUUUGGAAGUUGAACGGACUUCCGGAACGGAUUCCGUUCGACUUCCGAGGUACGACUGUAGUUGAGUUCAAUCAUAAUUUAGGGUGUGAGCAUAACAGUAAACUAUGGUUAAUCAAAAAUGGAAGUGAAAACCUCCAGUCCCCUCCACACUCGUAUGGAGUAGGGAGUUUGUGAAUUAUAGGCUCAUUCAUUUAAUGAUAUUUUAUUCUUAAGUUUGAAUGCAGCCAGUGGUGGACUAAUCCAUGGGCGUGGGGCAGAAGGAAAACAAACCCAGAAAACACUUCCUCCUAGACAGGAAGAGCCAUAAAGAGUUUCCUGUUUGUUCCUUGGGCAAACAUCCCAUCGCAGGGUGGUACUCAUGGCUCUGGUAUGUUUCACUGUGUGCAUCAGCUCUGGCUCCUGGCUUCGUUUCUUGGAUUGGACCUUCCCCCACCCCUGGGAAUAGCUUCUGGAUUUUGACACCUACAGUUCAGUUUGGGUGACCCAAAUCUCCUGCCUAAGAGCCUGGCUCUCCACUGCCAGUCAGAUUGGACAAUACUGGGCUGGGUGGACAAAUUAUCUAACUUUUGUAAGGCAACUGUGCUGUAGGGGUCGGAUUCUGCACAUGAUUUGUUAUGCCUCUUGCUGUCAAAAGGCUCCUUUGCUCAUCCAGCUGGUUUCUCUCAUCUAGAGCAGAGCAGUGUCUUUCAAGGAAGUUCCAGUCUUGCCGACUCUAGGGGAGUUCUGCAAACUUUUUUGUAAUGGACCUCGUCGGAAGGACAGAAAGAUAGGCAGGGGGAAAAGGAAAGGACAGAAAUAUCACUGGAGAAGGGACACAUCAGAAGAGGGUUUUCUCAUACAGUGGUACCUCGGGUUACAGACGCUUCAGGUUACAGACUCCACUAACCCAGAAAUAGUACCUCGGGUUAAUAACUUUGCUUCAGGAUGAGAACAGAAAUCGUGCAGUGGCAGUGGAAGGCCCCAUUAGCUAAAGUGAUACAUCAGGUUAAGAGCAGUUUCAGGUUAAGAACGGACCUCCAGAACGAAUUAAGUUUUUAACCCAAGGUACCACUGUAUCUUCCAUGGCUCCACACCUGGCUUUAGGCGGGUAAAAGAAGGCAGUGGUUCACUUCUGGCCUGCUGCAAUUUGGCUUUAUUAACGAAGACAACAUUAAAACGUGUUAUGAAAAAUUGUUCUGCAAAAGCAGGCACGUUAGGCAAAUUUGAGUACCAAAUGUAUAUAUCAGGAGAAAUGGACACUGAAAAGAGGGCUUUUUUUAAAAAAAAAAGCAAAGAGGCAUCAAAAUGCAUAGAACUGAACUUAAGAUUUGCAGAAUGAGAAACUGGGAGAAACUUGACAGACGAGCCCAUUUCCAGUAAUCAUGCUACUUAUUGCCUUUUGAAGGACACAUUUUUUAUUAUUUUUAUUUGCCAGCAGUUGACAUGGAGUUUGUUUAUUUAUUUUAUUGCCUGUAGAUCCUGUCUUUUAUCCAAGGAGCUCAAUAUGGUUCUCCCCGCUCCUCAUUUAAUCCCCACAACAGCCCUGUGAGGUAAGUAAGGCUGAGAGGCAGUGACCACAGCCAAAGGUCACCCAGUGAGCUGCAUAGCUGAGUAGGGAUUCGAACCCUGAUCUCCCAGGCCCUAGUCCAAGACUUUAACCCCUGUGCCACACUGGCUGUGAUGGAGUUGCACUUUACUUCAAUUUUGUAGUUAAAAUAUUGGCUACGAUCCUGCGCGCAGUUAAGCACGCUUUAGCUUAUUGAUUUAAAUAGGCUGAAGAACGCCUAACCUCUUGCUGAAUUGUGGUUCUCACACUGCCUUAAAGUUUUCGUCUGCGUGGGUUGUGAACGUGAUCCGUGCGGGAGGCACGUUCGCAACCCACAGCACCGCGUCUGUGCAUACGCGGGUUGCGAUUCGGCGCUUCUGCGCAUGCGCGAGUACCGAAACCCAGAAGUAACCCAUUCCGGUGGUCUGGGUUUGGCGCGGUGCGCAACCUGAAACCACGCAAGCUGAAGCGUCUGUAACCCGAGGUAUGACUGUAUUUUGAUUAUGUGUGUAUCCUACAAUAACCACAGCAAAAAUUCUUCUCAGUUCUUCUUUUUUAAAAAAUCUUCAGCCUCUUUGCCAGCUUCUAAUCAGUUGUCUGAUCAUCUCUUCCUGCACAUGAAUAUCUAAUUUACAUGAGAUGGUGAAAUAUGAAAGACAAAAGUUCUAAGAGCUACAAAGCCACCUUUAUGCAUUCUAAGCAGACACAUCCAGGCCCCUUCUUAAGAAAGGAAGAGGGCUGUGUUUGGGGGGGGGGGGAGUUGGAGGAGAGAGGAAACAGGACUCUGGUUGUAUUAUAAAUGCAGCAUCAUAAAAAAAAGAAAGAUUAAAUUUCUGGCCUUCCAUUGUCUUCAGCCAUAGCUUCCCUGCUGAUGGUUAUUCUGAUGGGAAUAUUUGAAACUCCACGGGGGGAAAAAUGCCUCUUGCACUAAAUGAAGGGUGUGGGUUGUGUGUUUCUGGGCUGAGCACAAUGCAAAGGUCAGUUUGUGAUGGUUCUUGCCUCUCCUUUUCGCAUGAAGUUUGUGUGUACAUGAAUGCAUCCCUGGAAUUUCACCGUGGGGUCUGCCAUCUUUUGAAGCUGCUGCUAAAAUUACGGCCUCGCUUCUUCCAAAGGCGGAUACUGAUAGAAGAUUCAAUGAAAUCGAAGGCCGCUGGUCUGGGCAGUGUUGAAAGAUACCUGGCUAUGAUACUAUUUCUGAUUUAAUAAUGCGGACGAGAGGCUAGCCCUUUGUAAUAAUUAGGACUAAUUACUGAAGAGGUGUUGACAGAUGGGCUAAGAGGAAACAAACUGCCUUUAUCCAGUAGCUUAGAGUCGGAUUACUAGGCUUGUGUUAUCUGUUUCUCAGAAAGUAGACGCUUCAAUCAUUCACUAAGUCUUCAGAGGGAGGCAAAAGGGAUCCUAACAAUAUACAGGAUUUGGGGCGAAGCUAUGAAAUAAGUCUUUGAUUCAGAAAUGGCUAAAUUAAUCCCCUUUCCGUAAAUUGUCGCGGGGUUUGUUUGUUUUUUUAAGUUUGAAUUACAGAUGGAGAAUCUGAUUUGGAGUACUUGGAAUGAAGUCAACCAAGUAUCAAUGGCUUGUCUUGGUAGCGACUGUGGAAGUUUGUGGAUUAAGCAGUGGCUCCCCCCUCUCUCUUUCCUGUUAUGGUGACAAUAGCAAUUUUCUCUCCCCUCUUUUUUCCCCAAGUCCUGCUCACUGUCCCCUUUGAGAAAUCAAAGGUACUUUUAGAAUUUUCGGCUCUUCCUUUGGCAUUUUGGCAAGUAACAAUUUGGGUGCUGACAAUGGUAAUUGGCAAAGAAAUAAGGAAACUGUCCAAAAGAGGCACACACCAAAAUAAACAAUUUAGAAAGAAGGGGGAAAUGUGAUCCCAGGGCAGAGAGAAUAAUUUUUUGCAAUAAUGAUAAUUAUUAUUUAUUAAAUUUCUAUUUAAUAAAUAGCAACAACGAAGUAGUAAGGCAAUAUUAUUAUUAUUAUUAUUAUUAUUAUUAUUAUUAUUACACCCUGCUUAUCUGAUUGGGUUGCCCCAGCCACUCUGGGCGGCUUCCAGCAUAUACAGAAACAUAAUAAAACAACAAGCACCCUCCCAUCUGAUGUCAGGGACAUAAUAAAGAGCUACACAACUUUUAGAAGACAUCUGAAGGCAGCCCUGUAUCAAGAAGUUUUUGAUGUUUGACAUUUUAUUACAUUUUUAUAUGUGUUGGAAGCUGCCCAGAGUGGCUGGGGCAACCCAGCUAGACAGGUGGGAUAUAAUAAUAAUAAUAAUAAUAAUAAUAAUAAUAAUAAUAAACAACUUCCCUAAACAGGGCUGCCUUCAGAUUUCUUUUAAAGGUUGAAUAGUUACUUAGCUCCUUGACAUCUGAUAAACAUAAAAUAAAAAUGUUACCACUGAACAUUUAAAAACAUUAGACAACCUGGGCACUGGUCUUUCAAAUCUAGGAGCCAUAUGGUUUGUUUUACAAUCCUGUAUGUCAGGGCUGGGGGAACUUUGACCUGGAGAUACCAUGAUCACAAAAAGUGGUUUUCCCAGGGUGAGACUCAUCCAUUGUAUUCCAGGUGUGCUGACCCUUGCGAUUUCCCCAAAUGCAGGAAACUCGACUGCGUAAUUUGUCGUAGUUGCUGGACUACAACUCCCAUUAUUCCUGACUGUUCUCCAUGCUGGCUGGGGCUGAUGGGAGUUGGAGUCCAACAACACCUAGAUGGCUAUAUGUGUUUACUUGGAAAAGUACCUCCAGAUUGCUUCUGGACCACUUUAGUCACACUGCUUUUGUCCCACCUUCUCAGUAUUUGUACAUAUAACAUAUAAUCAUAUAGAAAAUAGUUCAGUAAGAUACCUACAGGUGGUACCAGGUGACAGAAGGAACGCAAACUUUUCCACGUCUUAUUUCAGACAAAUGUCUUGGGCUCCAAUUCUAUGCCCACUUACCUAAGAGUAAGCCCCUUAGAACUCAAAAGUCAUGUAUAAAUUAAGCAGCUCUCCAGGAUUUCAAGUGAUGACCCCCUUAACAGAUGCCAUUUUCCAGCCGCUAACCAAUCUUGACCCUGUUAGCUGCAGAUAAAUCCCAUCAUGAUGGAUAUUAGAGACGUAGAUUUCAAUUAUUAAUACCUUGCAACAAUGGAGGCAUUUAAACUAGUGUUUUAAACAUUUAUAACGGUUUCAUUGUGCGGUAAACUUGGUCAUACUUUGAUCUAGAUGUUCUGGUUUGAGCUAAUAGCGCUGGUAAAAGUCCUUAAUAAAUUUGGUUGGAACACAACAUGAUCUGAUUAUCUGAUGAAAGAUUGACAGUGUAGUUCCUGCCAGCUUGACAGUGCAACACAAUAAGGGGACUAUUCAGAAUGCAUUUGGAGGCUGAUGGUUCAAAUUCAGGUACCGGAGGAGGAUUUGAAAUUCAGGCGAUGGCAAACACUUUUAACUUCGCAGUGACUUUUUGUACCCGGUGUAGAAAUAACAUUUCCCAGUCUCUUAACGAUGGUUUGGAGAACUCUGGAACUUACAGGCUUCCUCCCUCUCCUUCCCAAUGCAAACGUUUCUGUUAAGUUGUGGGUGAACAUAUCAGACGACACAGCGAUUCUUCAAACAGCUCUUGUUUAUUCAUAGGCCAGAACAGAACUGAACUGAAGGGUUCAGCCAGCCUGCUUAUAUAGAGCUCCAGUACAACACAACUAUAACAACUUUCUGUAACUAUCCAAUCACUGAAUGUCACUUUCGAUCCCUUAUUUGCAUAUGUGGACCUGAGUGAAAACUAUCUACAGUAUCCCCCUGCUGGCCCAGGGUGAGAACUUCAGUACAUAACAGUUUCCCAUCCCUUUCAAACUCAACCAUGGUGCAGUGAUUACUCUCUGCCUUGGUGUCUCAGUCAGUAGAGCAGGAGACUCUUAAUCUUAGGGUUGUGGGUUCGAGCCCCAUGUUGAGCAAAAGAUUCCUGCAUUGCAGGGGGUUGGACUAGAAGUCCUUGUAUUCCCAUCCAACUCUAUGAUUCUAUUAUUCUAAUGUUAAACAUGGUUCACUUGAAACCAGGGUCAUAACCCACUGAUGAAAACAGGUCUUCCUUGUAAUUUUGUUUUGCCUUGGUUUUCUCAUAUCUGCAUCCUUCUAUAUACCAUCAGUUGAAGGUGGGUACCCCUCUCUGUUGCAGUAGUGUGCACUGGAAGCAAGAUGCGUUUAGUAAACAUAAGAGGCGUUUUUUUAAAAACCAAUCCUUUUUUGUGGAUGGGGGGGGGAUGUUCAUUAAAUUUCUAAGCUAAUACCUUUGACAGAUCUCAAGGCACUUAAAAAAAUUGUGUGCGUAUGUGUAUUUGUGUUGGUGUUUACACACACAGAGAAGAAUUCCUUAAAGGAAAGACAGAAAAAGUGAAAAGUGUGUAACCUAUAAAUAUCUCAGCAAACUGCAGGAAGCUUCCUUGUACAAAAUCAGAACACUGGUCCAUCUAACAGUAUUGCCCACUCUGACUGGUAGCUGCAGUCCAGGAUUUCUGGCAGGAGUUUUUAACCUUGCCCUCCCUGCAGAUGCCAAAGAUUGAACCUAUGUAUUCAAAGAUUUGUGGAUGACACAACUUUGAUGGCAGAAAGUGAGGACGAAUUAAAGAACCUCUUUAAUGAGGGUGAAAGAGGAGAGCGCAAAAUAUGGUCUGAAGCUCAACCUCAAAAAAACUAAGAUCAUGGCCACUGGUCCCAUCGCUUCCUGGCAAAUAGAAAGGGAAUAAAUGGAAGCAGUGAGAGAUUUUACUUUCGUGGGCUCCAUGAUCACUGCAGAUGAUAACAUCAGUCACAAAAUUAAAAGACGCCUGCUUCUUGGGAGAAAAGCGAUGACAAACCUAGACAGCAUCUUAAAAAGCAGAGACAUCACCUUAUGGUGCUGGAGGAGACUCUUGAGAGUCCCAUAUACUGCAAGAAGGUCAAACCUAUCCAUUCUGAAGGAAAUCAGCCCUGAAUGCUCACUGGAAGGACAGAUCCUGAAGCUGAGGCUCCAAUACUUUGGCCACCUCAUGGGAAGAGAAGAGUCCCUGGAAAAGACCCUGAUGUUGGGAAAGAUGGAGGGCAUAAGGAGAAGGGGACGACAGGACGAGAUGGUUGGACAGUGUUCUCGAAGCUACUAACAUGAGUUUGACCAAAUUUUGGGAGGCAGUGGAAGACACGAGUGUCUGGUGUGCUCUGGUCCAUGGGGUCAUGAAGAGUUGGACACGACUAAACAACAACAGCAACAAAGAAUGGCCAUUGCUCAGUCGCAUCUCAAUUUUAUUUUGUAUGCAGAAGGUCCCAGGUAUCUAGGGACUACCCCUUCUUUGCUGGAGUUCAGAUAAUACUAAGCGAGAUGGACCCAGUGGUCUGCCUCUGUGUGAGGCAAAGUUCCUAUGUACCUUUUCAAUCCUUACGUUCCUAAGGAAGGUUUUGUGUGGUCUUUUUGGCCAAGACACAAUUAGAUUGAAAUGUUGCAAACAAGCAGUAUAAGGUCUUCAUGUCUGAACCUCCUGUCUCAUUAAAAGUAGAAGAGGACAGGACUAGGUCCAUCACAGUAAAAUGUAUGGCACUGUGUGCCUUUGGGAAUAAACGAGAAAUGUUCGAAACCUUUCCUUUAUUUAUCUUAAGUGCGAUAUCAUCACAGAGACAGGUAUGGCUAGAAACAUUACAGACUUCUGAUAUUAUAGAAAUUAUUAUAAAAAUAAACCAGUUUAACAUUGAUACCCCCUUUUCCCCCCAAGGGGAUGAGCUUCAUUUGUAGCACGCUUUAAACUCUGAAGUUCUCCACCUUUCCUAUCUUAUUGUACAGUGUUACCUUGGAAGUCGAACGGAAUCCGUUCCAGAAGUCUGUUCGACUUCCAAAACGUUUGGAAACCAAAGCGCAGCUUCCGAUUGGCUGCAGGAAGCUCCUGCAGCCAAUCGGAAGCCCCGCCGGACGUUCGGCUUCCAAAAACAGUUCGCAAACCGGAAGAGUCACUUCCGGUUUGCGGCAUUCGGGAGUCAAAACGUUCGGAAGCUAAGCUGUUCGAAAAGCAAGGUACAACAGUAUAUCCACAACAUAGGUUCCACCUUGAACAAAUUAUUGGGGGACCUGGCUGCCUACGCUUGUCCCAACUCCCCACCCCACUUCUUCUACUGCGCACAACUGAGCACAGGCCUCCCCCCCUCUUUCUGUUUCUCUUCGCUCACCCACCUCCCCCCUCACCUGCUCGCCUCUCCUACUGGCCUUCCUGCCUCUCCCCAGCUGCCACGGCUCAGACACGCUCGGAAAUGUCACCGAAAACCAGGAGCCAAGGUGGGAAAAGAGGGCGGAACCAGUGGUGUGCGGUGCAGAUUUUUGUAAGGGAACAGUUAGGGUCCGAGGCACCAGCUUGCGAGGGCAAUUCGGGGGGGGGGAUGUCCUGAUGUCCCUUUCAUGAACAUCACACCUCCCUCCCUAAGCUGGGCAGAGGCUUCUCAGGUUUAAUACUCUAAGUUACCAGGAACAUUUAGGGGACUAGCCCAGUCCACUGACCGCACACCACUGGGCGGCACCCGGCUGGAGGGGAGACGGCUGCCCAAGGGAGAGAGGGAGGCGCCAACUUGCAGAAAAUGUUGGGGGGAGUGGCCUUCCUAAAUAUUUUAUUGGGGAUGCCAAAGGGGCCAGCACCCCAAAAGAGUUUGGUGCCUGUGAUCCACAGCCAUUUAUAGGCUGGGUAUUUGGGGAGAGAGAUUGGUUAAGUUCAGCAUUAUUCACGUAAACUAGGCAUAGGCAAACUCCGGCCCUCCAGAUGUUUGAGACUACAAUACCCAUCAUCCCUGACCACUGGUCCUGUUAGCUAGGGAUGGUGGGAAUUGUAGCCCCAAACAUCUGGAAGGCCGGAGUUUGCCUAUGCCUGACGUAAACAAUAACCUCAUGCUAAGCAGAAAGCAAUUUCUCCUUACUUUUUGGACCUUUAGAGAUUCUAAAACCUUGCUUAUAAGAAAAUGUGGCCCACAUCUUUGCUUGAGCCGAAGCUGGCGCUACUAAGACCCAUUAAGUACCUAUCAAAAGGAUUUGUUUUGUUUUUUCCUGCCUGGGUUGCAAAUAGGCAGCUUGGGUAAGUGGUGUGCAUUCUUAAAGGAGUUAGGAUUUUGGUACGGGGCCCAUUGUUCUCCUUCAGGUUAGAAAUGUGUUUUCUUUCUUUAAGGACGUGCUUCGCCGUUUGGAGAGGAAGAGAGCGAUGCGAGGUUGUCUAUCAUGUCUCAUGUUCUUAUGCCCCGUGGGUGGGAAAGCAAAGUAACAGAACAGACAAAUAAAUAAAUGGGGUGUUGAAAGUGGCGCUCCGUGAGUCGGGGGGGGGGGGUGUUGCGCAACCACAUUGCAAUCAGCUUAACGUCUUCCACUGGGGAAGUGCCAAAAGUUACGAUAAUGUUAUACCAAGGCUGGAUUAAUUAAAAGGUAAUUAGAAGGGAAUAAAUCGGGCGCUCGUAAAAAAAAGUUUGUCAUGGGAAAAAUAUUUGUCUAGGAUUAAUUAGGUUGCAAACGAAGUGUAGCUUCAAAUUGCUGAAAAUUAUAGCGUCCUUAAUUGCAGUGCGGGCUCGAUUAAUUUCAGAUAUUGUAACAACAUGAUAUACUACUCUUGCUGUCAUUUCCCCUUCUUUUUAUUGUUUUUCAUUGUGUGUGUGUGUAUUUUUAAAAAAGCCUGCUCUUUCAAAUGAGAUUAUUUCAGGAAACGUCUGCUAAAAUGACUGGAAGGUGUUUAAUUAAAUCUGUGCUGUCUAAGGACGUUCUUAGCUAGAUCUUGCUGUUGGAUACAUGAGGCUUUGUGCUUGCUGCUGCUGCACCCCUAAUUAAGGGGGCUGGGCCGACUGAUCUCUAGCUGACAGAUGACUCUGCGUGGCUGAACGGGAAAGCCUCUCGAAAAUAACCUUUGCAGUGGUCCUUGGCUUAUCAAUUUUCUGCUAGAUUGCCAUGGUUUAUCAAGUGUACAGGGCCCGAAUGCACUUCUAAGCUGUGAACGCCAAGGGACAGAUCCACCCUCAACUCUCCCCCCCCCCUUAACAUUGCACAUUUUUGCAUUUUUUAAAUUUUCUAAUGAGAUGAGCCAUUUUCCUGUGAACUUCUUUUAGCUCCCAUCCACACGGUUCUCAUUUAAGGGAUUAGAUGUGCUUGUUUGGGGCUGAUCUGCUCCCCACAAGCACCAAUGGCUAGGUUGGUUCUGUGAAUGAGUGGGGGUUGUGGGGGAGGCAUCCUCUUCUUCUAUUGUUGUUGUUGUUGUUAUUAUUAUUACUAUUUGCUUUUUUUUUUAAAAAAAAUGAAUUUUCCAAAAAGAAGCAAACCCAAAAAUUGUUAUUGUCAUUAUUUAUUAUUUGUAUCCUGCCUAUCAGAUUGGGUUGCCCCACUUAUGGGAAACUGUGUAUAGACUCCCAAGGGCUCCAAAAUGGCGCACAGGAGCUCUCAUUGCUGCCACGCUACCCCACUCAACAGCUGUUGGGUGGGAAGCUGCGGGCUCCCUAUGUAAGCGCAUUUCGCUCAUGCGCGUUGCGGCCUGGAACAUAAAACCCAUGUAAUUGAGGCGUCGCCUGUAUAAAAACAAGGAAACUAAAAUAUAGCCAAAACAAUACAUUCUGUGCAUACAUUUAAGGGGAGGAAACAACUGGAGGUCAAGACCAGACCAGCGCUCAAACGUUCAGCCAAAUAAAUCUGCAUAUGGAGUCCACAUAUCUGAGAACUUCCCAUCUUCCUUAUGUUUAAGGACAUCUGCCAUCUCAUAAGCUGCCAGCUGAGUUUUGUCUUCUGUCCAUUGUACAUUGCGUGGGGAGGAGUGGGGCAGACCUCUCCUUCCAGCAUUAAGGUGCUUGAGUGUCCUUAAUAACCAGUUAAAUUGCCCCACUCUCAGGCUCCAGAGGAACAGUACAUAAUGCAGUAGUACAGUGCAGAGGGCACCCUUUUGUCUAUGGGGUUUACUUGCCUGGUUUUAUAUCCCAUGAUAAAGCUUAGAGGCACCAAGCAUGAAAUCAGCUGAGAAGAUAGAAGCUAAUUUCAAUGGGGAAAGUAUUUAAAAAAUACCCACAAAAAGCAAUCAAAUGUCCUUAAAGACUCAGGGACAGAUUUUGCCAACUGCCUGAAAAAAGACUGAAGGUUCCAGGUGGAGUUCCAUGCUUUAGGUUAGGAGUCAGGAGUGAGGGGAGCCUGUAGCCUUCAAAAUGUUCCUGGACUGCGGCUGCCAUCAUCCCAGGCCAUCGGCGAUGCUGCCAGGAGCUGAUGGGACUUGGGAGUUUAGUAACAUCUGGAGGUCCAGAGGUUCUCCAGCUUUGCUUUGGGGGACUACCUCAUCCUGGUGGUUCCAUAAUGAACGUGAUGUAGCCACUGAUAGACUUCUCCAUGCAUUUUGUCUAGUCUGCUUGUGAGCCAUGCAAGUUAGUGGCCGGUCCCACUUCUUUACAUGUGCUUUGUGAAGAAGUACAUUUCCCCUCCACCUGCUCUGAACCUCCCACCAGUCAAUUUCAUGGAGAACCCCAACUUCUCAGAGAGGGGAAACCAUCCAAUUGCAAGCUCAGGACCCAGUGGCUAAUGCAUUGUUUUUCUGCCUUGCCUGUGUCUGACUCCUGUCUGCUGGACCAUUUCCCAGCUGCGGCUUGUGAAGCUAUGCCUUUACAUGCGUUAACAUUCACAUUAAAUAGAGAUCCAUCCUUGGGAAGAAAGUGGUGCAAAAGCAAGCCCUGUGCCUUUCGGAAUUAAAUUAUUGUGGGGUUUGUUUUAGUCCUUCUUCAAUUUCAUCCUUGCAUUUUAUCAGGGAAUUUAUGGCUUCGUAAAACAGAACAGCUGCAUUUCUCUCUCUCUCUCUCUUCUUCCCCCCCCCCCCCCAAAAUAAGCUAAUCUACAAAGUUGAACCUGUGUAGGAAAAAUAAAGUCUCCUUAACUUCAGCUGUUUUUCAUGCUGCAUUUUAAUGUUACAUAUUUCAAAGCAUACGCCAAAUGUGAAACUCAGCUAUGUUUCAAUCUCUCCCUUCUCCCCACUCCCACCCCCCGCCACAGUUUUUUGGGGGGACAUUUUCAUCUUGCCGUGCUAUUUGGCUGUCUUAGAAGACUUUGCUUUCAGUGCCCAAAAUGUUUUACUGUGUUCGGAAAGGUCAACCAGCUGAUAGCUGAAGGCAAAUGUGUCAGAAUGAAAGACUGAAAAAAAAUUAUCACUGUGACACACCGGGAGUAUUAGAAUGAUGAAUGUUUAUGUUAAUAUAUGGGGUGUACAUAUUGAUUAAUAGCACUUUUUUGUUUCACUGACUAAAAUAUAUAAAUGGCAAUGAGAUCCAUAUGCUAACUCGGUGUCCUAAAAAUAAUUACCAUCACUCUUAGUUUUGCUCCCAUGCUGAAUACGUGUUUUCAUAUGGAAAAUAGUUAUAGUUGAAAUUUCACAACACACAGAUGGAAGCAUUUGAAAGUGAUCCUCAAGGCACCGGCUCAGAUUCCAAUUUUUCUGAAAGUCACAUUUGAUACAGCGUGAUUUUCCUUAUAGGACAUUAGUUACCCAAAGUAAAAUACUCUAUUUUUUAUUUUAUUUUAUUUAUUUGCCUGUUUGUGGUCAGUGAGAGAGGUGACUGAAAAAACGUAACUUGGUCUCAUAUCUUGCUGUUUUAAACUCACAGUUUAUUUGAUUCAAUCAGAUGUCUUAGAUUAAUGCAGACAAUCCUCUAAACCAUGGUUUAGAGGAGGCUUCCUUCAGAUGUUUUGGAUUACAGCUCCCAUCAUGCCUGACUGUUAUCCAUGCUGAUGGAAACAUCUGCAAGGCACCAAGUGAAGUAGGAUCAGGCAUGUGAUAUAGGUUCAUAUGUAUCCUCUAGUUAGUAUGUCGAUUUCUUGUUUCGUUUAACCACAGUUUGCUGUGGCAUACUAAUUAGGCAAACAAUGGUUAACACCCAGCAUGGUUUGGAAGCAAUGCCAGGUAGUGCUAACCAUGGUUUCCCCAGACUGGCCCUGGUUAAGUGGAGUGUGGCUGUAACUUUUACUCUGGUUUGCAUAAAUGUGUUUAAUUGCUUCCUGCCCCUGGUCUUCCAUAUAGGGUGGAGCUGCUGAUGGAUGUUUAAAUGAACAGAAGAUAUGGUCAUUACAGCCUGUCUAGUGUCUUGUUUUAAAAAGCAGGGUGCUGGCAGCAUUUAUUGUUUCCAGGCUGUUUAAAAAAAUACAUUUGGUCAAUCAAGACAGAGGUGAUGACAAGUACAGAGUAGCAGCUAUUAUCGUACAGACGGAUGAUAAAAAUCGGCAAUCUCUUGAUGACAUUCUUAAUGUCUACUUAAAACUUCCAAAGGCAACAGUGUCAUGUCAUUUCAUAUGACUCUUGAACCAAGACUAGUAGUGUUUAUAAAACAAAGUAAUCCUUAUCGCAGCAUGUUUUCCAAUUACAGACCUUUUAAUUUUUUAAUGGGCUAAGGUAACUUCACCGAGUCUCGUUUGUUGCCUAGUAGGCAUCAUUACCUGCAAAGGAGACAGGUGUUGGGAUAGAACAAGGGUGGGUGAACAUCUGUGACCCUCUGCAAGUUAUUGGACUCCAACUCCCAUCAGCCCCUGCCAGCAUGGGGCAACAGUCAAGGGUGAUGGGAACUGGAGUCCAAUAACAUCCAGAGGGCCACAGGUUUCCCAGCCCUGGGCUAAAACAUAGACAAUAUAUUUGAUGCUUCAAACUUUCUGGAACUAAGGAGAUCUGAGCUUGGUCUGUGCCCGUAAGGGGAGACCUCCUUGAAACAUGUGUACCGGAAGGGUAAGGCAUAAUUGUAAUGCACAGAAGCUCGCAAACAAGUUCCACUGCUGUAAAUAAUGGUUUUUAAGAAUACACAUCAUUUUUGGUAUGUGUGUGUGUGUCUUCUUAGGAGCCGAAUCAUUCCCACUGUACUGUGCCAUCAGAAUUGUGUGUGCGUUCAUCAGGCUUAAGUUAAGAAUAUCAUUUCCGCAGCGAGACUAAUGUGGCCAACGUCCUUCGCUUAUGCCAAAUGCAAUUUGCAAACAGUUUUGACAUGUUUCUGGAGUGUGUGUGUGUUUUUUUGGGGUGGGAAUACAAGUUAGAAUUUGAAUUAAAAGAAGCUUGGUCAGCAGAAUUCAAAGCAGAAAUGUCUACAAUAGGUGUAUGGUAGGAUUUAUGUAUUGAUAAUUGAAAAGCUGUCUGUGGACAAACGAUGCCUCUCUCGGCCUGAAAACAGAGAUGAGCACUGCACCCCAUAUUGAAUUCAGCUGGACUUAACUAUCCAGGGGUCCUUUACCUUAUUUUAAAAUACCUUCAGAAAAAUUUAGUUUGCAGACAUUUUUAAAAUGCAAUGCAUUUUAUGAAUGGUGUGGCAGAUUAAAAUGAUGAGGCUUCAUUCUUAAAAAAAAACAAAACAGUUCAGCAAUUUUAAAACAUGGGAUUAAUCAUGUUUAUCCUGCCUCUCAAUUUACCAAAAUACCGAAUACUAGGUUACGGGUACAUGCAAAAAGAUGGAGGCCAUAACUUUAACUCACUCUCUGGCCACUCUUGAGUGAAGGUUGCCGGACUCGGUAGUUUCUGCAUUUAUUUGAAAGGGUUGGCCAUGUUUAGCCUGGAGAAGGGACUUUCACGGGGAGAUGGGAUAGAAACCUUUGAAUAUCUGGCUGCCUGUAGUGCAGAAGGUGGAGCAGACUUCACCUGGGUUGCUGCACUAGAGCCAGUGGGUGGAAAUUUCAGUUUCCUAAUCUUUAGAUUUCAGAUAAAGAUUACAAGGAACUUCCUUAUGGGAAGAGCUGUUUUGACAAUGGAAUACGCUGCCUUGAAAGGCUUUCCCACGCUGGAGAUCUUUAAACUCAUUGUGAAUGGCCACCUGUUUGGGGAUGCUGUGGAUCCUAAAUCCUGCAUUGAGCACUGGGUUGUAGAUGACCUCCAGGAUCCUGUCCAACUCAGAUUGAAUGGGUUGUGUACAGUUACAUCCUACUUAGAGUGGACCCACUGAAAUAAGGAACCUAAGCUAGUCAUGGCCAUUAACCAGUGGGUCUAAGUACAGUGGUACCUUGGUUCUCAAACUUAAUCCGUCCCAGAACUCCGUUCCAAAACCAAAGUAUUCCAAAACCAAGUUGCACUUUCCCAUAGAAACUUAUGCAUUAAUCCGUUCCAGACUUUUAAAAACAACCCCUGAAACAGCAAUUUAACAUGAAUUUUACUAUCUAACGAGGCCACUGAUCCAUAAAACGAAAGCAAUAAUCAAUGUAAAGGUAAAGGUACCCCUGCCCGUACGGGCCAGUCUUGCCAGACUCUAGGGUUGUGCGCUCAUCUCACUCUAGAGGCCGGGAGCCAGCGCUGUCCGCAGACACUUCCGGGUCACGUGGCCAGCGUGACAAGCUGCAUCUGGCGAGCCAGCGCAGCACACGGAACGCCGUUUACCUUCCCGCUGGUAAGCGGUCCCUAUUUAUCUACUUGCACCCGGAGGUGCUUUCGAACUGCUAGGUUGGCAGGCGCUGGGACCGAACGACGGGAGCGCACCCUGCCGCGGGGAUUCGAACCGCCGACCAUGCGAUCAGCAACUCCUAGGCGCUGAGGUUUUACCCACAGCGCCACCCGCGUCCCUAAUGUAGUGUACUAUAAAAUAAAUAAGACAGUUUUGUAGAUGAUAAAAAUUAAAAUUAUUUUUUUCUCUCACCUGCACCGAUGAUUGUCAUUGUUUGGAUUUCCACAGUCACACUCAGUCAAUCAAUCAAUCAAUAGCUGAACUGGGUUCCACACAGUCACAAAAACAAAUUAAACUAAAAAGCCUCAAAAACAAAAAUGCAAAAUAAAUAGCAAAAACAAAAGUGCCAAACUUAAUCCUUUCCGGAAGUCCAUUUGACUUCCGAAAUGUUCAAAAACCAAGGCACAGCUUCUCAUUGGUGCAGGUGCCCCAGAAACAAUAGCUGACAGCCACAUCAGAUGUCCGGCUUCCAAAAAAUAUUCGAAAACCAGAAUACUUACUUCCGGGUUUUCAUUGUUUGAGAACCAAGGCAUUUGAGAACCAAGGUACCACUGUAGAGCCAUUGGAGACACCCCUAUGAUUCAUUUGUAGCCCACCUUCCAUCAUAGGAUACCAGGUUUAGGAUUCUCAGGCACCCAUCCAGCCACUGGCCGGAUCUGGACCUGCUGACUAUUCAGCAAAGCUGCUGUACCAUAUGCCUUCAGAUUGUGGCAAGGAGCUCCCCCCCCCCCCAUUAGAUGGCUAAGAGGAAAAUGGAUUCCACCUGGUUAAAAUCGGGUGUGCCAUGGAGCUCACUGGGUGGCCUUGGGCCACUCUCAGCCUCUGAGGCCCCUAUCUUACAGGGUUGUGGUAAGGAUAAGGUGGGAAGGAAGGAAGCCAUGUAUCUCACCUUGAGCUGCUUUGAGGAAAGGCGAGAUACAAACGUAAUAGAUAAAUAAAUGUCCCUCUGGAAUUUUGAAAGCAGGCACAUUUUUACAUCCAGAAACACAAGUUGGAGCAGGGAAGAAAAAAAAACUAAUUGCCGUACCUUGGUUGCUGUUCUUCGAAUCCCAGACCAACUCAGAAACUACCAUUUGUUAUUGUAUUUAUGGAAUUCCAAAGCUGUCAUUUCGCCAUGUAAUCACAAAAGAAGUUUCCUAAUUUGCGUGAUAUAUAUAUAUAUAUAUAUAUAUAUAUAUAUAUGCAAAUGUUAGAAAGAUUAUCUUUGGGCGGGUGGGGGUCAGACCAGAAAAAAGAACAACUUAAAAAAACCCACCACAUUAACUGUUUCCCACAGGAAAAAUUCCAGCAGAAUUCAGCAACUCUCCUGCUCCCACUCCUGUCACUUGCAUUUCCAUCGCACAUUCAAGCAAAAACAAAAUUGCUGGUAAAAUAUCAUGCGAUCCCCUCCGUCUUGGCUGCUUCCAGCCCAAUAAUCCCGACAUCUAGAGCCAAGACCCAAAAGUAUGAUUUUUCUAAUCACUUUUAGAAUAGUCAUGAGAUGGUGCCCAAGGAAAAACAAACAAAUCGAUUGUCAGGUAUACCAGAAAUAAAUCUCUCCAAGGUACAUCUGGCAAACCAAUUGGGAGGACUCAAACCAGCAGGUGUGCAGCCAUAAUUAUGGCCGCAAAAGUAUUUGAAACAUCCAGGUGUGCUACUGAUCAAAUAUAUGAAAUCCCUGUUAUUCUCUGGAAAUUCCAAGCCCACCAGGUGCCCCUCCUUACAAAGGAAAGCAAGAUUAAAGAAUUAGCAGGCUGAUCUUCAAAGUGCUGGCACAACACACACAAUCCCUUUACUUCCCUCUCUUUUAUAGUGCAAUCCUUUACCCAUCUACUCAAAAAUAAGACCUAUUGAGUUCAAUAGGGCUUACUGCCAGGUUAAGUGGACACAGGAUUGUGUGUAAACAUGGUUGUUUCUCGACAGAUACGGAACGGAUUGUCUCAAGGAAUCCACAAAAGUGGGUGGAGAAGGGAGGAGAACGACAGCUCCAGAUAUCUCCAGCCUUCUGGAGCAAGUCUUAUUAAACCUAACCUCACUUCUGUUCAGGUCUUUGCGCUCUCUGAAUGGUCCUUGUCUUUGAAUUUCUCUUCCUCCUGAAAUUGGUUCCGCUGCUUUGCAGACCGUUUCUGAAGACUCUUUGCUUAGACUCUUCUUUUCCUUUCCGUUGAUCUUGCAAGAGCUUUUUAAAGUCAAUAUCCCCAUCCCUAUGUAUUUUAGACACUGGAAUGGUUUGAUUGCCAUUCUGAUGCACGUACAGUGGUACCUCGGCUUACAUACGCUUCAGGUUACAUACGCUUCAGGUUACAGACUCCGCUAACCCAGAAAUAGUGCUUCAGGUUAAGAACUUUGCUUCAGGAUGAGAACAGAAAUAGUGCUCCGGCGGAGCGGCGGCAGCAGCAGGAGGCCCCAUUAGCUAAAGUGGUGCUUCAGGUUAAGAACAGUUUCAGGUUAAGUACGGACCUCCGGAACGAAUUAAGUACUUAACCCGAGGUACCACUGUACUCCUAAGUACGCGUGUGUGUAGGUUUGUAGCCUAAAGCACCUAUUUCCCCCCACCUCACCCAACUCCCCUGCUUUUUUUGCCAUUUUUCAAGUUACGCAAACCAUUUCUAGCAGAAUGGGAAUGAAGAAUGGGUCGUUUUGAGGCACAGAUGUUGAGCAUUAAGGAGAACAGUCAUUAAACAGCACCAGUGUGACAUUUGAGGUUCUUGGUUUUGCAGUAAUCCUUUUCUGUGCAAAUGUUGGGUGUUUAGUUAGCCUAUUAUCUUAAAAAAAGGGGGGGGAAGGUUUUAGCUUACUUUCAAGUCUGCCUGAUGGAGAGGUUCAGCGCCACCAGAAAAAUGACGUGUUCUUACACUAUCAGAGCCUUAAAAGCUACUCAGUACGUAGUGCUUUGCCGGUUUUGUAUAUCCAGGACUUGCAUGACUCUUUAAAGAAGAUGGAGGGCCAUUUACUGGCUGGGUCUUGUUUAAAAGACAGGAGGAUUGUGGGAAGCUAGAUUUCUUGCAGUAGGACUUUCCUAUAUUUAGUGGGAACAUUCUGCAUGAGAACAGGGAGGUGUUCCUUGCGCAGGUCUGGGGCCACCCUUGUUGCAUUUCCUGAAGGAUGCAGCUACAAUCAUAAAAACAAGCUGCGUCCUGAAAAUAUACACCUCAAGUGUUAAAAGCCAGGCUUCAGCAUUCAUCAGAAGCUGUAUAAAGUGGUACCUAGGGUUAAGAACUUAAUUCAUUCCAGAGGUCCAUUCUUAACUUAAAACUGUUCUUAACCUGAGGUACCACUUUAGCUAAUGGGGCCUCCUGCUGCCGCGAUUUCUGUUCUCAUCCUGAAGCAAAGUUCUUAACCCGAGGUACUAUUUCUGGGUUAGCGGAGUCUGUAACCUGAAGCGUAUGUAACCCGAAAUACCACUGUGCAAGGGAUCUCCAACCAGUAGAUCCCUGGCUGAUCCUGGCAGAUCGCGGGAUCCUUAUCGUGUACAAAAAUUUACUGGGGGGAAAGCUAAAAAUCUGUGCAAUCCUCCUAAGAAAAGCUCAACAACUCCGGGCAAUCCACCCACCCACCCCACGCACGCUCCUGCUUCUUCCAAUGACAAUGGGUAGAUCAAUGCUAGUUUUUUUAUACUGGGAGUAUACAUGCCUGCUGCAUACUGAAGGUGCCAGAUACAAAUACAGUGGUACCUCGGGUUAAGUACUUAAUUAGUUCCAGACGUCCGUUCUUAACCUGAAACUCUUCUUAACGUGAAGCACCCUUUUAGCUAAUGGGGCCUCCUGCUGCCACCGUGCCGCCAGAGCACGAUUUCUGUUCUCAUCCUGAAGCAAAGUUCUUAACCUGAAGCACUAUUUCUGGGUUAGCAUGUUUCACACCAAGAGUUGUUAGUUCUGCUAAUUUUGUUUAUGCUUAUCAUGAGAAAAUGCUUGCAGGGCCCAAAAGAACCUUAACCCGAGGUACUAUUUCUGGGUUAGCGGAGUCUGUAACCUGAAGCGCAUGUAACCCGAGGUACCACUGUACAGUGGUAUCUCGGGUUACGUACUUAAUUAGUUCCGGAGGUCCGUUCUUAACCUGAAACUGUUCUCAACGUGAAGCACCACUUUAGCUAAUGGGGCCUCCUGCUGCGACCGCGCCGCCGGAGAACAAUUUGUGUACUCAUCCUGAAGCAAAGUUCUUAACCCGAGGUACUAUUUCUGGGUUGGCGGAGUCUGUAACCUGAAGCGUAUGUAACCUGAAACGUAUGUAACCCGAGGUACCACUGUAUGCGGGGAGCAGAGGCUCCAAGUUGCAUGCAACAUUGGGGGGGGGGGAGGCUUGUCGCAUACGUGUGUUGGGAGGAGGCCACGGGGCCCAGGGAGGCCCUCUGCUACUGUGGGGAGCCCCAGUGAUGACCUCUGCUGGCUGGGUAGUCUUGACAGAGCCCGGCCCCUCAAGAUUACGGAUGCUCAGCCUCAUCCCCACAUACGUUGUGGGGGCUGAGCUGUCCUCAACCCGGUAGAGUUGGUGCCAAUGGCAGGGGGGGAGUUCAACAGCCAUGGGGCUGCCGCAGAAAAUAACUAAAUAGAAAUUCAGUCCAUCUCACCACAGGAGGAAUUCUGUGGCCAGUUGACCUGUCGAUGGGAAACUUUGAGGCCUCUGCUGCCGUUCUCGGCUUACCUUUAUCUUUAAACCAAACUUGGCGAGACAGCACAUCACGUUGAGGGCUUCUUCCAGCAAAAGGCUGUCAUCUGUGAGUUAAAGCACAUGGCGCCCAGAAUUCAGUUGCCCAGAGCCUAAUCCUGCCAAGGCUUGAAAUGUACACCAUUUCCUGGUGCAUAUAUGGUGUGUGCCCUAUUUUGCGUAGGGGCAGAGACUGGCUUCUGAACAACAAUGGGAAGGCUGUAAAACAAUGGAAAACAAGGCUUUCACAACACACCUUAGCUCAUUGCAUCAGUAAGAGCUCUCGGGUGAGAAAAAGGAAAUUCAGCUUUAUUUAUGAAUGGAUUCGGCGUAUGUUUGAGAUUAACUCCCCUCUCCCUCCCUUCCCUGGUGCUGUGUGUCUAAGAAUCCUCCAUGAUGCUCUCCGUGUAGGGACAUGCAGUUGGAGCUCCAACUUCAUGCCAGCUUAAUAACCCUCCCCAGAUUCACACACACAAACCUUCCUUCUGUCAGCAAAACACUUGUGUGUCGGUAAUUAGAAGUGUGAAAAAGAAAAAGAAAAACCUGGUAUUAAAUCCUUCCUCGUAAUUCCAGAUAGCCUCUGGGGUGACUCUCUUCUCCAUUCUGCCUCCGUCUUCCUCCUGUAAAACUUCAGAGCUGUGCGUUUUUGGCUUCAAGGACAACACCCUUUUGGGUGUGUUUUUGCAAAGUUGCCGUCUUUCGAGUCAACAGAGCGCUGCAUGCACGUGCCCCUGUUUUGAAGGUGUUCGCGAGGGUAUUGACGCGACUGUGGAAGAUAAAAGGACUUUAAAUCACAGAAUCAUAGAAUCAUAGAGUUGGAAGAGACCAUAAGGGCCAUCGAGUCCAACCCCCUGCCAAGCAGGAAACACCAUCAGAGCACUCCUGACAUAUGGUUGUCAAGCUUCUGCUUAAAGACCUCCAAAGAAGAAGACUCCACCACACUCCUUGGCAGCAAAUUCCACUGUCGAACAGCUCUUACUGUCAGGAAGUUCUUCCUAAUGUUUAGGUGGAAUCUUCUUUCUUGUAGUUUGGAUCCAUUGCUCCGUGUCCGCUUCUCUGGAGCAGCAGAAAACAACCUCUCUCCCUCCUCUAUGUGACAUCCUUUUAUAUAUUUGAACAUGGCUAUCAUAUCACCCCUUAACCUCCUCUUCUCCAGGCUAAACAUGCCCAGCUCCCUUAGCCGUUCCUCAUAAGGCAUCGUUUCCAGGCCUUUGACCAUUUUGGUUGCCCUCCUCUGGACACGUUCCAGUUUGUCAGUGUCCUUCUUGAACUGUGGUGCCCAGAACUGGACACAGUACUCCAGGUGAGGUCUGACCAGAGCAGAAUACAGUGGCACUAUUACUUCCCUUGAUUUAGAUGCUAUACUCCUAUUGAUGCAGCCCAGAAUUGCAUUGGCUUUUUAGCUGCCGCGUCACACUGUUGGCUCAUGUCAAGUUUGUGGUCAACCAAGACUCCUAGAUCCUUUUCACAUGUACUGCUCUCGAGCCAGGUGUCACCCAUCUUGUAUUUGUGCCUCUCAUUUUUUUUGCCCAAGUGCAAUACUUUACAUUUCUCCCUGUUAAAAUUCAUCUUGUUUGUUUUGGCCCAGUUCUCUAAUCUGUCAAGGUCGUUUUGAAGUGUGAUCCUGUCCUCUGGGGUGUUAGCCACCCCUCCCAGUUUGGUGUCAUCUGCAAAUUUGAUCAGGAUGCCCUUGAGUCCAUCAUCCAAGUUGUUGAUAAAGAUGUUGAACCAUCACAACAUGGUUCUUUUUGCAAAGGCAUCAUAAUAGAGAGAAAGUUUGCUAUAGGCAUUGAGGGAAGCAACCUUGUUCAAACGGUGUCGUUUUGUGCAGGUCGUUUUGGACCUGGAAGAAGAAGAGUUUGGAUUUUAUAUCCCGCUUUAUCCCUACCCAAAGAAGUCUCAAAGUGGCUAACAUUCUCCUUUCCCUUCCUCGCCCACAACAAACACUCUGUUAGGUGUGUGGGGCUGAGAGACUUCAGAGAAGUGUGACUAGCCCAAGGUCACCCAGCAGCUGCAUGUGGAGGAGCAGGGAAGCGAACCCGGUUCACCAGAUUACGAGUCUAUCACUCUUAACCACUACACCACACUGGCUCUCCAGUGGGAAGAGGGAGUAAUGGUCACUUCACCGACGCACGUGGGGGCCAGGAGCGAAACCCCCGCACAGAAUGGUCGCCGCCUGUAUAUAAAAAUAAUACAAUACAGUACCUUGGUUCUCAAACUUAAUCCGUUCCUUCCAGUAGCACCUUAGAGACCAACUAAGUUUGUUAUUGGUAUGAGCUUUUGUGUGCAUGCACACUUCUUCGAAGCUCAUACCAAUAACAAACUUAGUUGGUCUCUAAGGUGCUACUGGAAGGAAUUUUUGUUUGUUUGUUUUGACAACAGCAGACCAACACGGCUACCCUACCUGUAACUUAAUCCGUUCCGGAAGUCUGUUCCAAAACCAAAGCACGCUUUCCCAUAGAAAGUAAUGCAAAGCGGAUUAAUCCAUUCCAGACUUUUAAAAACAACCCCUAAAACAGCAGUUUAACAUGAAUUUUACUAUUGAUCCAUAAAAUGAAAGCAAUAAACAAUGUACUGUACUAUAAAAUAAAUAAAGCAGUAUUGUAGAUGAUAAAAAAAAUUAAAUUGUUUUUUUUUCUUACCAGUACCGAUGAUAGUCAUUGUUUGGUUGGGGGCUUUCAUCGAUUUCUGCAGUCAAUCAAUGAAUCAAUCAAUCAGUAGUUGAACUGGGAUCCACACAGUCAUAAAAACAAAUUAACCGAAAAAGCCUCAAAACAAUAAAUAGCAAAACAAAUAGCAAAAACAAAAGCACCAAAUAUAAACUCCAAAUAUCACCUCAGAACACUGCAAUCGGAAACGGAAGACUUGAAUUACAAUGGGGUGCACAAAUUAACAACGCAACAGGAAACACAAAACAGAGCAUGUUCGGCUUCCGAAAAAAAAGUUCAAAAACCGGAACACCUGCUUCCAGUUUUGCAGUGUUCGGGUUCCAAGUUGUUCGUGAACUAAGCUGUUUGAAAACCAAGGUACCACUGUAUAGAUUCCACAUCCCAAACUAAACUGCUACUACUAAAAACAGCAACAAUAAUAAUUUUAAGUGACAUAAUGGAGCAACAAUAAAUAUCUCAGAGCAAUGUACCGAAGUAAAAUAAGUAAGAAACCACAAAAGCAAAUAAUUCUGUGAUUCUAUGAAAUCUUACACGAAACGCGUCAAGAUAGAGCAUCAAGCCGCCGGGUUUUAUGCCGCAUAAAAACCCCUGACAGAAAUCGAUCUUUCCCUUCAAAUGUAACUCAAUGCAGCAAUGAAACGACGAAAGAAAGAGAGAGAAAAAUCCAAACUCUAAACAAGGAUUUGGGAUGAAAAUCACCUUAAUUUCCCAUGACACACUAAAGUCGUGAUCCUAAGCAUGCUUAUCUUCAAAUAAAUCCUGCCGCAAUCAGUGAGACUUGCCUCUCGGUCGACAUGUUUCUGUUGGGUUGAAAGUUUUGUUGGUGCGAUACGGUUCUUUUUGGGGAUACUUGAUUGCAACUGGCAGAGAGAGAAAAGGAUCCCUUUGCCACUUUCUUCCUUUUUUAAUGAAGUCUCCAUCUCAGGAAACAUUGAAAACAAACUCUUUUGACAGAUUCAUAGUAGUUGACAUCCAUCAUGAUGAUAUCUCCUACCUUUUUUUUUUUAGGAAAGCGGUAUACAGGAAAUAAAACACGUGAUGCUUUGGGGUUGGUUUGUUUUCCUACGAAAAGCAGUAUCUGUUAAAAAAAACAAAAAACCCUUGAGAAUGCUCAGAAAAUAUAAUUUGAAAUACCCAGGAAAAAAACCAUCCCAGAUCAAAUCAUGUCUGUAUCUGGACAUCUGCGAAAGGCUUUCCUUUUAAGGAUAUAUUGAUUUAUAUAUUUAUUUUAAAUGAAACAUACUCCGCGGCAAAACCUUAGACAUGUCUUCUCAAAAGUCAAGCCCACUGAGGCUUGAGGGCAGAGGAAUCCUACCGGUGGGUUGCGGGGAUCCGCAACAGGGGUGCCAAUUUUAAUAAAAUAUGGGGGGGGCAGGUGACCUCCACCACAUAUAAUUGAUCACAUGAUGUGUUGCACACUUACCGUUUGAAUGGCAAUGCCCAACAUCUUUGGGGGGCCUAGCCUCUUCAAAUAUUUUUUUGGGUGGGGGGCAAAGGGACCUCAUUCCCUUGGAGUUGGCUUCUAUGAUCCGAAAUUUUGAAAAGUCUUCUAGGCAAGCAUGGCGAAAAAGAAGGGAGUGGCCUUUCCCCAGUCCCUUGAGACGGCACUUUUUAAACUUCAUAUUUCCUUCCCAUUGUCCCUCCCUUAUAAAGAACAGAAAGGCUUUGGCAGCGGAAAGAUGUUGGGCCCUUUGGUUCAAAGCCUACACCCAGUCAGCCCCAGGCAAAUCUUUUUUUUUUUUUUUUUGCCUCUGAUAAUAUUGGAGCUCCAAUGUCAGUAAACUAAGGCCAGUGGAGGGUUCUGCAAGAAGCGUUCUGAGGUCAGAUCUCUGGAAUAUAUAAAAUGCAGUCAGAUAAGCCUAAAACUAGCCUAUAUAAGCUUCCCUUUAAGCUGCAAAGGGGUGGCACUCUGCUGAAAACUCACAAACGUGAGGAAGGAAGCAUAAUGUCUAAUAAAUAUAUCCUCUCCCAGUACUAUUCACAUUCCAACAAGAUCUCCCCCUCCAAGGUCAGACCUGUCUCUCUGCCCUACAUGGAGAUCUAAGACACCCUGUGACCUCUGGGAUGCCAUAUGAUUGUACCCUUAAUUAUUUUCACAAAGAUCUAGUUGGCCUGUUUUUUAAAUAUACAGCGGUUUGUGUGCUACGGUUUGACAGUUUUCUCUUGAAAUGGUGCUGUACCAACAGCGAGCCCCGGAAGCAUCGUGGUGGUGGGGAGUGUUUUGACAUUUAGCAAUAGGUGUUGGGGCACAAUUUCGCUAGGACAGGCAUGUCCAAAGUCCGUUUUGGGGCCUAAUCCAGCUGGCUUGCCGGUUUAAUCUAGCUAGCCCCUGUGGCAGUGUGUUUAUUUCCCCUGUUUAAUCUAGCCCCUGUGUUUAUUUCCUGGGGUAAAAUCCUAACAACUUCAGUCCUAAAAGAAGCUCAACAACUUUGGUUGGCCCUUUGGUCAGCCCCCACGGCCCUUUACUUCAUCAAAUUUGGCCCUCAAAAGUUUGGACACCACUUGGCUUUGUUGUUUAGUUGUUUAGUCGUGUCCGACUCUUCGUGACCCCCUGGACCAGAGCAUGCCAGGCACUCCUGUCUUCCACUGCCUCCCGCAGUUUGGUCAAACUCAUGCUGGUAGCUUCGAGAACACUGUCCAACCAUCUUGCCCUCUGUCGUGCCCUUCUCCUUGUGCCCUCCAUCUUUCCCAGCAUCAGGGUCUUUUCCAGGGAGUCUUCUCUUCUCAUGAGGUGGCCAAAGUAUUGGAAUCUCAGCUUCAGGAUCUGUCCUUCCAGUGAGCACUCAGGGCAGAUUUCCUUAAGAAUGGAUAGGUUUGAUCUUCUUGCAGUCCAUGGGACUCUCAAGAGUCUCCUCCAGCACCAUAAUUCAAAAGUAUCAAUUAUUCGGUGAUCUGCCACUGGGCUAGGAGUGUUCAUUCUCCUAUCCGCGAGCCCAAAUAUCAGUCUCGGUUUAUUACUUCUGUUAAAUCAAGGUGUUUGAAUUCACUGAAGCUUUGGGGAAGUAAAAGUAUGGGCUGUAUAUGAGUAUCCAAGUUUUCCAUCUAUGGCAAGGGUGGGGGACCUCUGGCACAUGGGCAAGAUGGCCCAGGGGUUCAAAUUCGGUCUGCGAGGCCAUUUCCCACAAGCCACGUCACCUGCCCCACAUCCUGACAUCUGGGGCAGGUAGAGACCCAUGUGCAAAUACAGGGUGCUCCCAAUUUGCAUGGGAAAGCAGGCUUUGGCUCUCAGCUGAUGGGCACCAGAGAUGCUUUAAAGCAGCGGUUCUCAACCUGCGGGUCCCCCGAUGUUGUUGGACUACAACUCCCAUCAUCCCUAGCUAGCAAGGCCAGAGCUUCAGGGAUGAUGGGAGUUGUAGUCCAACAACAUCUGGGGACCCACAGGUUGAGAACCGCUGCUUUAAAGCAUUGCGCAGGGCUGUCUGGAAACCCAUUAGGAGAUUCUUUGAAUUCCCAGCUUUGGGACUUGAGAGCAUGAAAUCACACAGCAUCAUUAUGAUGCCAGACGAUUGACAGGUGGCUGGCCCCACCCACCCGUCAGAUUUUGCCCGCGAGGCUAGGAUCUUCUAAGGAUCUGACCCGUGGAACCAAAAAAAGGUUCCACACCCCUGAUCAAUGACAUAUGUACAAUGAUGUAUGUCAAUAGCUGUUUGUUUCUCCUUUCAGUAACUGGGUGUGUGUGUAUGUGUGCUUUGUGCUUCCUUUUGAUAUUUUUUUUUCCUCUUACAGGAGCUUCUAAUACAUUAUUGCUGUAAUGGCGCUGCCUUCCCCGGAUCCCCAGUAUGUUCUGCGGGGAACAACUGAUGCAGUCAAUGCACUGUGCUUUCAUUGUUCAGAUCCAGAACCGGAAUUUCCCAUUCUUUUCUCUGGGUGAGUAUGGGGGGUGUCAGGAUGGGAGAUCAAAUUAUAUUAGAAAAAAGUCUUAAACAAGCAUAGUCUUACGAUCUGCUCAGCACUUUGCUUUUAAUGUACCGUACUUUUCCGUAUAUAAGGCUAGUUUUUUUACUUUAAAAUUAUGUGGAAAACUCUGGGUUGUCUUAUACACGGGGCAAUCUCCCCUCUGCUUUCUUAAAUUGGAAUCCCUAAAAAUAGGGGGCAUCUUAUACAUGGGGGCAUCUUAUACACAGAAAAAUACAGUAUUUUAUGUGCCAUGAAUGUAUGCAUUGAACUCUGUCUAUUGGGUCUUUGGAUCGCAAUGAAGAAUUGAAUUGAAAAUGGAUGUUUGGUAUUAACCUUUGUGUUCUUCUUCAAAAAAAAUUUGUUUAAAAUUUCAGAUAUACAUUUUCCACCAUUAAAUAUACAACAGUACUUACGAUGACUUCCCUUCUUCUCCUUUCAUGGUUCCUUGUACUUCCAAAAUUAGCUGCAUAUUUUAUUCCCGCCAUCUAGUUUCCCCCUUUCCAUUAUAUCUUAAUCAGGCAGAGGGCCUUCUCGGUAGUGGCGCCCGCCCUGUGGAAAGCCCUCCCACCAGAUGUCAAAGAAUUAAAACAAUUUUCUGACUUUUAGAAGACAUCUGAAAGCAGCCCUGUUUAGGGAAGUUUUUUAUGUUUGGUGUUUUAUCAUUUUUAUUACUAUUAUUAUCAUUAAUUCUGUUGGGAGCCGCCCAGAGUGGCUGUGGAAACCUAGCCAGAUGGGCGGGGUAUAAAUUAUUAUUAUUAUUAUUAUUAUUAUUAUUAUUAUUAUUGUUGUUGAAUUUACAAUAAUCCUGCUAGCGUUUUCAUUUGCUUGCAGUUGUUUUCCGGUUACUCCACAGAUAUUUUCCAUUCCUCUUUAUAUACCCAGUCUUCUUGUUCUCUUACCAUGCUGGCUAGACCUGCUAGCUCUGCGUAUUCCAUUAUUUUCAGCUGCCAUUCUUCUUUCUUUGAAACCUGUGUUCUUUUUCUAACUUUAAUAACAUCUAAAAAGAAAACCAAAAGGUGUGUGACUGUGUAAGACAAGCAAAGCAAGCAUAUUCAGAUUCUCUUUGUAUGCAGAUUUUUUUUUGUUUUUGUUUUGGAGUGCGGCGGCUUAGGCAUCCCUGCCAUAAAAUGUAAAUUUCAAGGAACAUCCCAACAUUUUACUGAUUUUUCCCUCCGCCCGAAGGGAAAGUAAUGAUCAAAUCAGCAAGCUGGUAGUGAUUUUUUAAAAAACAUCUCUGCAGUGUAGAAAGUCCGUAGGCAGCUUAGAUAAGAAGGAUCUAAUCUAAGCUUCAAGAAGGACACUGACAAACUGGAACGUGUCCAGAGGAGGGCAACCAAAAUGGUCAAAGGCCUGGAAACGAUGCCUUAUGAGGAACGGCUAAGGGAGCUGGGCAUGUUUAGCCUGGAGAAGAGGAGGUUAAGGGGUGAUAUGAUAGCCAUGUUCAAAUAUAUAAAAGGAUGUCACAUAGAGGAGGGAGAAAGGUUGUUUUCUGCUGCUCCAGAGAAGCGGACACGGAGCAAUGGAUCCAAACUACAAGAAAGAAGAUUCCACCUAAACAUUAGGAAGAACUUCCUGACAGUAAGAGCUGUUCGACAGUGGAAUUUGCUGCCAAGGAGUGUGGUGCAGUCUCCUUCUUUGGAGGUCUUUAAGCAGAGGCUUGACAACCAUAUGUCAGGAGUGCUCUGAUGGUGUUUCCUGCUUGGCAGGGGGUUGGACUCGAUGGCCCUUGUGGUCUCUUCCAAUGAUUCUAUGAUUCUAUGAUAAGUUUGGAAUUACCACCAGAUUGCUCAUGCUUUGAAACGGUUGCUGAUGAAAUUAGCAUUUGUCUCCCUCCCACCCAUUUUUCUUUUCUUGUUUAGAUCUUCUAAUGGGCUGGUCCAUAUCUGGAAUCUGAAAACACACAGGGUGGAUAGGACACUGGAUGGGCAUGGCGGGAAAUCAGUGUACUGGGUGAAAGCUUUACGCAACAGAAGAAAUGCACUUCUUAGGUGAGUGAUGCAAUUCAGAAGGCGCACACUUAGAAGAUUGCAGAAUUAACGAUGUCUCUAGAAAAGGGCAUAAGAUUGAAAAGCUGGAGCAGUGGAGAGGGGAAUUAUUUUACAGCCCAGGAGCCCAUAUUCCCUUCUGGGCAACCCUUUUGGGCAAACAUGGUAGCGGUGGGUGGGGCCAGAGGUCAAAGUGGGCGGAGCAACAGAUUGCAUGGCUCCUUUCUAUGGUAGGCAAGUCUCUGCAACAUCUGGAGAGGGACACAGGCUCCACAUCUCUGGAUUUCAUUGACUGGGAGCAGCUCUGCAGGGUUUGAGACAGGAGUCUUUCCCAGCUGCAACCUGGAGGUGCCACCAAGAAUUACCAUACUUUUCGCUCUAUAAGACGCACCCAACCAUAAGACGCACUAGUUUUAAGGGGAGGAAAACAAGAAAUAAGAAGCCUCCUGAGCGAAGAGGGAGCGCAGGGUCCUGGUCUCAUGAGACAGAGCGUCCCACCAGGCCAGAGCCAGUGUUGAAAAGGCCCUGGCUCGGGUUGAGGCUAAUCUAACUUCCUUAGGGCCCGGGACCUCAAGGGUGUUGCUAUUUAUGGACCUUAAGGUCCUCCGUGGGGCAUACCACAUAGGAUUGUGAAGGAUUGUUACAAGACCGCUGUUCCCUUCACAGAACUACAAUUCCCAGAGUUCUUUAACAAUCAAUCCCUCUGCUGGGGAAUUCUGGGAACUGAAGUCCUGUGAAGGGAAUAGGGGUCUCCUAACAACUCUCACUAUCCUUAACAUACUACGGUUCCCAGGAUUCCUUUUUUGGGUGGGAGGAAGCCAUGCCUUUUUAAAGCGGUAUGAUACUGAUUUAAAUGUAUAGUGCGGAUGGGGCCUUGGUAUGAUUAAUGUUGGAUACAGGCCAUUUAAUGCGCACACGCAGAAUCAGCUGAAGAUAACUUUUCCUGCGUCUGGAUGAGCAGGCUGUCGUCCACACAAGCUUCUGCCACAAUAAAUCUGCUAGGUGCCACAAGGCCUUCGGUUGUUUUGACUGACAGAACGCUCCACCUUCUUCUGGAGCGGAUUGCCAAAGCGUCAGGGUAAUUUGGAGAUGUUUUGACAUGUUUAUCAAGAAAAGACAUCUUCCGUAGCAGACCUUAUUAGCAUUUAUAUUUGUUGUCGUCUGCAUAACCACAAUUAACAACCCAGAAUUAAAUCUGAGUUGUUAACAUAAUUACAUGGUUUUCAUUUCGCAUGCACUCUGUGCUCAGAAGCAUUGACACAGAAAUCUUUCAGGACUACAGUUAUUUCUGGGUAGUGUUCCUUAAUUCUCGAUCUCCAUAAGAGAAUGUCUGUAUAGGUUGGUCUCUGCACUUAGCUGGGGUUGGUUGAAGAAGCAAUUCGGUCAGAAUACCUGAGAAACCUCACUUGUGUUGAUGGACUUCUGAGUCCAUCUUAACACCCACAUUUCAAAGUGUCUAUUACUGUACUUCAUAUGAGGUUUGGUUCUCAUAAUUUUAAGUAUCUCAUCUGUCUUCUGUAAUGUUAAUUGUACUGCAGAUCAAUAAGUUUUGUUUAUUUUCAAAUUACAUUGCAGCAACACAAUGCAAAUGUUUUGUUUGUUGCAGUUAUUAAUGCUAUCUUUGUCUGUGGCGUGUCAUUGUUGUCGUUUACUAGCAGCCUCAUACCUGACGUGGCUCUGGAAUUCUAAGAAACAAAAAAAUCAGUGCUAUUGUGAAAGGUUUAGUCCGCCAUUUUGAUGCAAAACAGUGUCCAGUUGUAUCCAGACAUGGUCAAAAACGUGCUUUUUGUGAGUGGGGGGAGCUGGUGCAUUUUAUGUACUUUGACCUUUCAUCCAAAACUGACAGGCGGCAAUGUUCUUUUGGCUGGAACAGGGGAAAGCCAUCCAGACUUCUUGCAAACUUGUUUGCCCUGUGGCCUGAAGCAGGGGCGGCUCGUCCCAUUUCAGAGCUUGAGGUGAAAUGGAAAUUGCCACCCUCUCUGCCGCUGCUGCACUUCCCACCCCGCGGCUGCUGGCAUCUGUACCAAUUUCUGGGAAGAUCUUGCCAAAAUCUCACGAGAUUUCGUGUACUCUACGAUAUCUCACGAGAGUUCAUCGAUUCUCACUGGAAAUGGGCACCGAUGCUUCGGCUGCUUCAUUGUGGAUGGGCUGGGCCAGGCCUGAGGUAAAUUUAGCAGCUGCCUUGUUGAAGCUAAGCAGGUCUAGGUGUGGUAAGUGCUUGGAGCCACAUGUGCACCACAUUGUGUUCCAUAAUGGAAGAAAGGCGGGAUAUAUAUGUAAUAGAACAAAAGCUCUUACCUGUUUCGGAAAGUUGCUUGUUCCCUAUGCAUUUUGAGGUGACGUAAUCAAUUUGUUCUGAGAAACAAGGAGCAGGUUCCCAUCUAUGUUUGGAUACAGUUGGGUGCCAUUUUGAAUCAAGAUGGCAGGCUGACUUUUUGAAAGCUGCACUGAUUUUAACUACAGUGGACGCUCGGGUUUCGAAUGUGAUCUGUGCAGGAAGCACGUUCGCAACUCGCAGCGUCUGCAACCCGCAGCACCACGUAUGCGCAUGUGCAGGUCACGAUUCAGCACAUGCGCAAGCACCGAAACCCGGAAGUAACCCAUUCUAGUACUUCCGGGUUCGGCACAGUGCACAACCCAAAAUCGCGCAACCUGAAGCGUCUGUGACCCGAGGUAUGACUGUACUGAUUUCCCUGUCACCAUGUGUUGGCAGUUCAUCCCAUUCCAACAUUAGUCUGCAGUAAACGACAACAACAAAAACUAGGCACACAGGUGAUGCUGGAGGAUCUGGAUCGGUACUUCUCAGCCCACUGGGCCCCUUCCCAGGAUCCAGUUCUUCCAGUUCCCCAUUCUCACUCCAUUCCUCUUCCUACUCAGGCAAUUCCCACCAUGAUUUCUUCAUGGGCACCAUAGAGCUAAACCCAAGGAUGUUUGGUGCCUUCUAUAUCUGAAGGGCCUGUACUGCAGAUUAGAUAUUUGAUGAGUGCUGUCACGUUCGUUGCCAUCCCAGCCAGGUCUCCCCUUCUCCAGACCAAAUACACCCAACUGCUUCAACCUUUCCUUUAACAUUAGACUAGUUAGACCGAUAGCCCGAUUCAGGAUACAUUCAUGGCUCCUGAGCCUGGAGGCUUGAGCUCAAAACACGCAAGAUUUGUUCUUGUCGUUUAGUCGUGUCCGCCUCUUCGGGACCCCCUGGAGCAGAACACGCCAGGCACUCCUGUCUUCCACUGCCUCCCUCAGUUUGGUCAAACUCAUGCUGGUAGCUUCGAGAACACUGUCGAACCAUCUCGUCCUCUGUCGUCCCCUUUCCCAGCAUCAGGGUCUUUUCCAGGGAGUCUUCUCUUCUCAUGAGGUGGCCAAAGUAUUGGAGCCUCAGCUUCACAGUCAUUCAACAAUGAUAUUAAUGUGACAUGUGUUGUUUUCUUUAAUUUGACUGGCAAAUACAGUGGUACCUCGUGUUACAGAUGCUUCAGGUUACAGACUCUGCUAACCAGAAAUAGUACCUCAGGUUAAGAACUUUGCUUCAGGAUGAGAACAGAAAUCGUGCUCCGGCGGCAGCUGGAGGCCCCAUUAGCUAUAUUGGUACCUCAGGUUAAGAACAGUUUCAGGUUAAGAACAGACCUCCAGAACGAAUUAAGUUCUUAACCCGAGGUACCACUGUAAAGGAAACAGAGACCAGCUUCCCUCCUCUCGGUAGCCAGGAAGUUGACAGCUCAGGGUGGCUUAUGCGAGGGCUGGGUAUACAGGAGUGUUAGAUACGUAUUGGCAUGGAGCUCUGUUGAGGAUCCAUGAUGAAGCUGCUUGGCAAAGAGACGCUCAGAAUCUGCAAAUUCUGCCGUAUGACAAAGAAUGUUUCUGAUUGUAAAAGCCAGGGCCGUGACCAAAACAUCUGCCUGUGGGACUUGGCCGAAGGAAGGAGCAUUGUCACAGACUCUGUUUCCACGGAGAAUAUUGGGUUCUGCAAAUGCUCCCUCUUGGAGGUUGAAGAGAGACGGUGGCUACUAGCCAUGCCAUGGAAAGGCCUGGAAGAGGUAGGUAAUGUAUGUUUGACACCCUCCAUCAUAAGGUUCUGGAACAGAUCACCAUAAUACAAAACAACAUUAAAAUCCAUUAAAAGACUUCAGAAUAGACCCUAAAAAAUAUACAUCCUGGCUGGGAAAGGCCAAUGGCAACAUCCAUAGAGUGAAGGAGCCAAUUGCAUCUCUCUGGGGAGGGACUUCCUCAUCGUAGAGACCACCCAGACCAUCUCCCACUAAAAUGUCCAAGGGCAGCAGAACAAUCGAGAGUGCUUCCUUGGUCUAUCUUAACACCCAAGAGGGUCUGUAGGGAAGGAGGUGGUCUUUGAGAUGCUAGGUGGAGCAUGAACAAUAUUUGGCAUGCUCUGGUUUUCCAUGAGUUGGAUGAUCCAAAAUGUGGAAAUGUUCAUUAUCUAUUUAAAAUAACUUUUCUCAGAAAGAGGCGCAAUGAAUUCUUUGUGUUGGCUAAUGAGAUCUGCCAAGAAUACAAUGGCCGCUAAUGGAAUAUUCCAAGCCUGGCUUUAGCUGAUGUUUGAAAAUGUGUGGCUGAUGACCUUCAUGUGUGCUCUGUGGGAUCUGGGAUGGUGAUCCUGACUGGCAGUAAGUUCCCCUCAUUCUCAGGCAGAAUCCUUCUAUUUGGAAUUGCCAAGGCCAUCUUCUACAUUCAAAGCAGUUGUUCUGUUUUGAGCUAUAAUCUCUUCCCCCAGAGGGUGGGAUUGGCUUUGCUGUUUGCAGUCAUGGUCUUGCCAGAUUAUUUUUUUAAGUGCCCAAGUCAAAAAUUCCACAAAAUUCAUGUGUAAGCUCCUUUUUAAUAUAUAUAUAUAUAUAUAUAUAUAUAUAUAUAUAUAUAUAUAUAUUCUAUCCUCAAACAGGUAACACCAUGAGCCAAAGUACUUUUGAGGCUUAUGAUUAACAUGAAGACUUAAUAUGUGUUUAUGCUUGGCCGGGACCCAAAGGGGGUAAUUUUGUCUUGAAGCAGAUUCCGUCUAUGAAUAAUAAGACCUGAACAGACAUUUAUUUGUUCCUGAUUGCAUUUAAAUCACCAAUUAUGAGUUACAUGCACGUCUCUUGCCAAUUUGCCAGAAACAUGCUAAAAAGCAUUAUAAAUGUGCAAAAGGAGAAGGGUGUGUUUUCUUGUGGCCACCUAUAGCCACCCAGGAACACUAUUAGCCUCAGGCAAAGACAAAACUCACCUAGUAAGCACAAAAACGAAGGAGAGAAGAGCAGCACGGAACAUCUUCUGGUUUCAGCUACAGUCGACAAAAUACAUGAGACCCAGGAUUUAUUUCUGAGGCUUGGUGGCAACCAUUGCAGGCUGCUUCUUGGGUCUUCCAUACUAGCAGAUGUAACCCUUUUGCAUGCUGCAGGGAGUGCCCCAAACUCACUGCCUUUUGGUCUUCAGCAAUAGCAGCCAACAACCCUCAGGUCUUGCCUUCUCUUUCCUGAGCCGCGAUGAAUGCAGCAGAUAUUAAGCUGCAGAAAUAUUUCCUUCCCUGCCUAGAUUGUGGAUGGGGAAGCAUGUGGCUAACCAUAUGUUGUUGGGCUCUCGGUCUCUUCAGUUCCAACCACCAUGGACAAUGGGCAGAGGUGAGGGGAGUUAGAGCUCAACAGAAUCUGGAAUAAUAAUAAUAAUAAUUUCUUUAUAUCCCGCCCUCCCCAGGCGAAGCCGGGCUCAAGAUUCAUCCAUGAUCUAGGCCAGGGUCAGCAAACUUUUUCAGCAGGGGGCCGGUCCACUGCCCCUCAGACCUUGUGGGGGGCCGGACUAUUUUUUUGGGGGGGGGGAUGAACGAAUUCCUAUGCCCCACAAAUAACCCAGAGAUGCAUUUUAAAUAAAAGGUCACAUUCUACUCAUGUAAAAACAUGCUGAUUCCCGGACCGUCCGCAGGCUGGAUUUAGAAGGCUAUUGGGCCGGAUCUGGCCCCCAGGCCUUAGUUUGCCUACCCAUGUUCUAGGCUUUUCCACUGAUGAGGGUGAUCUGAUCACAGGUUUCCUCUUUUUUUAAAAGGCAGUGAUGGAGUUGAAGUGGGGAAAGUGUGAACUGGGGGGAGGUUAACACACCAUUUAAAUUGCCCUCCUGAAUCUGCUCCAUGCCUCAUGGGGAGGAAACCUGCAGGCACCAUACUGGGCAAGGUGCACUUUUGGAAGCAUGUGCUUUUGAGUCGGGGGUGGAGGGAAAGGGCCAUUGCCCCAAUCCAAAUUAUCUCAGAUACGCACACAUGUCUGUAGCUGUUUUCAACUGAAGGAAGUUGGGAAACCUGACGGUGGCUCUUUCACAACUUGUUUAAGCUUGGCACCGGGACUGCAAACCUGAACACACUUGCUUGUGAGCAAGGCCUGUGGAACUCAGAGGGACUUCCUCCUGAGUAAAUGUGCAUGGUUCUGCUCUCUGCUGAGAAAUGCAAAGAAUCCUUAGGAACGCAAGCGCUCCUAGCUCUUUGCUGUCCUUUAAAAUGAGAAAGGAGGCUCAGGCUGCUUUCUUCCACACACUUUCCUAAUAAUAACAAUAUAAUAAUAAUUUAUUAUUUAUACCCCACCCAUCUGGCUGGGUUUCCCCAGCCACUCUGGGCGGCUUCCAAAAAAAUAUUAAAAUACUAUAAUACAUCAAACAUUAAAAGCUUCCCUAAACAGGGCUGCCUUCAGAUGUCUCCCUUCCUGGGAAACUACCAUGGCAGGCGAUAAGAGCAAAUAGCAAACUUGUGGCCUCCUAGGUAUUUGGUGAGACACAAGACAGGGCCUUCUUGGUGGCUGCUCCCAGAUAAUGGUAUAUAUUCCCCCUCAAGGCUCGCCUGGUCCCCCACUCUGCUUUCCUUUUGCUAGCAGGCAAAGAGAUGUUUUUGUUCCAACAGUCACUGGCUGUUAUGACGGUUUAAAGUGAUUUCAAUGCUAUUUUAAACAAGGUUGCUUAUUUAACGGGGGCAGAGAGUGAAUUUUUAGUUGCGUUGGUUUGUGUUGUGAGAUGCAUUGAGUUUUUCACUGGGAGAAAGGUGGAAUAUAACAUGAAUAACUAAAUAAAGACAUAGACAGUGCUGGCCUGUAGAGACCAAUGACUCAGCAUAAGGCUGAUUUGUGUGCAAUGAAUAAUAAUAAUAAUAAUAAAUUUUAUUUAUAUCCCGCCCUCCCCAGCCGAAGCUGGGCUCAGGGCGGCUAACAACAAUAAAAUAGUACAAAAUUCUAAAAUCAUUCAUUAUAAAAUUAAUUCAAAUCAAAUUGAUGGCAACCAUUAGGCUAGAAUUCUGUGGAGAUUGCCAAAGGAGGGAGUCAGGCUGUGCCCUGGCCAAAGGCCUGGUGGAACAGCUCUGUCUUGCAGGCCCUGCGGAAAGAUGUCAAGUCCCACAGGGCCCUAGUCUCUUGUGACAGGGCGUUCCACCAGAUCGGAGCCACAGCCGAAAAAGCCCUGGCUCUGGUUGAGGCCAGCCUAACCUCUCUGUGGCCUGGGACCUUCAAGAUGUUUUUAUUUGAAGACUGUAAGUUCCUCUGUGGGACAUACCAGGAGGCAGGAACCAAAGGUCAGCUGUAAAGCAUGUGUUUUGCAUGCAGAAGCUGUCCAGCAUGGCCAAAGCCAACAUAUGGAGGACCACAGGUUCCUCACCCCUUUUGAGCACGAUGCUGAGCUCAAUGAACUGAAUAUGAGGCACCUUCCUACAUUUCUUGGUGGGAUUUACUUCCAAGUCAUUGUGAAUAGGACUGUGCAGCAAGUUAGACAGCUGCCUUCCCCUAGUUAGAGCACUAGCAGUACUUUCUCCUCCCUCCGCAAAUGCCCUGAUUUUCUCAGCGCUAUGUCUGCUCCUGAGAUGGUUUAAUAAAUUGGAGGCACAAUUCGUUGGCAACCCUAUUGAAAUUGUGGGCGCCCUAGCAAGAGCUUUGAGCAAGCCCUGUUCAUUUCAGUGGAACUUGGCAAGAUGAGCUUCCUACUGGUUCGCAGGGGCGAAACUAGGCUUCGUUUCACCUGGAUCAGACCCAGUUUGGCACACACCCCAACUCACAUUUGUGUACAAAUGGGACAGUCUGGGAGCCUCAGUGACGCCCCUCUGGAGGUUUCACCUGGGGCAAAAAACCCUGGUAGCUACGGUUCUUCUGGAUUGUGCCCUUCAAACCCUCCAUGCACUCUCUCUUUCUCGUUCAUCAGCAGUAAAACAUUGACGUCGUUGUGCCUUCCACCUCUUGGGCUCUUGCGAUUUAAACCACAGACUGCUCAAAGCAGAGCAUGUGCUCUCAAAGCAGCUUGGUCCCCCUUUGAUUUUUCCUCCCAGGUUUUCAGCACGAGAAUGCCAGUAAAUUGUAAGUGUUGUGUACUGAAUGCAACUCGUCGUGCUGGUAAGGCUGCCUUCUGGCCCUUCUGAAUGCCGAGAGUCUUAAUGUGCCCUGAAUGAGUUUCAUGCAAAUGGUUUGCCAUGGAAAUGAUUCAUACAGGAAGAGGGAAGAAGAUCAAGGGGAGAGAAGGGGUAGGAGGAACAUCUAAAGAAGUUGGCUCCACGGAGCACUGCAUGCUCUAGGGGCUCCUGCUAUUGGCCCAGGAUGCUACAGAGAAAGCUGCCUUAUACCAUUGCUCCAUCUAUCUCGGUGCUGCUCACACCAGGGAUAGUCCACAAUAGAGUCCUCUAGAUCUGGUUGGACUGCAUCAGCCCAAGCCGACAUGGCCAGCAGUCAAGGAUGAAGGGAUUUGUAAUCCAGAAACAUCUGCAUUGACUGUUUUUGUUCUACACCGGACAGUAGGUCACUGGGAUAUCAGGACAGUGACCUUUCCCCAGUCUUAGCUGGAAAGCUGGGACUUCCUGCAUGCAAUUCCUGUGUUCCACUACUGAGCUUCGAUCUCUUCUCUUUUGCCAUUGGGGAAAUCCGACUAGCGUGGGCUCUAUUGCUGGAUUGUGGUGGAGGCUACAAUCCCAUGUCCUGCCUUUGGGAGUCAUCCCCACCAAACAGAGCGAGAAUUGUUUCUGCACUGCACGCCCAUGGGACCAGGCUGCUCCGCUCUUAAUUUUGACACAGCUAUUACUUCAAAAGGGGAAUGCAAGCAGGUGCAAAACUGUACAGAUCUAAAUUGACAUAGGGCAGCAGUUCCGUUGGCUAGAGCGUGGUGCUGAUAAUGCCAGGGUUGCAAGUUCGAUUCCCGUAUGGGACGGCUGCAUAGUCCUUUUUAUUAUUUUUGUUUUUAUUCACUUUUAAUUUUAACAGUUAGCUUCACAAAUAAGUCAUACACAUAGGAUUCUCUGAAUCCCUGGACUUCCCUCCAUCCCUCCAUGGUUUCCAUAAUUAUUCUUUUCCAAUGGCAUCAUAUAAUAUUCUCCAUAUUUUCUUAACACUCAAUUCUCACCAUAGUUCUCUUUACAUUGCAAGUGUGGUUUUUUUAAAAAAAUAAAUCCUGCCAAUGUUUUUAGUUGUUUACAGUGUUCUUUUAAUUAACUUAUAAAUUUUCUCCAUUCUUUAUUAAAUUUGUUAUCUUCUUGAUCUCUCAUCUUCCUGGUCGUUUUCGCCAUUUCGGCAUAGCCCAUCAUCUUUAUCAGCCAUUCUUCUCUUGUGGGUACUUUAUCUUCCUUCCAUCUGUGGGCUAACAGUGGGAUGGCUGCAUAUUCCUGCAUUACAUGGGGGGUUGGACGAGAUAAUCCUCAGGGUCCCUUCCAACUCUGCAAUUCUAUGAAUCUAUGAUUCAGCAGUGAAACGCAGGUACCUUUCCCUGAGGUUCAGAGAAAACUUUUUAUCCAAGUACCUGACAGCCAAUAACUUUUCAAACCAGUGAAAAAUACAGUCACAGAACCAAGAAAUUACACAAAACAAAAGAAUUUCUGUGAAAAUCCCUGAAACGAGAAGUAAUCGACUAUAGAAUUGAAUUAAAUAAGGAAAAUUUAAAAAAAAUAAGGAAAAAUUAACCUAGAAUUAAACAAAGACUUAUCGAGAUGCCGGCUACAAAACUCGUUUCACUGAACUAAUCAGUUUCCUCAGAAGGAAAUAAAUACAUUUAUAAACCUUAAAUGAUUUUAAGUGCUAUCAAACAAACUCAAGAGCAGGGCUGAAAUGCUUCCUUGAGUUUACAAAAAAAGGUAUAAAAACCUCAAUGACAAGUUUUAAACAUAGCCCUAUUUAAGAAAACCAAGCAGUAGUAAUAAGAAAUUGAGGACUCGGUUGUAAAAACUCUAGUAUUGCCUUUACAAAAAGGUUUUAAGUAAAACUUACAAAGGAAUACAAGAUAAGCUGUUUAGGUUUCAAACAAACUCAGAAACAGGGCAGAAACUCAAAAACAGGGCUGAAGCGCUCCUGAAGCCCUGUUUUUGAGUUUGUUUGAAACCUAAACAGUUUAUCUCGUGCAUGUGCUCUGAAUGUAGAAGGACCCAGGUUGGACACCCCCCACGUCUCCUGGAACCCUGGAGAACUUCUGCCAGCCAGUGGUGGAGGAAGGGGGAAGGGGGUACGGUCCACCAUGGGUGUCAUCACUGAGGGGGGUGGGGUGACAAAAUUAGUUUUUUAAUUAACAAAAUUGGGCUCACAAAACUUUUUAGGAGUGAUGUGGUGGCUUAGGCGCCUGCAGAUUCCAUGUUGCCUGAAAUGGCAGCGUGGAAGUUACGUCUGCCUACCGCCUCCCCCUUAGCCCCCCCCCAGCUGAGGGGGCGUAGAUGGAGAGGCUGUAAGCUUCGGAGAGGCUCACCCCACCCCCACGGGCACGGAUCGCACCACCCCUGGCUGCAGGACACGCCCCCGCACCAGGCACCCAAGCGGCUAGCUACGCCACUGCUGUAAGCCCGUGUAGACAGUACAGUGGUACCUCAGGUUAAGUACUUAAUUCAUUCCGGAGGUCCGUUCUUAACCUGAAACUGUUCUUAACCUGAAGCACCACUUUGGCUAAUGGGGUCUCCCGCUGCUGCCACGCCACCGGAGUACGAUUUUUGUUCUCAUCCUGAAACAAAGUUCUUAACCCGAGGUACUAUUCCUGGGUUAGCGGAGUCUGUAACCUGAAGCGUAUGUAACCCGAGGUACCACUGUACGGAACUAGAUGGACCGAUAUUCUGACUCAGUAUAAGGUAGCUUCCUUUGGCCUUUCUUAGCAGUUACGAUUUCUGGGGCUUCCUCCGGGUUGAUUUGUUUUCUCCCACCAUCCCUGAGCAACAAAAGAGCUUGCACCACCUUUUUUUUGCAAAUCACCUUAGGAGACUCAUCCUUGUGCCUGGCGCCAGGCCAACUAAACUUGUUUUCCUGAUGUCAGGUUCGGGUUUUGGAGCUGCCAUCCAAGAUUUCAGUCUGUACCUUGAAGCCAGAGGCCGAUGCCAAGUUGGGCAUGCCCAUGUGUCUGAAGAUGUGGCAGGUAAGCCAACGGGAGCUUGCUAAUUACAAAACGCUUCCCUCGCUGUGAUUCAUUUCUCUAUAUACGGAGCCCAUGAAUCAUUCUUCACUCUGAGGUUUUUAUAUUUAUUUAUUUUUGAUUGAUUGUCAAAAGCAAUCAACUAAUUAUGCUAUUAAGGGUGGGAGGGAAACAGGAACAUCCUUCACAUAACCGCUGGAGCUUUCCACACUUCACCAGAUGGUGUGGGUUGCGAGUUUUGUAAAUACUCCCUGAAAAGUUUAGCCCGGGUAGUUUGGUUUUUUGAAGUAUCCAGGGGGGAAAAUAACGAUCAUGGAACUUGAAUUUGGCAAGGCAUUUGAUAGCCUGGCAUUAAUAAAACACUUGAGCUUUAAUCAACAUGACUGUAUUUUGAUUUGCUUGUCUCUAGUCUGGUGUGAACCAACCAUGUUACUACCUACCUUGCCUCUUCAGAUUUGGAGAGGUUAAACAUAUUUAUUUAUGUAUAAUGCUUACAUUAUCCCGUACUAGCAGCCUCAUACUCAGCAUUGCUUGGGGAUUCUGAGAAACAACGAUGACAAAAUCGGUGUGGUUUUUAAAUCAGUGGUUCAAAUCGGUUUUGAACCAUAUUGAUUCAAAAUGGUGCCUAGUACCCAAACGCAAGACGAAAACCUGCUCUUGGAUCUUGGGGACCAUCACGCAAAAAUUGGCUGAAAUCACGACGUUUUGAAAGGUUCCGUGCGCCAUCUUGACUCAAAGUGGCAUCCGGCAUCCCAAACCUAGACAAAAUGGAUCCACACAUGGAGGGAAGCAUGUUCCUUGGUCUUGGGAAACAUCAUGCAAAAUGUAGUUGCAAUAUGUCAAGAGGUGUCCAAAUGCAUAGCAAAUAACUUUCCGAAAUAUAUGUUAAUAUAUGUUUGGAAUGGACUUUUGUCUUUGGAAUUAAAGAAAGACUGGAGCCUGGAUAGCCAUCUGCGUUGGGCGCUCUUCAGCCCCUGCACUAAGCAAGUGGGGUUGGACUAGGCACCCAUCAACACUGAUUUUGAGGGUUCAAAUGUAAUUAUACCGCUGGGCCUUAUUUAGAGAAGUCUUAAGGUUCCCUCAGCCAAUAAAGCGAGAUGAGUGCCGCAACCCGAGUCGUCCACAACUGGACCUAACGGUCAGGGGUCCCUUUACCUUUAAGGUUCACACACUUUGUCAUAUCAAUAGAAGACAUGAAGGCCCAGUUCAUACUUUUAGCAUAGCACCUAUAUUUAAUGGAGGAUUUACUUGGGUGGCUCAGCUGAUGGUUGUCUAAACUAAUAGUUUAGAUCAGUGGUUCUCAACCUGUGGGUCCCCAGAUGUUGUUGGACUACAACUCCCAUCAUCCCUGAGCUCUGGCCUUGCUAGCUAGGGGUGAUAGGAGUUGUAGUUCAACAACAUCUGGAGACCCACAGGUUGAGAAAAGCUGGUUUAGAUGAUUGGGAAUUAUUUGCAGAGGGCUUUGUCUCCUCCUUAGCACACAAGAGGAGGAGAGUGAAACCUUCAUGCUUUCCGUUUUGCCUCAACCAUAGUGCCCUGGUGGUUUACAAACUUGAGGAACUGUGGUUCCUUCUAUCGCUCUCUGAUUUAAUAAACCAGAAUAUCAAAAUACAGAUGGACCCUGCUUUAACCAACUAGCUUUAGCGGGGGGCGGGUUCCUCUGACCGCAGUUUGGUCAAAAAUGAAGGUGGGAUUGGGCCUUCAAGAUUUUCAUAGAAUCAAAGAAUUGUAAAGUUGGAAGGGACCCUUUUCAUCUAGUCCAACCCCCUGCAAUGCAGGAAUAAUAAAAAUUUGCUAGAUUCCCAACUCCCAGCAGCUCCAGUUAGCAUGACCUUUGGUCAAGGAUGAUAGAAGUUGCAGUCCAACAACAUCUGGAAGACCACAGAUUCCCUGUCCAUGUUUCACUUGCUUCCCCCAGUGCUCCAGAGAAGAGUGGUAGGGAAGCCUAUAACAUUUAGUCUUCUAGAGAGACAGAAACGUUCACACAACAGAAAAGUUGUCAAAGCUUUUGUAUAGCACUUCAUACAGCCUUGUCCUAGAUCCUGGUAGAAUACAGGUAAUCACAAAAAUCGUAAAUAAAUUACAGUGACUAACAAAAUAGAUUGUUUUUUGAUAGCAAAGCAUUUCAGCUUCUGCCUUCAUCGACUGCUCGGAUGUGAAUCAAAAGGUGCUGUAGUCAAGGUGGUAGUUGUAGAACAUUAGAAUAUUCAUAAGUGUUACACUUAACUGCAGAGACAGACAGACAGAGGUUUAUUGCUAUUUCAUUUGGAAGCCUGUCCAGGAAGGAAGGAAGCAAGCAAGCAAGCAAAGGAGAAUCACUGUCAACGUGUCAAGAAUAUACAUUAAUGGAGUUUAUAUAAUAAAGUACUUACUGCAUUUCCAGUUUCUACAUGCAUUCUUGUUAGUUUUUUUUUUUAAAAAAUGCUCACCAUUGCACAACGUAGCACCUUUCCUGCUGGGAAAAUUAAGGGAAAACAAUCCUUGUGUUUGCAGAUUCAACCCUUUCCAGUUGGCUAUGAUUUGCAGGAGCCCAGUGGAUACGCAUCAGUUUAUAAGACACAUUCCUUCAAAGGAGGGAGGAAUGUUCCAUCCGACCUCAAGCUGCUGUUUGGACCUUCCUUUCUACUCUUCCAAAGAUAGCAGCGCUUUUAAUUUAUAAAACAUACGGCUCAAAUUCUCCGUUUAAAAAAAAAAUGGCACCCAAGUUGCUGUACAAUUCAUCAACCAUCAUGAAAAGACAGCAAAACAGACUGCUAUACAGUGGUACCUCGGGUUACAUACGUUUCAGGUUACAUACGCUUCAGGUUACAGACUCCGCUAACCCAGAAAUAGUGCUUCAGGUUAAGAACUUUGCUUCAGGAUGAGAACAGAAAUCGUGCUCUGGCAGCGCAGCGGCAGCGGGAGGCCCCAUUAGCUAAAGUGGUGCUUCAGGUUAAGAACAGUUUCAGGUUAAGUUCAGACCUCCGGAACGUAUUAAGAACUUAACCUGAGGUACCACUGUAUAGCAGUCAAAAAACCAACAAUCCAGUAAUGCCACAUAAAUUAAAAUAGGCCAGGGAAUGCCUUCUAAAACAAGCUAACCAGUAUACUUAUGAAUACCCAUCACUGGGGAACAGCAGGAGAGAACUGUUUGCUGUCAUGAGCUACCUGUGAGAUUCCCACAGGUAUCUGGUUGGAAUACAGGAUUCUAGAUCAGGCAGGCCUUUGGUCUGAUCAGGGGCCACCCUCCCCAUAUGAACCAGCCAACACCCUGCAGUUUUCGGCAGAUGCCCAGCCAAGGGAGAUGCAGAGGGUGGCCACAUAAGAACAGGCCUUUUCAGUGGUGGUUCCCCAUCUAUGGAAUACUCUCCCCGGGGAUAAUAAUAAUAAUUUUUUAUUUAUACCCCAUCCUUCCCAGUUCAAAAACCGGGCUCAGGGCGGCUAACACCAAAUUUAAAACACUUUAAAACACUUAAUUAUAAAAGCAGCAUAAAAUACAGUAUAAAAACAUGAAUAACAAUAAAAAUCAAAAAUCAAUUAAACGGUGGCUGAAUUGGUCCUACUUGGGCCAGCGAGGAGGCCAGGGGAGAAUUAGCUGUGGGGUCUCAGAGCGGGUGAUCUUCAUAAAAGGGGAGGGGGAGGGAAGAGAAGGGAAAUAAAAGAUCAGGAUGAAUUCAAAUUAAAGGCCAGGCGGAAUAGCUCUGUCUUACAGGCCCGACGGAAGGAGAUUAACUCUUGAAGGGCCCUAGUCUCAUGGGACAGAGCAUUCCACCAGGUCGGAGCCAUCACUGAAAAGGCCCUGGCUCUGGUGGAGGAUAGUCUGACUUCCUUAGGGCCCGGGACCUCUAAACUAUGGUUAUUCAUGGACCUUAAGGUCCUCUGUGGGGCAUACCAGGAGAGGCGGUCCCAUAGAUACAAGGGCCGUAAGCCACAAAGGGCUUUAAAGGUCAAGACCAGCACCUUGAACCUGACCCUAUACUCCACCGGGAGCCCGUGCAACUGGUAAAGCACUGGGUGAAUAUGCUCCCAUAGCAGGGACCCCGUGAGGAGCCUCGCUGCAGCAUUCUGCACCCGCUGGAGUUUGUGGGACAAUUUCAAGGGCAGCCCCGCAUAGAGCGAAUUACAGUAGUCAAGCCUGGAGGUGACCGUCGCAUGGAUCACUGGCCCCCUCAGUCUUUACACACCAGGCUAAGACCUUUUCCUUUACUCAGGCCUUUGAUAAGGAAGUUGCCUCCAUCAGUGGAGCUCAUCAUUUCUUGGGGCAGGUUAGGACCUGUCCUUAGCUAUACCUUUUAUCUAUUUUGUAUUGCCUCUUCCUUUAAUUUUUUUUCUGGCUCUGAAUUGCUUUCGUUCAUUGCAUUUUAGCCUUGUCAAGUCGCCGCGGAACUUUUUUCCUCUGUACAAAGCGACGGACAAAUGUAACUCAUGACCUUCGUCAUUAUCAUCCAACCAGGAUUCUUACGGCAUUCUUAAAAAUCUUCCCCUUACAACGAAGAGUGGAGAGGGAUAGAUCACAAAGCAGACUUUAACAGGAAGGAUUGCUGCGAGGCUAUUUUCACCAGCAGGGUCAUCCAUUGUAGCUAGCCUAGAGAUUCUUAAAACAAUUUUAGUACAGUGGUACCUCGGGUUAAGUACUUAAUUCGUUCCGGAGGUCCGUACUUAACCUGAAACUGUUCUUAACCUGAAGCACCACUUUAGCUAAUGGGGCCUCCUCCUGCUGCCGCCACUCCACCGGAGCACGAUUUCUGUUCUCAUCCUGAAGCAAAGUUCUUAACCCGAAGCACUGUUUCUGGGUUAGCGGAGUCUGUAACCUGAAGCGUAUGUAACCUGAAGCGUAUGUAACCCGAGGUACCACUGUAUUGUAACAUGGGUCUUGAUACCGGUCUGAAGGAGUAAUGGGAGAGGGAGAGGGUCAAUGCACGGUUGUCUUGAGCAUUUAAUUCUUCAAAAGCUACCUCUAAUUAACUAACUAACUAACUAACUAACAUAAAGAUCUGUCAAGAGGUCAGAUCUGAAAGUGGGGCAUCUUUGCGUUCUGUCGGAAAGUAUUUGGGCCUUUGUGGGUUUGUGUUUUCUCCUUUAAAAUCUAUAGCUGGCGUUAACAGGCAAUUGGUUUUUUAAAUUUGCUUUGAUUACGACUUUUGAACCUUUUGCUCACAUGGUGAGUCUUCCGAUUUACAGGGGCCAUCCGUCAACCGGCCGGUGCAAUGAUGAAUAUUUUCCUUAAGUGUGACACGUAAUCCAGUAACGUUCCUUUCUUUGAGUUAUUUCAGAGACUUAAAUAAAUUGGGUGGCUGGCCAGGGUGCCAUGCCCUUUGGCCUGUGACAUCAUUAAUCAAAAUAUCUCUCAAUUGGUUACAGCGGGAUUCAGACCUGUUAACUCUUUGGGUUCAGGAGAUUUUUUGUUUUUUCCUUUUGGGGGAGAGGGAGAGAAAGAAAAUAGUUUUCCUUGAUAUUGGAGAUAGUAUCCAUGGACAGCACUUUACUUGAGCUUUUAAUAAACCACACACAUACAUAUUCUUUAUUCCGCACUUAUACAAACUCAUAUAUGAAAAUAUGAACAAAUUUAAUAUUAAGCAGCCAUGUUCUUUGCUCUUUUUCCAAGGCCUGCUCAAAACUCUGGUGUUUAUUUAUUUUUUACAAAACUGUUGAUUUUAUAUAUAUUGAAGAUUUUAUUACAUCUGCUUGCUUGUUUGUUUUAAUAUGUUUAAAAUAUAACAGGAAAAUAAGAAUGCCAGCUCAUAUUAGCAGUUUGAACAAUCCAUCCUAAUUCAGACGUAUCUAUUAUUAUGAAACCAUUCAUAUGUCCAAAUAGAUAUCCAAAUGAGAUUGUCCUACCUAUAUAAUCUAUACGUUCAAAGGUUGAAAGGGCAGUGGAUCUUGCAGAGCCCUUAUGGUGGCCAAGAGACUUAUAGGUUCAAGGUUGGAAGAAUAUAAACACCCGCCAUCCAUUACACAGUGUUCUGAAAUGUCUACUUGUUUUUAAAGUCUGUUGGUGUUACCAGUGUGAAUAUUUCACGUUAUUUUGUGUAAACACCUUAGAAUGAUUUUUCAGAAAUCUAUGAGGCGGUAUGUAAAUCGGGUUACAUCACAAUGCAAACACCAUAGUUUAAAUGUUCUGUUGCAAGAGCGAAACAGACUUCCACCUGGGCAAUUGGACUCCCCAUUCCUCUCCUUCUCCCCUGCAUCCCUAAUACACCCUCAAAAUCUGCUCAGGACCUUCCAAAUAAAACUUUUGAGCUACAUGGGGUGAGGGCUGCAGGUAGAAGAAGAGGACAGCAAGCUGGGUUGGCUAUCAUCAUGAAUACAUACCGUACUUUUCCGUGUAUAAGACGAGGUAUUUUUCCUUAAGAAAUUAUCUUAAAAAUUGGGGGUCGUCUUAUACACUGAUAGUGCAUAGGGGGAACAUGGAAUUGGUUGCUGCCGCAAGCCGGAGAUUGUCCUGGGCUAUUGGGUGUGCUAUUGGUGGUUGUGGCAAGAGCUGGUGUUGAUUGGCUGUCGCUGCGGCAAGUGGGCGCGCGAUUGGCUGUUUCUGCCGGCAAGGGGACAGACAAUAGGUGGCAGCAUAGGCCAGGCGGGUGAGCGAUUUUUGGCAAUCCCCCUUAAAAAUGCUCAACAACUCUUCCCCCCCCCCGCCAAAAAAAAGCUCAGCGACUCUAGGCAAUCUCCCCCCAUUUUCUUAAUUUGGGGUCUUCAAAAAUAGGAGGCGUCUUAUACAUUGAAAAACAUGGUAACUAAAGAAUGCAGGUGGCACUGUGGUCUAAACCACUGAGCCUAGGGCUUGCUGAUAAGAAGGUCAGUGGUUCGAAUCCCCGCAACAGGGUGAGCUCCCGUUGCUCAGUCCCUGCUCCUGCCCACCUAGCAGUUCGAAAGCAUGUCAAAGUGCAAGUAGAUAAAUAGGUACCGCUCCGGCGGGAAGGUAAACGGCGUUUCUAUGCACUGCUCUGGUUCGCCAGAAACAACUUAGUCAUGCUGGCCACAUGACCCGGGAAAACUGUCUGCAGACAAACACCAGCUUCCUCAGCCUAUAGAGCGAGAUGAGCGCCGCAACCCCAGAGUCGUCUGCUACUGGACUUAACGGUCAGGGGUACCUUUACCUUUAAAGAACCUCAGAUUAGCUCAAAACACAUUCUUUAAUUCUUCCUUAAAUUAGCCCAACCCUAAAACAGAAUCCUUCCUAGGAUUCCAAGGGAAAAUAUGUUUUGACAUUUUAAUGCCGUUUUCUUCUCUCUCCCUUAUUCUUCUUCCAACAUUAUAGUUUUAACAGCUUUAAAUUAAAGGCCCAGCGUUUGAGUUCCCUGCCCAUCAUUCCUGCUACUUUGCCUGCUUUUCUGUUGUUUUGUACUAACGCCGCGGUUGCCAUCGAUGAAUAAUGUCAUAAAUGCUUUAUCUGAGUCAGAUCCAAUUAUUUCCAUAUACGACCAAUAAAAUUCAAAUUAUAAGGAGAUUUUUGAUGGAGGGAUGGACCACCAACAGAACUUGCUGUGAAUUGAGUGGGAAAUAAUUGGGGUCCAGACGGAACGCAGGUGUCGCUAGAAGCAUUUUGGGACGAUGAAGUGUUGAGAGGAUGUUUGACAUCACACUUCGGCAAGAGGAGAGAGGAAUUUGGCUCUGCCAAUUUGCAUUCCAACCAGGCUUUUUUUAUUAGGGCCCAACCCAAGAUUAAACUAAAUCAUCAUAUUAAGCUUUUGAAAUAAUCGGCGUUAUGAGAUUUUAAUUAAGGGUAGAUAGAACUGUGUUCCAAUUGCCCUUCCCCUCUUUAAAAAAAUCAGUUGCCUACACAUGCCAAGUUAUGAUAGUUAGUCUCAGUGGGUAUUCAAGGUUUAGGGUAUUGUAGCUUGUUUUAGCAGUGCCUUUUGGAGUUCUCUGCCCUGCUUGCAUUUACCGUAUUUUUCGCUCAAUAAGACGCACCAGACCAUAAGACGUACCUAGUUUUUGGAGGAGGAAAACAAGAAAAAAAAUAUUCUGAAUCUCAGAAGCCAGAAUAACAAGAGGGAUCGCUGAGCAGCAAAAGCAGCGAUCCCUCUUGCUGUUCUGGCUUCUGGGAUAGCUGUGCAGCCUUCAUUCGCUCCAUAACACACACACACAUUUCCCCUUACUUUUUAGGAGGGAAAAAGUGAGUCGUAUAGAGCAAAAAAUACGGUACUCGUCGGGUUUGGGUCUAAUAACUGGUGGGGAGUUCGCCAGGCCACUUCACUCAUCUGUUCUGUGUUUCCUAUCAGCCCAAGGUCAGUUCGCAUCCUUCCCUUCUGGUCGGCUAUGAGGAUGGAUCAGUGGUUCUGUGGAAUUUGUCAAUGGGGAGAAUGCAGAGCCGACUCACAUGUCAUCAGGAGCCAAUCAUGGGCCUUGACUUUGACUCUGAGAAGGCCAAGGGGGUCUCAGCCUCGUCUGAGAAGAUGCUUUGCUGCUGGAGCUGCAAUGAGCAGCAGAGCCUAGAGGUCAGUGCCUUUGCCCUCGCCGCACCAUUUGUUCUGUUUCUUCGCUAACGGCUUGAUAGACUGAAAAAAUAUUUAGUCAUGAAGUGGGGCUGUUGCCAAUCCCUAGCUAAUUAAUCACAGGCUGGUUAUGAUCUGGGGGGAAAGCUGGGUGAAGAUGGAGACGCUUCUUCAACUUCCGUUAAGUCGUUGGUUCUUCUCUGUCCUUUUCAUUUUUAUGCAGGCCCCACUAAGGUCUUAACACAAGUGUGGGGGAACUUUUUUAGCCCGGGGGCCACAUUCCUUUCUGGAAAUCAUUUUGGGGGCCACAUGUUGAUGGUGGGCGGAGCCAGAGGCAAAGCAGUUGAAGCUAUUAAUGUAAUAGCACAAUUCAAAGUGUUGCUGCUGACCUUUAAAGCCCUAAACGGCCUCAGUCCUGUAUACCUGAAGGAGCGUCACCACCCGCGUCGUUCAACCCAGACACUGAGGUCCAAGGGCCUUCUGGCGGUUCCCUCACUGUGAGAAGCGCAGUUGCAGGGAACCAGGCAGAGGGCCUUCUCGGUAGUGGCACCCGCCCUGUGGAACGCCUUCCCAUCAGAUGUCAAAUAAACAAACAACUAUAUGACAUUUAGAAGACAUCUGAAGGCAGCGGCGUAGCGUGAGUUGUCAGCACCCGGGGCAAGGCAAGUGAUUUGCGCCCCCUAAUUCGGGGCAAGGCAAGUAAUUUGCGCCCCCUAACCCCUAACCUGCCGCCGCUGCCAGCUUCUUCUUGCUGCUGCCUGGUCUGGUCUGGUGUGGUUCUCUCCCGCGCUCAGCGCUGCGCUGGGCGGCCGCUGCACUGUCCCUCCCCCAGAUAGUCCCUCUCUCUCCGCACCGCACGCCUGGCACCCACCCCCUCCACAGUGGGCGGCGACCCAGCGGCUCGGAUCGGAUUCGCACAGCCAGCACUGCAGUGAGAGAGAGUGAGUGAGCCAGGUAGGGGCAGAGAGCUGCGAGUGCGAGCGCGCCCCCCCAGAUGUUGCGCCUGGUGCGGCUGGCCUCCCUGCACCCCCCACGCUACGCCACUGUCUGAAGGCAGUCCUCUUUAGGGAAGUUUUUAAUGACUGAUGUUUUAAUGUAUUUUUAACCUUCUGUUGGAAGCUGCCCAGAGUGGCAGGGUAGAAAUAAUAAUAAAUUAAUAAUAAUAAUAUUUACUCUGGUGAAGUAAGAUGGCUUCAUUGCACACACGUCCCCUUCUCUAUCCACCACCUAGACCAGCAUUUCCCAAACUUGUGUCUCCAGCUGUUUUUCGACUGCAAUUCAUUCCCAUAAUCCUUGACCACUGGCCCUGUUAGCUAGGGAUGGUGGGAGUUGUAGUCCGAAAACAGCUGGCAUUGUCAGAGGACACAUUACAGGCAUAAAACGCUCUAGAUGUGGAGCAGGUGGGUAGUGAGGGGAGCGGCCAUAGGAAAGUGGGUGUGGCCUGAAAGCCACAUUCUGCCCACAGAACUGAAUUUCCUCACCCUUGGUCUUCUCAGCCUGAUUUCACAACCUCGCAGGGGAUUCUGGGUAUUGUAGCCCUGGGAAUCAGGGAAGAGAGGCCUUCUAACAAAUCUUGGCACCCUUAACAGACUCCACUUCCCAGGGUUCUUUGGGAGAAGCCAUGACUUUUUAGAGUGGUAUGAGAUUUUACUUUCUUGGGCUCCAUGAUCACUGCAGAUGGUGACAGCAGCCACGAAAUUAAAAGACGCCUGCUUCUUGGGAGAAAAGCAAUGACAAACCUAGACAGCAUCUUAAAAAGUAGAGACAUCACCUUGCCGACAAAGGUCCGUAGAGUUAAAGCUAUGGUUUUCCCAGUAGUGAUGUAUGGAAGUGACAGCUGGACCAUAAAGAAGGCUGAUCGCCGAAGAAUUGAUGCUUUUGAAUUAUGGUGCUGGAGGAGACUCUUGAGAGUCCCAUGAACUGCAAGAAGAUCAAACCUUUCCAUUCUGAAGGAAAUCAGCCCUGAGUGCUCACUGGAAGGACAGAUCCUGAAGCUGAGGCUCCAAUACUUUGGCCACCUCAUGAGAAGAGAAGACUCCCUGGAAAAGACCCUGAUGUUGGGAAAGAUGGAGGGCACAAGGAGAAGGGGAAGACAGAGGAUGAGAUGGUUGGACAGUGUUCUCGAAGCUACCAGCAUGAGUUUGACCAAACUGCGGGAGGCAAUGGAAGACAGGAGUGCCUGGUGUGCUCUGGUCCAUGGGGUCACGAAGAGUCAGACACGACUAAACGACUAAACAACAACAAUACUUCCAAGGUGCAGUCCAGACAGGACCUUAUAUGCUUUCUGCCACCAGAUGAGGCUGAUUUGGGCCGGGGAGCAUUUACUUGCGGUGAGCAAGAUGUUGCUCAAGGUGCUGAUGUGUUGCUCAUUUAUAGCUUUCUAUUCUUUAAAGUGUAAGGUUUAUUGCAUUUUUUUUAAGUAUUCAUUAUUACUUUUCUUGGCAUUUUAUUGCUUGAGAGUUGCCUCUGGCUAGAACGGCAACUAAAAAGAGUUAUAAAUAAAAUACAGAACAUAUGCGCAAUGCUAUAUUUAUGCACAUGAGUAAUGUGUUUGUUUUUCAAGGUAGAAUUUCCUUCUGCGCUUUAUAGGAUGGAAUGGGCAUUGAAUAUCUUCCCCAAGCUCUCUCGUUCUCUGUUUCUCUCUGUCCCUGUGUCCCACAUCCCAGAAAUCUGCCACAGGUAUCAAGAGGCCAUUGGUCUCCCAUCGAUGGAACAUUAAUGUUUCACUUUGGACAAUAUACCUGCAAUCAGCUUAACAAAGAAAGAAAGAAAAAGGUCCACAACGGUGAUAUACCGUAUUUUUCGCUCUAUAGGACGCACUUUUUUCCCUUCAAAAAUGAAGGGAAAAUGUGUGUGCGUCCUAUGGAGCGAAGACGCAUAGCCUCGCGACCCGCUCCCGGCUGGAGAGGUGACGGGCGGCUAUGGCAGGCGCCUCUACACCCCCGCGUCACCUCACCAGCCGGGAGAGCGCGCGCGGGGCUAAAGCAGCCCCCCGCGACCCUCUCCCGGCUGGAGAGGUGACGGGCGGCUAUGGCAGGAGCUUCUAUAGCCGCCCGUCACCUCUCCAGCCGGGAGAGCGCGCGCGGGGCUAAAGAAGCCAUAGCCCAGCGACCCUCUCCCAGCUGGAGAGGUGACGCACGGCUAUGGCAGGAGCCUCUCCGCUGCGCCUUUCCGCUGCUCCCUGAACUGCUCUUUGGGGCUGGUGGUGGGCUUCCCCCUGCCAGCCCCAAAGAGCAGGUCGAAAGGAACCUGAAGCCUGGAGAGCGAGAGGGGGCCGGGCACACCGCCCCCGCUCGCUCUCCAGGCUUCCAAGGUAGCCGCCUGAACGCACCUUUAAAGGCCCCAUGUUUUAGAGCGGGAGAACAAGAGGGAAAGUUCUCCCCUCUCUGCACAGCGCCUCCUGCCACUUCGCUGAAGGGGCGCUGGGCAGAGAGGGGGAGAAUUUUUUUUUCUUGUUCUCUCCCCUCUAAAACAAAGUGCGUCCUAUUGUCCGGUGCGUCCUAUGGUGCGAAAAAUACGGUAACACUGCAUCGUAAACUUACUGACAGCAAUUGAGCAUUCAUCCUAACCCACCUUGUUGUCCCUUUAGAUAUUUGAAGAUGGCUAUCAUAUCUCCUUUUAGUCUUCUGUUUACCAUGCUGUUGUUGUUUAGUCGUGUCCAACUCUUCAUGACCCCAUGGACCAGAGCACGCCAGGCACUCCUGUCUUCCACUGCUUCCCAAAGUUUGGUGAAACUCAUGCUGGUAGCUUCGAGAACACUGUCCAGCCAUCUCGUCCUCUGCCGUCCCCUUCUCCUUGUGCCCUCCAUCUUUCCCAACAUCAGGGUCUUUUCCAGGGAGUCCUCUCUUCUCAUGAGGUAGCCAAAGUAUUGGAGCCUCAGCUUCAGGAUCUGUCCUUCCAGUGAGCACUCAGGGCUGAUUUCCUUCAGAAUGGAUAGGUGUGAUCUUCUUACAGUCCAUGGGACUCUCAAGAGUCUCCUCCAGCACUAUAAUUCAAAAGCAUCAAUUCUUCGGCGAUCAGCCUUCUUUAUGGUCCAGCUGUCACUUCCAUACAUCACUACUGGGAAAACCAUAGCUUUAACUCUACGGACCUUUGUCGGCAAGGUGAUGUCUCUGCUUUUUAAGAUGCUGUCUAGGUUUGUCAUCGCUUUUCUCCCAAGAAGCAGGUGUCUUUUAAUUUAGUGACUGCUGUCACCAUCUGUAGUGAUGAUGGAGCCCAAGAAAGUAAAAUAUACCCAAUUCCCUCAACCAUUUCUCAUAAGACCCUUCCGGACCCUUGAUCAACUGGGUCACCCUGCAGCUGGUCAGCAUCCUUCUUAAAUUGUGGUGCCCAGAACCGGACGCAGUAUUCUAGGUGUGAUCUGGCCAAGGCAGAAUAGAGUCAUGCUAUUACUUCCCUUGAUUUGGACACUAUACAGUGGUACCUCGGGUUAAGUACUUAAUUCAUUCCGGAGGUCCGUUCUUAACCUGAAAGUGUUCUUAACCUGAAGCACCACUUUAGUUAAUGGGGCCUCCUCUGCCGCCGCGCUGCUGGAGCACAAUUUCUGUUCUCAUCCUGUAGCAAAGUUCUUAACCCGAGGUACGAUUUCUGGGUUAGCAGAGUCUGUAACCUGAAGCGUAUGUAACCUGAAGCGUAUGUAACCCGAGGUACCACUGUACUUCUGUCGAUGCAGCCUAGAAUAGCAUGAGCCUUUUUUGUUGCUGCAUCACCCAGUUGAGCCGUGUUAGGCUUGUGGUCUACUAAGACCCCUAGAUCCUUCUCACAUGCAAUGCUGGCAAUCCAGAUGUUUCCACCAUCUUAUAUUUGUUCAGGUGGUUCUUCCUGUCUAAGUGCAGAACCUUACCUUUGUCCCCAUUGAAACUCAUCUUGUUAGUUUUGGCCCAGUUCUCCAACCUGUUAAGGUCAUCUUCAAUCCCAAUUCUGUCUUCUGUGGCAUUGGCUGACCCUCCCAGUUUGGUGCCAUCUGCAAAUUUGAUGGUUUUGUCGGAAGUUGCAGUAAGCAGAGCCUUGAGGGGUCCUUCCGCCCUUGUGCUAUGACUGAUAGUGCAGCCGCUAGCAAGUGGAUGAUUGAAGAUUUGCUAUGAAGGUCUAAUACGAUUUUGAUCGUAGCGUUCUGAAAUUAAGUCUCUGUUCUUUGGACAUUCCAGUCUAUAAUGGGAAAGGGAGUUUAUUAUUACAGAAGGGCAGGGUGUACAGUGUUCCACUCCAACGAAGCAGCUGCCUUCAUUAAAGACAUCUCCCGGAGUAGCCAAGGUCGCCUAAUGACAGCAAAUGGUAAUGGCCACAGAGUAAUCUGUACAUUGACAAAAGAGCCGGUCAAUGCCAAGAGGUUAAGUCGUACUUAAUUAGGGGCAGUUCUCUCAAGCCUCCUGUUGCUGGAUGGCCAAAGACGAGGCGCCCGGAUGCUUAGAAGUAGAACAUGUGAAAAGCUGGGAUGAGUCAUUUGCAUAGUAGGCAGAGUCCUCAAGAGUUAUCUCCAUUGUUGGUUUUAAUCCAAAUUAAGUUCUAAUCCUGCACAUUAAGGGAUCAAUUUCCACGGAUGUUCAGCGGCCUCAGACCUCAUUUAACCCUUAAAAAAAUGCAGUGGGGGAGGGAUUGUGCCUGCCAUGUGAUGCCUCCCUGCAAGUGGAAAGAUAGCAUACAGAAAGCCUGAUCCUUUGCCCAUUUAAAAUGUGGGUUUUUUUGGGGGGGUAUUAUUGGAAUAGAAUAGAAUUGAAAAGAAAAGAAAAGAAAUAGAAAUACUUUAGUGUCACUGUACCACUUGUUUACAGUGAGAUUAUAUUAUUGGGUUGGCCUAUUGGGUUGUUUUUAUUUUGAUUAUAUAUUUUGUGGUUUUAUAUUUUGAUUUUGUUCUGUGAACCACCCUAGAUCUCUGGGUAUAGGGUGGUAUAUAAAUUCUAAUAAUAAUAUUAAUAAUAAUAAUGUGCUCGCUUCCCACAUGCAAAGCUUUUUCGAGGCAGAGUUAACAUUUGGAUAUGCGGUUCUCCUCCCAUGCAUGUACACAUACACAGCCAUUCUGUGAUGGGGCAGUCCAUUGUUUCUCAAGGUUGGGCCUCCAGCUGUUGUUGGACUACAACUCCCAUCACCCCAAGCACUGGCCCUGCUAGCUAGGGAUGAUGGGAAUUGUAGUCCAACAACUGCUGAAGACCCAGUCGGCGUAGACAGUGCUGAGCCGAUGGUUUGACGCAGCAAUCAAGAUUUAUUAUGGUCAAACACCAGACCACAGAAAUUGUGAUAAUAACACAUAUAUCUACACAGCAUAAGGCAGCUGCCUCUAACUUCUUAUUGCAGGCCCCACUAGUCACACGGCAUCAGCAACUAUAGAAUGGGCUUGUUGUCAUCAGUAUUACAGUGGUACCUCAGGUUACAUACGCUUCAGGUUACAGACUCCGCUAACCCAGAAAUAGUACCUCGGGUUAAGAACUUUGCUUCAGGAUGAGAACAAAAAUCAUGCUCCAGCGGCGCGGCAGCAGCAGGCGGCCCCAUUAGCUAAAGUGGUACCUCAGGUUAAGAACAGUUUCAGGUUAAGAACGGACCUCCGGAACAAAUUAAGUACUUAACCUGAGGUACCACUGUAUAAUAGAAUUAGUUAUUGUUACUUGAAGCGAACUCUGGGCGUUUUUGCCAAGGCUGGUUCUGAAACAUUCCCCAUUUAGACUGAGGGACAGCUCAGUCAGUAGAGCAUGUGACUCUUAAUCUUAGGGUUGUGGGUUCGAGCCCCACGUUGGGCAAAAUACUCCUGCCAUGGCAGGGGGUUGGGCUGGAUGACCCUCGCUGUCCCUUCCACCUCUACAAUUCUAUGAUUCAUUGAUUCAAUUCCCCCAUCCUUACUUGCUGUCUCUCCAACGAAAGCAUUAAGAGCCUCACAUCAGGUUAUUUCCACCUAUCCCCUCCCCCCCCUCUCCUAUUGGAUUAAUAAUACGAACCAGAUGCUUUUUUUCCCUCGACAUUCCACAUCCCUGAGGUAACGGUGGUGUUUGGAAAGCCACUCAGUGGCACGUUAUUUUUACUCUCGAUGCAUUUUGGCGACUCCUCGCUCGGUAACCGGCUGUCCAAAGGCGUGACGCAAGAGCGGCCCCGUUUGGGAUGGCACCAGUCCAGUGUGCCGGUGAAGAGUUGGUGAAACGAGGCUCUCUUGUCUCCAGGAGGCUGUCCAGAGUCUGUGCCGGGCACCGCGGUGGGGAGGCCGCAAAGGAAAGUGGUUAGGCCGAGUUAGUGUAACGAAGGGAUAAUGGGUUUGAGGCUGUUCUUUCCUUGCGGGGAGGAAUCUCAGAGGCUUCCUCAAAAGGCCAGGCAUAGACCUGGAGAAGAAAACCGAUUCAUUUCACAUUUGAAAGCGAACCUCGCCUCCGAUCUGCAGCUUCCGAAAUAAUGUGCAAUUCCAAAACUCAGCCCUCCUUUGAAAUUUGCACUUCUCCAAAUUGUGCAAAGCAGAUCUCCAGCCAAGUUACGUGUAGGAAACUUUGCAUAUGCUUGGUUAAAACGUGCAUGAAAGCGCAUUGUAUUAGAGAAGAUCGCUUUGCAAACAUGUGUCUGCUAGGACAGAUUCGCUCUGAUACGCCGACAAGUUUUCACGAUGGCAUUGUUACUUGUAGAAAAAUUGCAAACUGAUGUGGAAAUGUGGAGAGCUGAAUUUAAGAGUGGAAAAAUCGAGAAACUGAAAGGUCCAUCUAUCCCUAGCCAAACAUCAUAGCUCAUAAUAAACUAGGGGCACGGAAGGUAGUGCAUAUGACCUAAUACCCUGAAAUUUAGCAUUUUAAAACAGUACAUCUGUUUCUGUUAUUUAUUCGCAUUUUUUACUGCAUGUAUGUCUGGUUAUUUUAGACUUUAUAUUGUUAUGCAUUGACACUAUACAUACACUGUAUGUAUAUAAACUUAUUUAGACCUCUUUUAAAAAGUACUAAAACUCUAUUUACAUAACCAAACCUAUGAAAGAUCAGAAUUGCCUUAUCCACCAGAUAAAUAAUAGACAUUAAAUUAAAUGCCAGGUAAGUAAAAACCAACACCCCUAAUAAUAGGGCAUUUAAAUAAUGCUUUAAAUAUCUAACUUUUUCAUAUUCAGUUCAUUAGUCUCUUGCUAUGUAAAGAGUCUCUAAGCAACUUACAGCAUUUUAAAAAACUUUAAGGCAUAACAUAAAAUUGAGGGAACAGUGCAUUGCAAUAAAAACUAUACAAAAAUCUAUACCAAACAGCCCCAGUAAAACAUCAGCAACAACAAAAAAAGCCUUAGCAGAAAAAUGUAUCAUCAUAAUCCGUCCAAUGCCUGGGGAAAGAGAGAGGUUUUUGCCUGGCAUCAAAAAUGCAUUAACAAUAGCACCACGUGGACCUAUGAACUUACCUUAUAUCCUUCCUCAGAUUAUAAUUCAUUAACUUUGACUGAAUGAAGUUAUCCCAAAUUUUCUGACGGAGGAGGAGAGACAUAUCCUGUCUCCCACUCCAAGAAAAUGGAGUGGAUGUUGUAGCUGCUAUCAAAAAAUAAGUGUGCGGUAAGGGUAAAGGGACCCCUGACCAUUAGGUCCAGUCGCGGACGACUCUGGGGUUGCGGCGCUCAUCUCGCUUUAUUGGCCGAGGGAGCCGGCGUACAGCUUCCGGGUCAUGUGGCCAGCAUGACUAAACCGCUUCUGGCGAACCAGAACAGCGCAUGGAAACGACCAUAUAUCUUCCCACCGGAGCGGUACCUAUUUAUCUACCUGCACUUCGUGCUUUCAAACUGCUAGGUUGGCAGGUGCAGGGACCGAGCAACGGAAGCUCACCCCGUCACGGGGAUUCGAACUGCCGACCUGAUCAGCAAGCCCUAGGCUCUGUGGUUUAACCCACAGCGCCACCCGCAUCCCUAUAAGUGUGUAGAACCUGUAACAAAACAUUGCAGCAGGUUCCUCUUCAAGGUUCCAGCCAGCUAGCCGUACCUUCUUUGAAUGUAGUGGGACUUAAUUCUGAUUUAACAUAAUAAAGUACCUGUAUAGGAUCUUAAAAAGUAGAGACAUCACCUUGCCAACAAAGGUCUGUAUAGUAAAAGCUAUGGUUUUCCCAGUAGUGAUGUAUGGAAGUGAGGGCUGGACCGUAAAGAAGGCUGAUUGCCUAGAAUUGAUGCUUUUGAAUUAUGGUGCUGGAGGAGACUCUUGAGAGUCCCAUGGACUGCAAGAAGAUCAAACCUCUCCAUUCUGAAGGAAAUCAGCCCUGAGUGCUCACUGGAAGGACAGAUCCUGAAGCUGAGGCUCCAAUACUUUGGCCACCUCAUGAGAAGAGAAGACUCCCUGGAAAAGACCCUGAUGUUGGGAAAGAUGGAGGGCACAAGGGGAAGGGGAUGACGGAGGACAAGAUGUUUGGAUGGUGUUCUCGAAGCUACCAGCAUGAGUUUGACCAAAUUGCGGGAGGCAGUGGAAGACAGGAGUGCCUGGUGUGCUCUGGUCCAUGGGGUCAUGAAGAGUCGAACACGACUAAACGACUAAACAACAAGAUAGGAUCUUAAAUAGAAUUCCAGUUCAUGGUGAUAUUUCGGAGUAGCCAGUCAUUGGCCAAAAUCAUCCUGUUCUUUUUAUUUGUUAAAGUGCCGUGAAAAGGUUCGGGGCAAGUAGCUACUAUAAACAAACAAACAAACAAACACCUCAAGGCUCUUAACAGUUUUGCACAAGGGAUUCAAGUGCCUUUCAAAAAAAAAAUAGGUUUGUGCAACUGAAGCAGAUUAAAUCCCUACAAACUCACUUUGCAAAAUGGGGGGCUUUGUGGUUAGGAGACUGAUGAGGAAACACACUGAAAAGUAUGGCAUGAUCAAAUGACUAACAGGAAGACAUAGAAGGCACCCUGCAAGCAAAUCAAGAUGACUGCACAUUGUCACAUAACCACCCUGCAAACAAAUCCAAAUGUUUGGUCCAACCUUAUGCCUGGUCCAACCUCUGCAUAAGCUUUGCACCAGUAAAUCGGGACGAAUGCUCAAGAAUCAGGUCAUCCGAGGAGCAGGUAGAGCUGAGCAGCUACGACUUUCUUUUUUCAAAUAAUCGCCGCACAUGUUAAGCCUUCCAUCUCAUCCCCUUCUAGGCCAAAUCAUCUCCCAUCAUUUUUGUAAUGCUUCAACCUGUCAGGCCGGACGUGACUGCUGUGGUUUGCAGAGUUCGAAUUACUUUCCCAUCUGUGCAGAAAUUGAAGCGAAAAGGGUGUUUCUCUCUUCCUUCUCUAGGGGGGUCCAAUAGGUCAGUGGUCUUCAACUGGCUGGUCAGGACUCACUUCUGGACUGUGGCAGCAACGCCCUGCUCCUUUUCAGCUUUUUCUUGGUAUCUGUCUGUCCCAUACAGAACAACAAAAUUGAAAAAUCUACAUCAGACAUUCAAAAACCAACAAGCCUGCUAUCCCAACUAUCCCAGCCUGGUUAGCCCCUAAAAACUCUGAUACCCCAUAAUUGAAUACAAUAUACUCACAUAGAGACUGCCUUAAAGGUAAAGGUAAAGGGACCCCUGACCAUUAGGUCCAGUCGUGGCCGACUCUAGGGUUGCGGCGCUCAUCUCGCUUUAUUGGCCGAGGAAGCCAGCGUACAGCUUCCGGGUCAUGUGGCCAGCAGGACUAAGCUGCUUCUGGCGAACCAGAGCAGUGCACGGAAACGCUGUUUACCUUCCCGCCAGAGUGGUACCUAUUUAUCUACUUGCACUUUGACAUGCUUUCAAACUGCUAGGUUGGCAGGAGCAGGGACCGAGGAACGGGAGCUCACCCCGUCGCGGGGAUUCAAACUGCCAACCUUCUGAUCAGCAAGUCCUAGGCUCGGAGGUUUAACCCACAGCGCCACCCACAUCCCCAGAGACUACCUUACAUUAAAACCAAAAUCACAUUUGGAUAGAAACUGUUUCUCAGACAGCUAGUCCUAGUCUUUAUAACCCUGUACCUUCUUCCAGAAGGCAGAAGCUGAAAAAGAUCAUUUCCGAGGUGCACACUAUCCUGCACGAUCUCUGCAGCUUUCUUAUGGCACCUGGAAGCAUAGAUUUGCUCCAAGGUGGGAAGAGGUGCACCCAAUUAUUCUCUCCGCAGUCUUUACAACCUUGGACAGCAUUGUUUUUCCCCUGACCAUGCAGCUCCCAAACCACACACAGAGACCAUAAAUUAAUACACUCUCAACAGUACAAUGGUAAAAUGCCAUCAACAGGUCUGCGUUAGCGGCACUGAAGUGACUUCCCUGGGACGCAAACCUAGCCAGUGGGUGUGGAGGUCCUGGGCUGCCCAGACCACAAGACCCCACUCUCAGCCUCGCUGAUGUGGUCCAAAGGAAAGCAGAGCAAUACAUUUGGCACCAGCUGGGCUGCAGGAGUUGCCGGAAGGAGGCGUGCAAGGCGCCAUCCAACCGUCUUAGGGACUCCAUUACGGAUUUGUGGAGGGUUUACUCCUUAGCCUUUUCAACUAUGCUAAAAAUACACCUUGACAAACCUAGACAGCAUCUUAAAAAGUAGAGAUAUCACCUUGCCAACAAAGGUCCGUAUAGUAAAAGCUAUGGUUUUCCCAGUAGUGAUGUAUGGAAGUGAGAGCUGGACCAGAAAGAAGGCUGAUCGCCGGAGAAUUGAUGCUUUUGAAUUAUGGUGCUGGAGGAGACUCUUGAGAGUCCCAUGGACUGCAAGAAGAUCAAACCUCUCCAUUCUGAAGGAAAUCAGCCCUGAGCGCUCACUGGAAGGACAGAUCCUGAAGCUGAGGCUCCAAUACUUUGGCCACCUCAUGAGAAGAGAAGACUCCCUGGAAAAGACCCUGAUGUUGGGAAACAGUGAGGGCACAAGGAGAAGGGGAAGACAGAGGACAAGAUGGUUGGAUAGUGUUCUCGAAGCUACCAGCAUGAGUUUGACCAAAUUGCGGGAGGCAGUGGAAGACAGAAGUGCCUGGCGUGCUCUGAUCCAUGGGGUCACGAAGAGUUGGACACGACUAAAUGAUUAAACAACAACAACAAAAAUACACCUGUCAGGGAACUGCCAUCGGACGGAAGGGAGGUGAAAGGGCUCACACAGGUUGGGAGAGACGCAGCAGCUGAAGAGGGAACCAGCAGGGAGGUGAAAGGGCUCACACAGGUUGGGAGAGACGCAGCAGCUGAAGAGGGAACCAGCAGGGAGGUGAAAGGGCUCACACAGGUUGGGAGAGACGCAGCAGCUGAAGAGGGAACCAGCAGGGGGAGAGGAGCUGAGCUGGAGGGAUGGCUCAGAGACACUUCCAGCGAAAACAGUGGGGAGGUUUCAGGACCUCCUGUAAGAACACCCACUCCUCGCCGGAAACUGUCACGCAGAGAUUCCAGAAGACGUGUUUCCGUUAAGGAGCUUUUAUGUUGGAAGCGAUUACGAAAGCAACCACUGUCGGAAUCUGCUAGUGACUAGAGUAGCCAUGUCUGAGGGGCUCCGUCACAGACAGAGGUUUGUGGACUUGAACAAACUCUGAGGGGAUACGAUUUUACGCACAAGCAGCUCAUCAUCCCAUCACAGCAUUCCGACAGUCUUUGAAAGCAGCUUGUGCAGGAGAAGGCAUCAUGAGCAACCCAGCCGGAACCGGAGAAGCAGGAGCUGGAGCGGGUCCAAGCCUGGAAGAAAGGUACCAGAUGUUGGAGGUCCAGCUAGCGAUGCAGACGGCGAGGCUUGAGGAGAGGAGGGCUCAGGAUGCAGACAAAAGGGGAAAGCCACCCAGUUCGCCAGAAAGGUACCAGGAUUGGUGCAGAAGUUUGGGGGAGCCCAAAACUAUCAUGGUUUUCGGACAGAAAUGCAAUAUGCCCUCAAUCUGCAGUUUGAUGAAUUCCUGACGAGGAAUCACGAGUGGCUUUCGUGAUUGAGCAUCUUGAAAAGGGGGCGAGAGACUGGGUUAGACCCCUGAUGGCAGCGAAUAGUGACGUCUUAAAGGACACGAUGAAGUUCUUUCGCGCCAUGGAUCUGAUGUUUUCCAGCGAUAUUGAAAAGGGAGUGGUGCGCAGACAGUUAAUGGGUUGCAAACAGGGGAGCCGAUCUGUCCGUGAGUACUGGACUGAGUUCACCAUGCUUGUUCACAGAUUGGGGUGGGACUUAUCGGCGGAACCCAUUCAAAUGCUCUUUGAAGAAGGGCUUUCUUCGGCUGUGAAAGACGAACUUUCCGGGCGCCCAGGGCGGAGUCUAUGGACCAGCUGACCAAAUCAGCGCUGGCCAUAGGAGCGCGCCAGGAGGCGAGAGCAUUGGAGAGGCGGGAAGGGAAAGGGGAACGUUGGAAGGAGUUCCGCAUUCCAGACAUUCCAGAGCCAACUUUCCCACCGGCAGAGCCGAUGGAAAUCGGAACAGCAGCGCGCGCGCAGUUUCAAAGCCCAGUGAGGGGGCAAAGAAGGAGGGAAAAGGCGCCCGGAAAUGCUAUCUCUGCCAACAGCCAGGUCACUUUGCCAGAGUCUGCCCCCAGAGGAAAGAAUGGCAAGGGAUGGUAGGAGCUGUGGAUGGAAGAGAGGAAAAAUACCGGAGCAAGUAAAAGCCAACGCCUGGCUGCCACUGUCAGGGCACAGCAGCCAGGCCAAAGAGCAGUGAGAGUGCCCACGCCAGAACCUCCUAAACCCGCCCUAGUGAUAGAAGUGACGCUAGAGCUGCCAAACGGACACCCUCUAAAGAUAAAGGCGCUGUUGGACUCAGGCAGCUCCUGCAAUUUCAUGAGCAAAGAGUUUGCAGCUGAACACCAGAUACAGACAAUCCUUUAAGCAGCCCCCUGCAGGUGACCACGAUCGAUGGCAGGGAGCUGUUGGGUGGAGAAGUCAGCUUGCAGACCGUCCCAAUGAUAAUGAAGGUAGCAAGGCACACCGAACUGAUAGCUUUUAAUGUGGCCACCUUGGGAGGAGCUCCCAUUAUAUUGGGGAUGAGCUGGCUAGCGUUACAUGAUCCGCUGGUGGGCUGGCAUCAGAGAGUGGUUUCUUUUGGUUCAGCACAUUGCUUAGAACACUGCAAAGAGGGAAAGGGUUUGGCAGGGGUCCAAGCCACCCUAGCAGGGACUGAAGUAACAGAGAACGUGAAGGUACCACGACAAUAUGCAGAUCUCCGUGACGUCUUCAGCGAAAGGGAAGCUGACCAACUACCCCCGCAUAGACCCUUUGACUGUCAAAUCAACUUACUCCCUGGAGCACAGCUCCCUGUAGGCAAGCUGUACGCCAUGUCAGACAGAGAGAUGCAGGAGUUAAGAGAGUUCAUUGACAAGAACCUGAAGAGAGGGUUCAUCAGAGAGUCCAGGGCGGUGGGGGCAGCCCAGUGUUUUUGUGGAUAAGAAAAACACGAACAAGCCGAGGCUGGUGUGUGACUUCAGGGCCUUAAAUGCAGUGUCAGAACCAGUAGCCUUCCCUAUGCCCAGGAUUGACGACAUUUUGACAAGGGUGCGGAAGGGAAAGAUUUUCACAAAGCUGGACCUAAGGGGGGCGUACAACCUGGUACGAAUAAGGAGGGGGAUGAAUGGAAAACCACUAUGUUCACCCCUUUAGGGGCAUUUGAAUAUUUGGUUAUGCCCUUCGGCCUACAAGCAGGCUCCGCAACAUUUCAAUCGCUUAUGAACCACGUCCUGGGGCCUUUGCUUUACAAGAAUUGUGUGGCCUUUUUAGACGACGUGUUGGUGUAUUCUGAGAAUGAGGAGCAGCAUGUGAGAGACGUCAGAGAAGUGUUGAGCAGGCUGCAAGCCAACCAGCUGUGGGUGAAACUGGAGAAGUGUCAGUUUCAUACCAAGGAGGUGGAAUUCCUGGGGUAUCGCCUGUCAGACAAGGGAUUGGCCAUGGAUCCCGGCAAGGUCCAGGCGGUGCUGGAAUGGAAAACACCCAAAACAAAGAAGGAUGUGCAGAGGUUCCUAGGAUUUGGGAACUUCUAUCGUAAGUUCAUCCGAAACUUUGCCCACCUGACGGCGCCGAUUACGGACUGUCUCAGCAGUAAGAAGAAGUUCGUGUGGACUGAGGAGGCGGAGCGAGCAUUUGUGGUACUAUAUAGGGCCUUCGCCUCGGAACAACAACUCCUGCAUGUGGAUUUACAAAAACCGAUGAGAGUGGAAACUGACGCAUCAGACAGAGCGAUUGGGGCGGUGCUUCUGCAGCCAGGCAAGAAGGGGUCAGAGUGGAGACCGUGUGCCUUUUUUCGCGAAAGCUGAACAAAUCCGAGAGGAACUACACGGUGUAUGACCGAGAACUACUAGCCAUUCAUGAGGCGUUCCGGAGAUGGAGGCACCUGCUAAUUGGCGCACAACAUAAGGUGCAAGUGUGCACUGACCACAAGAACCUAGAGUAUUGGAGGACGGCACGAGUGCUCAACCAACGGCAAGUGAGAUGGGCCCAGGAGUUCUCCAAAUUUAACUUUGAGAUUAGUUACGUGCCAGGCCCAGAGAACAUUAGGGCGGACGCUCUCUCACGCAAACCUGAAUAUUUGGAGGGGAGGGGCACCCGAAGAGAGACAUGUCAUUCCAGAGGACCGCUGGGUGUGUGGGGCGGCAUUGGUGGGACAAAGAGAACUGGUAGAGGAAACAGAGAAUGAUGAAUACGCCCAGAAUAAGCUCAGAGGUCUUAGGGGUGAUGGAGAGGAACCAGGGGGUUUCGAGGAAAGAAAUGGAGCUUUGUAUUACAAAGGGGCACUGUAUAUCCCUGAAGGAGAGUUAAGGGGGGGGUACUCAAGCAGUUGCACGACAGCCCUACGGCGGGGCAUUUUGGACAACACAAAACCAUGUGGUUGGUCACCAGGGAAUUUUGGUGGCCUAAGGUGAGGGAAGAUGUACGUGAGUAUGUAAGAGGGUGCGAGCAAUGCCAGCGAGCCAAAGGGGAAAGGCGGGCGCCGGCGGGGCUAUUAGAACCCUUACCAACCCCAGAACGACCUUGGGAGGCAGUGUCGAUAGAUUUUAUGACUGAUCUGCCGAAGUCCAAAGGGAAAACAGCCAUCAUGGUGGUGGUAGACCUACUAACAAAGAUGUGCCACUUUGUAGCUUGCUCGCAUGCAGUCACGGCGGAAGAGACAGCGAAGUUAUUUGUAGAAAACAUUUUUAGGUUGCACGGGGUGCCAUUGAGGGUGGUCUCAGACCGAGGAAAACAAUUUACUUCCAGGUUCUGGAGGAAGCUCAUGAGCUUACUGCAGGUGGAGGUCAAUUUUCGACUGCCCGGCACCCUGAAACCAACGGGCAGGCGGAAAGAGCAAACGGUGUCCUCCAGCAAUACCUGAGGUGUUAUGUCAAUGACAGAGAGAAUGACUGGGUAGAAAAGUUGGCGCUGGCGGAAUUUGCCUACAACAAUGCCGAGAAUGUGUCCACAGGGAUGAGCCCUUCUUGGCUAAUUAUGGGUGUCAUCCCAGGGCUUUCCCAGGGGGAGAGGGGGAGAGAUGGAGCGUCCCGGCAGCCGAGCAUUUUGUGGAAGAAAUGGAAGCAAUCCAUCGUCAGCUCCAACUCAACUUAGAAAGGGCGAAGGAAGAAUACAAGAGGCAGGCAGACAAGAACCGAAGGGAAGGUGAAACCAUAAGGGUGGGAGAUAGGGUGUGGCUGUCAACCCAAGGGGUGCCGUUCAAAGGAGGUUGUAAGAAAUUAAGACCCAGGAGGUUGGGUCCCUUUGAGGUCAUUCAACAGGUCAACCCAGUGGCUGUCAGGCUCCGGUUACCCAACCACAUGAAACUGCACCCAGUAUUUCACAGGUCGUUACUGUCACCGUACGAAGGGGGACGAGAAGGGCUGGCCACUCGGGGACCGGUCGUAGAAGAAAGAGAAUGCAGCAGCCAUGUGGCAGAAAUCCUCGACGCCAGGUGGAAGGGGGAUCAGGUGGAGUAUUUGGUAGCGUGGGAAGGAGAACCGGAGUCAGAAAACACUUGGGUAAUGGCUGAAGAUAUCAAUGACGAGGUAUUGAUAGAAACGUUCCAUCAAAGGUUCCCAAGGAAACCUCAGCCUGUGGAGAGGUUCCGGAGGGAAUACUUUGGGACCACUGAUGAAGGGGAGGAGUUGGAAGGAUUCCCGGACUCGGAAGGGGAAGGGAGAUGAACUCUGAGGAGGAGGUGUACUUCGAGACCAGGAACCGCAACAGGUUGAGAGAAGUGUUCGAGACAUCGGAAGAUGAAGGAAGUUCAUUCCGGGUUUUGCCUCCUCACCGCCCGUAGAGGAGGGGGCGAGAGGGGGUGAAGGGGGCCCUGGAGGGGAGGUGGAUGUCAGGGAACUGCCAUCGGACGGAAGGGAGGUGAAAGGGCUCACACAGGUUGGGAGAGACGCAGCAGCUGAAGAGGGAACCAGCAGGGAGGUGAAAGGGCUCACACAGGUUGGGAGAGACGCAGCAGCUGAAGAGGGAACCAGCAGGGAGGUGAAAGGGCUCACACAGGUUGGGAGAGACGCAGCAGCUGAAGAGGGAACCAGCAGGGGGAGAGGAGCUGAGCUGGAGGGAUGGCUCAGAGACACUUCCAGCGAAAACAGUGGGGAGGUUUCAGGACCUCCUGUAAGAACACCCACUCCUCGCCGGAAACUGUCACGCAGAGAUUCCAGAAGACGUGUUUCCGUUAAGGAGCUUUUAUGUUGGAAGCGAUUACGAAAGCAACCACUGUCGGAAUCUGCUAGUGACUAGAGUAGCCAUGUCUGAGGGGCUCCGUCACAGACAGAGGUUUGUGGACUUGAACAAACUCUGAGGGGAUACGAUUUUACGCACAAGCAGCUCAUCAUCCCAUCACAACACCUAACAGGAUAAAUCCAAUGUUAGCCAUACAGGUGUGGCGAACCUUUGGCUCUCCUUGGUCAUUGGCCAUCAUACUUGCUGGGGCUGAUGGGAGUUGUAGUUCAGCAACAUCUGGAGGUACCAAAGGUCUUCUACACCUGGUACAUACAGAGAAUUGGAAAUUGCCCGUGGUGCCUGUUUCAGACCCCAUUUGUUUUUAUUUCAGCUUUGCACAUGAAAACAACCAAUUUCUUCCUUUUCUUUUCCUUUGAUAACAAUUUAUUGAUUUUCCAAGAACAACAAAACAAAACAGAAAAGAAAAAUUCCAUAACCAAAUUAAACCAUAAUUUUUUGGUUGACUUCCCUCCACUCCCCCUCUUGGUUCCAUUAUAAUAUACCGUAUUUUUCGCUCUAUAAGACGCACCAGACCACAAGACGUACCUAGUUUUUGGAGGAGGAAAACAAGAAAAAAAUAUUCUGAAUCUCAGAAGCCAGAACAGCAAGAGGGAUCACUGCGCAGCGAAAACAGCAAUCCCUCUUGCUAUUCUGGCUUCUGGGAUAGCUGUGCAGCCUGCAUUCGCUCCAUAAGACGCACACACAUUUCCCCUUACUUUUUAGGAGGGAAAAAGUGAGUCUUACAGAGCAAAAAAUACGGUACUUGUUUAUGCAUGUCCAUAAAACCUUAUAUACUUAACAAUCCAAUUUUAAAACCUUCUCUAACCAGUUUCAAAGCAACUCUUCUCUCCUACCCCUUGCCUAGCUCAAAUUCAUUAUCUUCCCAUGAUAUGAAGACCCUCUUUACUCCACAUCAGGAAAGGGAUGCUCUGUGAAAGGAGGAAAAGCUUGGGCAGACUGGGAGGAGAAAGGCGAUGGUAUAGAAGCAUGCAGAAAGUGGAUGGGGAAAAAGUUCUUCUCUCAUAACACUAGAACUUGUAGGUGUCCAAGGAAGCUGAACGCUGGACAGUUCAGGACAGAUAAACGAAAGUAUUGAAGCCAAGAAGCAUAUAGUUAAACUACCCGCAAGAGGCAGAUGACUACCAACUAGAUGGACCAUUGGCCUGAUCCAGCAGGCUCUUCUUAUAUUCUUACGAGAAUGGUAGUGGGAGACGGGCCUCUUGUGCAGCUUUCUCACAUCUGGUCUCCUUCGCUGGAGCGAAAGGGUGUCAGAUUUUACAGGGCUGCUUCUAUAUUUGUUGCAGAGAAGGGCUCCCCAGACGAUCAAGGGUCUGGGAAACCGAGCCAUAUGAGGAACGGUCGAGGGAGUUGGGUAUGUUUCGCUUGAUAAAGAGGAGACUGGGAGAAGAUACAAUUUGUUGUUGUUUAGUCGUGUCCGGCUCUUUGUGACCCCAUGGACCAGAGCACGCCAGACACUCCUGUCUUCCACUGUCUCCCCAGUUUGGUCAAACUCAUGCUGGUAGCUUCGAGAACACUGUCCAACCAUCUCGUCCUCUGUCGUCCCCUUCUCCUUGUGCCCUCCAUCUUUCCCAACAUCAGGGUCUUUUCCAGGGAGUCUUCUCUUCUCAUGAGGUGGCCAAAGUAUUGGAGCCUCAGCUUCAGGAUCUGUCCUUCCAGUGAGCACUCAGGGCUGAUUUCCUUAAGAAUGGAGAGGUUUGAUCUUCUUGCAGUCCAUGGGACUCUCAAGAGUCUCCUCCAGCACCAUAAUUCAAAAGCAACAAUUCUUCGGCGAUCAGCCUUCUUUAUGGUCCAGCUCUCACUUCCAUACAUCACGACUGGGAAAACCAUAGCUUCAACUACACCGACCUUUGUCGGCAAGGUGAUACAAUCUUCAAAUAUCUCAAGGGCUGUCGCUUGGAAGAGGGAGCAAGCUUGUUUUCUGCUGCGCUGGAGGGUAGGACCUGAACCAAUGGCUUCGAGUUACGAGGAAGUAGGAAGAAUUUCCUGGCAGUAAGAGCUGUUUGACAGUGGAAUGGACCAUCUUGGAAGGUGGUAGACUCUCCUUCCUUGGAGGCUUUUAAAUAGGCUGGGUAGCCAUUUCUCAGGGAUUCUUCAUCUCUGAUUCCUGCAUGGUAGGAAGUUGUAGAAGACCCUUAGGGUCCCUUUCAACCCUACAGUUCUAUGGUACUUUGAGUGCAGUAAUAAAUCAUUCUACAGGGUCCUCGGCUUUGGCUUGGAAUCAGUUUGAUUCCCUGCCCCCUCUUUCUUUUUUCCUUUCUCCUUCUGUGUUAGAACUCCUAUUUGGGGACUUCCCUGGCUUUUUUCUGGCCCAUGUAGGACCAGACUGGGUAGUUAGCCUUGGUGAAGACUUGACGUUUUUAUCCCCCCCAAAGUUUUUGAUUGAGUUUCCACUGAAAUGAGGUUGCAUUUUAAUGUUUUAAUGUUGUAUUUAAUCUUGUUUUUUAAGCUGUAUUUCAAUCCAUUGCUUUUAUAUUUGGUGUUAGCCGCCCUGAGCCUGGUCUUGGCUGGGGAGGGUAUAGAUGAUGAUGAUGAUGAUGAUGAUGAUGAUUUCCCCCUUCUUUUCUCAGCUCCGACAAACGUAUGAACUCACCAAUCCCGGGAUCGCCGAGGUAACCCUCCGCCAAGACAAGAAAAUCCUGGCGACUGCUGGCUGGGAUCACCGCAUCCGCCUCUUCGGCUGGAAGAAGAUGAAGCCGUUGGCCGUCCUGGACUACCACACGGCAGCAGUCCACUGCGUAGCCUUUUCGGACCACAGUCAGCCCCAGGAGAGACUGAUGGCGGCUGGCUCCAAAGAUCACCGCAUCAGCGUCUGGUCGAUAUAUAGUCAAACAUGAAACAGGGUUGGAGCUGAAGAAGGAAGACAGGGCAGAAGUUUGCAAUUUAGAGUUAAAGGGCAAGGCAGGGCAAGGCGAGAGGGAGAAUAGAUGGUACCAUCUCAGCAGGACUUCAGGACACACAAUCCCACUUAGCAGAAGGAGGCAACAGGGUUGCUUUCAGGGUGGAUAAAAAUCAAUGGUUUUUUAAAUAAAAAAUAAAAAAAUGGA